CUGCAUUCAGACAGAGCAUCACCAGCUCUUCAUGCAGAAGGCUCCAACUUCAAUCCCUGGCAUCUCCAGUUGGGGUGAGAUCCUGGAGAGCCACUGCCAGUUAGAGUGGACAAGGCUAAGCUAGAUGGAAUAAUAGUCUGAAUUAGUAUAAGGCAGCUUCCUAUGUUUCUAUGGCUUUAAGAUCUUUGGGCGAGGCCCUUCUUAGCAUCCGACGUCCAACAGCUGUACAUUAGUUGGUGGCAUGGGCCUUCUCUGUGAUAGGGCCCUAAUUGGGAAACAGCCCACCCUGUGAGGCAAGGCGGUCCAACUUUUCAUACCAAGUGGGCAGCAAGAGUACUUCCACACGGAACCAGAGGGUCACGCACUGCCUUUGGCUUUGCUUGAGGGAGCAAGGCCAAAAUUUGACACCACUCCCAGCCCUUGCACUGUCUUCCCAACAUCCCAAAGCAAGGCUCCGGACAUUGGGAAAGCAGCUCAAAGGCUACCAGGGUGAGGGGGCAUCAAAUGUUGCCGAGGGCCGCCCAAAAAGGCCUCAAGGGCCACAUGUUAAACCACCCUGCUCUGAGGUAUGCCUGUUGCUGACUCUUUUUUCCAUUUUGAUGCCAACUUAUUUGCUUUUAAUUAUUUCAGCCAUUUGCAGGUUAUUAGCUUUUCAGCUUCAGGCUAAUGUAGCCACCCUGCGGUUUUAUAGGUUGCAUUUAUGUUUUCAUAUCUACUCUCUUAUUUGUUUAUUGUUUUGUGUUUUAAAUUGAGCUUCACUGUACCCUGCCCUGAGAUCAUUUCCAGUGAAGGGUGGAUAUAAACAUAUUAUUGGGCAUUGCCACAUCACAUGAUGCAAAAAGGGGUGAUAUGCAGAGGAGAACUGAGAAGUAGACGGAUACUACUUAACCAUUCUGCUACUCCAGGAAUAGCCACUCAUGCCCUCUAGAUGUUGUGGACUACAACUCCCAUAAUUCCUUACUCUUGGCCAUGCUGCUGGGCUAGAUCGAAAGUGUCUUCCAAAACAAAUGAAGGGCACCACACUGGCUAGCCCUACUCUAGUCAUCUACCUUGCAAAUUUAUUCUCUCCCCUCACCAAACCAUUUUAAAUAUAUUUUCUCCUCAGGAAAGUUCUGGAAACAAGCCUGGCUGAGAGAAAAAUAGGCUUGAAGAGGGAGGGAUUUUUUUAAAAAAUGAGAGAAUCUAUGGUCACUCUGAUAGAAAAGCAUCCCUUCCUCCUGCCUUCACUUGUCAUUUUUCCAACCCUACCCUGCAUUCAUGUUAUAUUAACAUGUGUUUGGGAACAGUUUACUGAUCCCUGCUUGUGGCUGGUUGCAGCUACAUUAUGUGGCCCAUACUAAUUACAGGAUGAGAUCAUGGGGUUUACUUUGAUGCCUGCCAGUUUUUGAAACAUUGCUACUUCUCUCUUGGUAGUCAUGGGGCCUGUGGGUUUAUUGGUUCUUGUGUAUGGGGUUCAUUUCACAAAUUGCAUUUGCCCCAAAGUGGAAUAUAAUAUUUUCCUCUAGUUCUAGUCUUGACCAUAGCUAUCUAUUUAGCAUCUGUAUUACUGUUAGAUGAGGCUACACUUCAGAAUAGUUUGACAUUUGAAAAUUGCAUCCAGUGCAGAAUGGAUCUGCCUGCUUAUUAACUGGCAUUUCCUGUAAAAGGCACCUUACUCCUGUUCUGUAUGAUUAGCUGUGGCUGUCAAUUUUUUUUUUUUUUAGCAAAGCCGGGGAUUCAGGCUAUACCACAGCCUGGUUAUAAAAAGUUGCUUAACCUUUUGUUGAGUAUGUUGUCUCCUUUUGUAGCAAGUAAAUUUAAUAGCCCCCGGACAAUGUGCCAAUCAGUGCCAAAUGCUAAAUAACUUUAGUGAAAUUUUCUGUUGAAGAUAUGGAGCCGUACUUAAGAUCAGAAAGCCUAUAUAGCCAAUGCCACAUCUAGAGUUGGAAUUGCAUUUUUCUGAUGCUUUAGCUCUUAUCUUAAGCCCAUGGUGGGGAACCUCAGGGGCUGACUGGGACCAUCAAAUCCUCUCUGUAUGGCUGUGCCUCUCUCUGGGCCACACCUCUCACCAGCCUUGCUCUACACCCUCCUGAGGGAGCUAGAAUGUGUCAUUGAACUAUAAUACUACCUCUUGCUUGCCUGGGUUGGGAGAUUAUAUAGAUGUGUUUUACACACACUUCUUCUUCUUUGGCGAUCACUCGUAGCUGAGUAAAAUUGUCUUCCAUGAACACGGUCUUAACAGUGAGUCCAUAAGUAACUGUGGAGGACAAUUCUGGAUCCACAGGUCCUUCCACAGUAAGGACAUAGGUUUCCAGGCCGGGGUUAAUCACAGUGAGGGUUUGCCAAAUGUUCCUUUCAGUAGGUGACCAGUAGAUUCAUAUCUGCUGCAGCCUUCAUCUGUCUUCACAGCCAUUGUAACAUACCACUUACUAUCUUCUACCAGUUCUGCCAUUGAGGACUUCUUGGAUCAUUCUUUGUCUAACUCCUCCCCUUUGACCUUACCAUCUUGGGUGACCCUGCUGGGAAUACAAGACUCCCUACGGCUUCACUCACAAGGGUCAUAGGAAUGUGCAAGCCCACUGUUGCAUCACUUGCAAGCAGCCCUCUGGAAAUUGUCCAUGAGGAAAUGAGGCCCUGAGGCAAAAACAAAAACAAAAAAACCACCCCCAUCUCUAUCUUGAGCUAAGUCAAAUAUAGACUUCCCUUGUAGUUUCUCCAAAUCUCUUGUUUAUUUCCCUUGUUGUGUUUUAGCCUGCCAUACAUUAACAUAGUUCUGGUAUUCCCAUACUCUCUGUUAGUUAAACCAGGAAUAAGCACUAACAAACUCUUUUAUGUGGAAUCAUCAUUAUCUGUAGGAGGUGAUCAAGGGAUCAGGCAGAGCAUGCAAAUUGGCUUGAUUAUUUUGAGUUUUUUAUGUACCUUUUGUUUCAACUGUUAGUCGAUUUACCCCCAAGAAUGAAGAGGCUGUUGGUUGGUUUUGAUGAAAGAACCCUAUUUUAGAUUUCAAAAUUUUGUUGUUUGUAUGUGCUUUCUUUGUUGAUAGGCAACAAAUAUACAAAUUGGAAAACCUCAUUCCACCAAGUUUAUCUGACUUUGGUAAGUUUUUUUUUUAAUGCUUCUAGGUUGUUUGUGCCUUGCUGUAUAUUUUUAACAAUAAAUAUUAUGUUCGUUUGUUUGCUUUAAAUGGAACCUGCCCCUUUCUCCAGUAUUCAAAACUUAUGAACUAGACACAAUUUCAAUGCACUGACUUGAUAUUUCUCAUAAGUGAGCCCUAUUAAAAAUGGCUAACCUUUAAAAGAAAAACUCUGUUAUUGCAACAGCCAUAAUAACCCAACGGGGGCAGGGGGGGGGUCACAAUUGGCUUUGUCCUUGUCCUCACCCACAGGUAGUGGAUCACUUGGUUAAAGUGAUGCCAAAUGGUUGGACACAAAGUGUAGCCAUCCUUUGGCAUAAUGGAUAAGCAAAGGACACCGUCAGUUGGCUAAUACAUUGCACAUUUUGAGUUGGCAGCCAUAAAACAUGGUCUUUAAAAAUGUUUUGAAAGGUGCAUGCCAAAUCCCAAAACUCUUUGAAGCAUUCAUGUGCACAUGUAUGUACCCUGUCCUGGGAUUGUUUAUGAUGAAGGGCAAGAUAAACAUAUUUUAAAUAAAUAAAGAGCAAGCAUGAGACAGAUUUAUUGCUCUAUACACAGGAAGAUUUUUGUCUACAGUUUCCCAUGCACGUCCAUCAGUGCAAAAACAACUGAGGAUCAAUCCUUACUCAUGCAUUUAAGCUGUUGGAUCAGCACCAGCAAAGCUGAAGCAUCAGAUGAACUACAACUUGUUUCCUCUGAUUCCAUUUUAGCUUUUUGAGGUUCUUUUGUUUCCAUCUUUUGUAUGGAAUUUCUUUCAUUAAGGUACAGUUCUGACAUGGUGUAUACAUCAGUGCCACUUUAAAUAGUGAGCUGUCAGUAUGUAGUAACAUAACCAUCCUAGUAGUGUUUUCCAUGUCACAGUAGAUCUCUUGGGUAUUUUUUAAAGGCAUGAUGUGUGUAGUAAGCUGCUGCAUGUAAACAGCUUCUUUGCAGAAAGUUUUCAAACAGUUGCCAUGUGGCCACUGAUUAUUUCCCCUUAUGUGUUAAUGUUGUUGUCUAUAACUCUUUAAUUUUAUUUAGAUUGGGCACUUAUUUAGAUGAGUGCCCACAUGACGUGAUAGAAAUUAUUUAUUCCUGUUUGUUCAUUUGUAUUUUUUAUAAUCAACUUGCAGUCUGUUUCCCCUUCAGUUUGGGGAAAAUGGGUUAUGUCAAUUCAGCAUACCUGAAAGCACACAUUCCUAAUUUCUGCCUUGGUUUCAGGUCAGGCUGCAGAGCUUCACUGGGAAGCCCAAAACAUCAGGCAGCAGUGCAUUCAGUUCCUGCAGUAUGUGAAAAUGUUCAUCUUCAGGUAGGUUGUCAGACACGGUUCCUGUUUAAUUUUUGUUUGCAUAGUUGGUGCUGCAUGGUAUUACAUAUUAACAUCUUCAUUCAGAUAUCUGGUGCCACACGAAGCAGAAGAUGAGUUACUUCAUCCAUUUGAAAAGCAGGAAGCACAAUUCCCUUCAUUACUUGUUGAGGAACUCCAUUCUUUGACAUUGCACGUUGGACACCUGCAUGAACUCUCUAGUUGUGUUCUCGGAGGAUUGACUGUUCCGCCACAAGCAAAGGUUUUGACUGUACUUUUUGUUGUUGUUGUUGGCGCAUAUAGACAUUUCUAGUUGGCACAUAUUAUAAUUUAGAGUUGGAAAAGAGGCAUUAUAAACUUGCUGGCUAGUUAUUCUUGCAAGUUCUCUCUUAUCAUAUUGCCAAGAAAGGGACAUUUUGUGUAUCCCACCAGGGCAGUGUUAUAGCUUAUGGCACUAUAUUAGCACUAAUCACCUAGUGGGACAGAUAAUUCCAAUACUGUUUAGUAGUGCCACACGGUGAUAUUUGCAUGGUGGCUAUAUUUCUUGUGAUAAUGCUAAUAUGGCAGCUAAAUGAUUGAGCUGCCCAUCAUUGCUUUCAGUCACAUACGUUUUUGGUAGAAUAUUUUAAAAGUCCACUCUAAGUCACUCUAAGUAGAACUUAGUUAGAUGCAACUUUGUGUUAACAUUUUGAUAAUAAGUUACCCUUCAUGCCCCAUUAUAAAAAUUGCAACCCUACUUCCAGAAAAUGAAAAGUUAUUUUGCCUUUUGCCUGAACAUGCGACAUUUAAAACCAGGGGUGGGUGGGGCAGGGGUACACCCACAAACACACACAUGCAGGUUGCUUUUCAAACCUUUGCAUAGUUAGCCUGAUAGUCCUGGUAAUGAAGGGUUCCCAUUCAUAGGAAUGUUCUUGAGCUUGUUCGACCAAAGUCUCUUAAAAAUAUUCUUCAGACCUUCAUGCUAAUCAUGCACUCAUCUGAAAGAAAGAGCCUGUGAACCUGGGGUUAUCGGGAAUAUUUUUGUGCAAUGUUUUCUUUCAAUUACAGUUAUUUUCCCCAUCAUGGCAUCUGAUGCAUCUUCAUCUAGACAUCCACUGGUCGUUGUUGGAAAUUCUUCAUCUUCUUGGUGAAAAGAUGCCAAGUAGGUUUUGCCUUUGCAAUUCAGAUUGUUCUUUUGCAUUAUUUGUGUGUUGGGUUCUAUGGGAGAUGUUAAACUCUUUGGUUCAAAAAGCACAUAUGCAAAUUAUUGGGAAAAUAGUAGUCUGGAAAGUAAAUCAGCACAUUUUUUAAAUUAAAAAAAUCAUUUAAAAAGUCAAUUUAUCUCUUCACAGCAAAACUCCAUUUUUACAUCAAUUUAAAUGACAAUAUAUCUAUCCACAAAUUAUUUUAAACCAAUUAAAGCAUAUUAUUUGUCCUAUUGAUUUCAGUGGAAUUUCUGAUCUAUUUCUGCAUGUUGGCAUUCUUAAUCUCAUCUUUUGGCUAAGAACCCCUCACUUAAUUUGCACACAUGUGUUAGUCUUUCAGUACAAGUUAGUCUUUAGUGUUCUUAAAUUCAUUUGAAAGGCUGGCAACCAUGUGUACACACACAGCCAAGCCAGCAGGCCCCUGUGCAAAUUGACAGGAUAUUCCGUAAGCCCUUACUUAUUGUCCCUUGGACAUCCUCCCAUUGUGUUGGGAGUGAGUUGAAGUGGAGAAGAAACCAGCAGGUUGUAAGGCAAAUCCAAAAGCAAUGUUCAGCAAGCAAAAGGCUUCCAUUCCAGUGUGCUGGUACCCUUCCAGUACAAAAUGCAGGUCGUUUUAUAAUAGGAGCCUCUAAAUUUUCUCCCCAUUUACUGCUGAAAGAGUGCAUUUCCCUGCCUGUGGAAGGUCCUGCCCUCCAAAAUAUUGUGCAGUGAGGUGGGGUGGGAAAAGAUAAGUACAUUCUGUAGUGUCUGUAAUUUGUGGAAGGACCACGGCUUAGUGGUAGAGCAUCUGAUUUGCAUGCAGAAAGCCUUUGGUUCAAUAUUUGGCAUGCCCAAAAGGAAUUGGAAGAGACAUCCUGGAAAGCCUCACAUGUUCGUUGUAGAUAAUGCUGAACUAGACUGACCAAUGACAUGGCUCAAUAUAAAGCAGUUUCCUAUGUUUGUAACUGCUCUAACCUAGGAAAGUAUUUCUACCUCAAACUGGAGAAAUUGCCUCUCGACUAUGUAGAAUUUCUCAAUUCUGUUUGUGAAUAAACUGCAAACAAAGUACUGCAGUACAUAUCAUUGCUUUUAUUCCUUGAAUUGCUUCCAUGUCAUUGCAACAAUGUAUAAAACUGCUUUAUUAACACUCGCCCCUGUUCAAAUGGGGUAAAAGUUGUAUACAGUGAUACCUUGUGUUGCGUCCACUUCAUGUUGUGUCUUUUUGCGCUACGUCCCGCGGCAACCCAGAAGUACUGGAACGGGUUACUUCCGGGUUUCUCCGCAUGGGCAUAAGCGCCAAAUCGCGCUGUGCGCCUGCGCAGACGCAGCUCUUCUAGUUGCAGACAUUUCACGUUACGAACUGGCCUCUGGUACUGAUCCUGUCCGUAACACGAGGUACCACUGUAUGUUGUCAGGGCAGCACGGAGAAACCACAUCAUUAUGAUUUUGGCUGAAUUAAACAUACGCUGCAAAAUUUCCUUUACCUGCUGCAAAACACAAUGUCAGAAAACUAAGGACAAAUUCGGGGUAAUCCCCCCCCCCCAUUAAUGUUUUCUUUAAAAUAACAUAAAAAAUGAUGACUUGCUUUUCUUUGCUCCAAUAAAGUGAAAGUAUGUAUGCAUGUCUGUGUCUGUAUUUAUAAAGUCUAUAUCAAAGCAUAAACUUCCUUCAUUUCCUUUUUAUUUUCUAGGGCAAACAGUGUAUGCUCACAGGUUCUCAAAUUUAACAGGUGAAAAUUUAACCAAUAUCAGUUUGUUUGAAGAACAUUGUGGAAACCUCUUCUAUGAUCUGAUAAGUUUGGCAGCUAGCAGGUAUACAAAGGUAUAAUGAUCAUCUUACUUUGUACUGUUGUACGAGUGUUGCAUAGCUGGCUCUUUAAAACUAGACAGUAAAGGGAGUUUCCUAUUUGAAUUUAGCUUUUCAUCAAAUCCUUAUAUUUUAGCUUGUAUGAAAAGACUAUAUCAUUUAAAGACUCUUGGUUAGGAACUGUUUAUUCACCUCUACUUGCCAACUGAAUGAGGAAAUAAUUUUGAGUUGUAUUUUUGCCCUGAGUUGAAAUAUGCACUGUAUUAAGGACUAUAAGUAGCAAAAACUGCUGCAAAUUAUACAAAGUUGUAAAAACAGCAAAACUGAAGAAGCUGUUUGAAAUCACAGAAUUUAGCUUUCCGUGGCUUCUAAUUCAGAUUGUAUGUAAACAUAUAUAUUUUUAAGUAUAGUAUUUUAAAACACUUUUCUACUGCCCUUUAUCAGAUUUGAUUCCCUGCCAUAUUUGUAUGCCAAUGCAGUUUAAAUUCUUAAGUAUUAGUGUUAUCAUUAUUUUUAUAUAUUUCUAAGCAUUCCAUCCCCAAAUAACAAUUGAGAAAGUGGAAAUAAUGUUACCAUUAAGAUCACUCGUUUGUUAAUACAGUUUGUUGUUAUUUAGUCAUUAUUUUACUUUGUAUUUUAGCAACCUUAUCCUUCUAUGAGAACAUAUUUCUAAGUACUGUAUCCGAAGAAAGCUUUGUUUGGAAGACUUUUAAUAUGCACUGAGUUUCCUUUGCCAAUCUUCUACCUUCACAAGUUCCAGAUAGCAAAAAGCUUAUUAAUAACUUGGGUGAUGAAAACGUUAACCAAUAGAAAAGACACCCUUGCAAUUGUGUAAAGGCCAGUCUAGCAUGGCAUGUAACAGCAAGCAAUAUAUAGCUAAAUAUAAUGCAAAAUAAUGUGAAACUUUUUUAAAAAAAAAAUCUGAAAAUAAAUGGCAGUGGUAUCUAGUUGCUGUAUGUGGCUACAAUACCACCUGCUGGUGGAUCAAGGUAAAACCCACUUGAUUAAAGAUGGCAGACUAACAACUCAUGAAAUAGUACAUUGUUUCAGAACAGAAGUAGUGAUUUUGUUCUAUCAUGUGUUUCAUUAGGGCAGUGCUGUUUGUUCAGCACAGAGUUUGCACUGGAAAUGUGAGAGCUUUAGGUAAUUUGUAUAGCGCUUCUUAAAUCUAAAAUUAGCACACUUUGCUCUGAAGGUGCAUUAUGCUCUGUAGAGUUUACUUCCUAGCAUAUAUGUUUUGAUUUGCAGCCUCGGUGUAUUAGUAAGGUGAAAAAGCUCUUCAUGAAUCCUUUCACAAAAAGUAACAGCUAUUUGUGGGGUAUGGCUUGUGCCCAGUUAGAGGCAUAAAUGCAUCCCACUGCUGUUGGUGAAUUGAGAUAUGAACCCAGCUGCCAAUUCUCAUCUAUAAGGGAGUUUUUAGGAAGAAAUAGAUAAGUAUUUUAUCUAUAUAUAUUUUUUAAAAAAACCCUACUAGAUGGCAGGGGAAAACACAACUUUUAUCACAGACCCUUUUAAAAAUAUUAACUUCCUCUUUAACAACAACCCUCAAUAUUCAAAGUAUGUUCCACUUUCUGGCUUAUUUAAUCCUUUCACAUUUAGAGUUACCGUACUUUUCCAUGUAUAAGACGAGGUUUUUUUUACUCUAAAAUAAUGUUAAAAAAUGGGGGUCUUCUUAUACACGGAUAGUUCAUAGGGGGACAGGUGAUUGGUUGCACCCGCGAGCUUGUCAGCAGUGAUUUGGUGGGUGAUUGGUGGCUGCGGCAAGGGCUGCUUUGGAUUGGCUGCUGCUGCUGCGGUAAUUGGAUGGGUGAUUGGUUGCCGCGGCAAGGGCAGAUUUAGAUUGGCUGCCGCUGUGGCAAUUGGGCGUGCGAUUGCCAGCUGCUGUUGUUGAGCGGGCAGGCGCUUAUUGGCUUCAGCAACUUGAGUGAUUGUCAGCGUUUGUCAGUUGGGUUAGUGAUUUUCUGCAUCCCCCCCCCAAAAGCUCCGCAACUAUGGGCAGUCCUCCCCCCAAAAAAGCUCAACAGCUCUGGGCCAUCUCCAAUUUUCUUAAAUUUGAGUCCCCCAAAAUACAUGGGAGCAUGUUAUACAUGGAAAAAUAAAGUGUUUUAAUGACAAUAUCUUAGCUAUUUACUGCAGUGAAUAUUUCUAAAAGUGUUCAUAUGUUAAAUUCCACUAUUUGCUCUGAGGAAGUUGUUUGUUCAUCGCAGGUAAGGCCCUCUGAAGCUCUAACUAGUCACCACUACCCUUGCACAUGUGUAAAAGAAUUGUGGAUUUUGCUUAUUCAUCUGCUCAAUCACAGAAAUAAAGGAUCCCUUACAGAGGUAAGACUCGUUGCAUGACUAGCAUGGGUAAUAUUCUAUGAAAACAAUUGCAUUUGAAACACUCAGAUAUUCGUAGACGGAUAAACAAAUGUCCCAAACUAAUUUAUUUACCGUAAGCAUUCUUUUACACUUGGUUCCAUUCUCUGAUAAUCUGUAAAGGGGUCUGUGUUCCUUGACAGGCAGAAUGUGGGGCAGAUGGGCAUAGUUUGGGCCAAACUGCCUUACAGGGCAAAUUGGUACUUGUGCCAGGUCUAAUCAGGAUCCUGGGGCAGUGGUUCCCCAUGCCUGGUUUAAAAGGAUCACUUUGAGAAGCGCAGCAAGUGAUCUACCCACGGUUGUCUACAAGCUGGUAAAGGAAAGCAGCAACAGAAAAAUUAUUACAAGAGAUGGACAGGGUGACUGGUAUGUGUGUGCACUACAUUAGAAAAUUGAACUUCUUUUUUUAAAAAAAGCUGAGUGGCUUUCUUUUCAUUGCAGUCUUUUUGGAGCUGUUUGAAUAACAUUCUAAAGGAUGUAUUUGAAAAAAAGAGGGAUACAGAAGCAGUGUUUGCCUUCAAACCAAUUCCAUGCAAGGACUCCCUGACUUUUUGUUGGUGGCUUAUAACUCACUUGGCAUUACUUCACCAUGUUGACCGCAAUGGGAAUGUAGAUGAAAAGGUUGGUUUGUUUUUACUGCUUUCUAAAUCCUCUCAUAGAUUUUUAAAUGUUUACUUAGGCCUUGUACCAUACAUAGAUUUUUGGCACACAUGCUGAGAAUGUUUGCAUAGUGAGUUUAUACCUUAAAAAGAUACUCUCUUUUGUGAUAGGGUAAAAAAAGAAGAAGAAGAAUCAGGAUUCCUCUCUCCUAAUCCCCACCUACCUACAAGUUUGGUUUUUUUUACCCAGUCUCUCAUGACAUUAGUUAGUGCUCAGGAUCCUUACACAUACUAAGUCUAAUAUGGAACUGAUAAAAUAGUCCCACAGUAUUUCCAAUCUACACAGGAUUGAAUUAAAAAUGUUUGUUUGUUUCUUUACCUCCAUGCCUUCUCUUGAAGCUGUAACUUAUCUCCUACACCUAUUCUAACAUGAGAGUAUGCCUGGCAUGUGAUAAACAUAUCUCAUUGAACUGAGGAGACUGUGCUACCUUUCAGCUUAAAAAAAUAAAUCACUGAGCUGCUGCCAAUGAAAUUUGGGCUGUUUACUGAUUAUUCUGAAAAAAGUUCCCAGCUCUCCAACUUCUGUCUCCUAACCCUAGACCUUGACAGAAAACCAACCUUUUGGGAGGCCAGGUGGGCACAUUUUGAAACCUGAGAAACUUUCAUAGAAAACAGCUGGUUGGUUCAAGGUGGGUUUUCUUUUAUUUUUUUAGGAAGGUGGAGUGUAAGGUUUUAUAAAUUAGAUUCCUGUAGCUCUGGGAGAAGAUAUGCAAUAUGGUACAAGUGACGAGUUGGAAGAGAUGGAAUUUAAAUAGGAAAGUUUUUCUGUCAAUAAGAAAGUAUGAAGCCUUUUUUAAAACUUAAAGAAGAGAACAUAUAGAUCAUAUGUAUCUUUCCUCAGCUACAAAAUAGUCCACAUUAUCGUAUCCUUAAAGGCUACAUUCAUAAAUGUUUAAAACCAAAUAGAAUAGUAAUAUUACCACUUUUGAACAUUGCAGGGGUCAAUUUUAACGCUGCUCUGGGCUAUUGAAAUAGAGUCAGAAUGACUUCAAGCUAAACAUUCUUGCCUUUGAAUUGUCUAAAAUGACUACUUUGUAAGAUAUGCAAAGAGUGGUUUCCAGCUGAGCAGCUUAGCAGCUCAACAGGUGAGCCAGAAGAAGAAACUAGUUUUCUCCUGACAUUGUUAAAAAGAAAUACUACCCAUAUACUUAAAAGUUGUAGUCCAAGUUAUGAUUCUUUUACUAAACAUGACAGAAGAAUACAAAAUGAUCUUCCAAGCCCCUGGCUCCAGACCAUACAUGUGCUGUUUUGCACAAAUAAUAGUAUAAAUCUUUUUCUUAGACUGCAAUGCUGUAUGUAGUGUGAGAGUGGGGUGUUCUGGAAUUGCUUGCAUAACUUUUUUGUGUUUCAAAAGGCAAGGCUUCUUUUAUCAAAAGGAGCAAGCUGAAAGUAGGAUAUGGCAAACUGUUGACAAUAAUUUUCCAUAUGUCUUUGGUCUAUUGGCUCAGAAUUGUUUAAUAAAGAACUUGUGAACUGCUUCAUUGUCCUUGAUUCGGGUGCCGGAAAGCUUUUCUUCACUCUUCGUAGACCAUUACAGCUUAUUAUAGUGGUACCUUGGUUUACAAACUUAAUCCGUUCCGGAAGUCCGUUCUUAAACCGAAACGAUUCUUAAACCGAGGUGCGCUUUCCCUAAUGAGGCCUCCCGUCACCUGUGCCCUUCAACCGUUCAGAUUCCAUUCUUAGACUGAGGUAAAGUUCACAAACCGGGACACUACUUGCGGUUUUGCGGAGUUCGUUAACCGAAUAUUUCUUAAACUGGACUGUUCUUAAACUGAGGUAUCACUAUAUACAUUAAACAGGGGAAGUCUUGUAACAAUGUUACCCACUCCCAUGAAAUUACUUGUGCUUAAGGAUGGCUAGAACUAACUAAUGGAACCAAAUUUCAUAUGUUGGUUGUGGUGUUGUAGAAAGAUUUGAUAGCUAUGAUGCACAUUAACAAGUUGCAGCUGCUCUUGUCAGUGCCAGAUUUACGUAUAAGCUAAACAGGCUAUAGCUUAGGGCCCCACUCUCUUGGGGGCCCCUAAAAAAUUUAAAGGGGGGAAAAACUGGAUGUACAUUUCCAAAAUAUAAGAUAAAAAACAAAUAAAAUAAAACCUACGUACAGCAACAGUGUUUUGUGUUGCGUAGGCUCCUAUUUGUUAUGUGCAAAUGGCUUUAGGUACCUAUUAGGUCCAUAAAUUACCAUAUAGCAUAUAUUCAACAUAAAAAACAGCGACAAUUUGUUGUUGACAAAGGACAGCUGGACAUAUAAAGUACCCCAUUACCUUCAGUAGCUUAGGGCCUCAUCAAACCUAAAUCUGGCCCUGCUCUUGAUACUUCAGUGGUAGUGCAGUAGGCAUGUAUUCUGGAUUUUAAAAAUUAAGAGUAAAAAACUGCAGUGUCCGUCUAAGAAAAACAGGUACUUUUGCUAUGUGUAAUGAGUACUUUUUCUGGCCUAUCCAUACUACCGUAAAAUACAUUUGUUCUCUAUGAAGACAAUAAAUGUUUUGCCUAUUAAUCAAACUUAGUGGAGAAAAAUGAGUGUUCUACACGCCCAUUUGUAGCAAUAAUUAAAAUAAGGUAAAUAUCACUUAGCUUGCCAUGCAUAGCUCACUUAGUAUUUGCUUGCCAAAACCAGAUAUUUAUCAUUCAAUAUGGUUUUUCAUCUAGAAACCAAUAGACUCUAACUGGUCCUUUGUGGAAGAUCUAUUGAAGCAGUCCAUCAAUAGUCAAGUAAGUAUGUUAAGAAUCACAGGCAAGUUUGAUUGGGCUGAUUUGGGGACAGAAUGUGAAAAUGAUUUUAUUCACCACGUUGCUUUCAGAAAUCUGGCUUCUUUAACUCAGGAGUACGAACAACCUUGAUGAUCUGUGUGAGCUAGGCUGCUGUGUAGUUUCCUUCUUGUUAGUGGUCAUACUCCUGAGUGCUUGUGUUUUGAAGAUAAAUUGUCAGAUAGGGUGGGGGGGCUGGGGAGAGAUAAUUAUCCUGGACGUAUUACUUGGUCCCUUUGACAAGAUGUAUUCCGAAUAAGAACAGGAUGCUUAGAAAAUGUAAGCUGUAUGCUGAAUCUGAGGGUAUCAGGUUGAGAGACGUGAUGGGAGAGAUAGUCUAUUGCAUUGAAAAUUCAGCUAUAUCCUCAUCACAGCAGGAAGGUGACUUGCCUUGCUGAGCAAUUUGUCUUACAGGCUUGAAUCAAACUCUUACUGAUAAGGUUGUAGCUUCUGAGCACUCACUUCAUACCUUAUCAUUUUUCUUUCUACAGAGCUGUUAAUGCAGUACUUUGUGGCCCAGAGGUCAAAACUGACCUCCUUUUUAGAGUGCUUUUAAAUAUGCUGUACAUGUUAACACGUUCUCUGUAAAAUGUGUUUUUAGGUUGCGUGGCACAAAUUGUAAUUUAUGUAACAUCAGCUAUUACAAGAAUUUCUUUAAUUUGUUUGUAUAUUUAUUGCAUUUAUGAGGUGUCACAUAAAAUUUACUGGGUGUCCUAUAAAGAUAUGUAGCAGAGGAUAGGAGGCCAAGUAACGGCUUUUCUUUUGGCUUUGUCUAGUCAAGAGCUACAUUUAACACUACGAUGGUGUUUUGUGAUGGGAAUGAGCCUUGAACUUCCAUGUUCUCUCCCUCUUUCUUCCCCUCUACUUCUGGCGCAGCAGUGAAGAGAUCAGAAACUUUCAAUCAACCACAGUUUAGGGUUCCAUCCAAACACUAAACUGUGGUUAAUCUCACCUAUGGUUUGUUUAAAACACAACUAAUUCAUAAUUUGUGGUUUAAAGCUGACUUGUUUCAAAUAAGACAUGUUUAAAAUUAGAUGUGCAGUGGUACCUCGGGUUAAGAACUUAAUUCGUUCUGGAGGUCUGUUCUUAACCUGAAACUGUUCUUAACCUGAGGUACCACUUUAGCUAAUGGGGCCUGCUGCUGCACCACCGGAGCACAAUUUCUGUUCUCAUCAUGAAGCAAAGUUCUUAACCCGAGGUAAUAUUUCUGGGUUAGUGGAGUCUGUAACCUGAAGUGUCUGUAACUUGAAGUCUCUGUAACCCGAGGUACCAAUGUAGUCUGAUGGCUUCAAGUGGCCACAUUUAAUUUAAAAAAACAUAGUGAAAGUUUGCAACUGCUCUCUGUAGCUGCUCUUCCGGAGGAGGGAAUAUGUGAGCCCAAAGGCUUAGUGGGCUCAUUUCCAUGGUUUCUUAUAUUGUCUUGACAGAGCCAAAAUGUUAGCAUGUUAUGAUACUGCAUUAUCAUAAAUUUAGUAUAUCAUCUAGAUUUUUUACAGUGCAUGUCUACACAAAAGUAAACCCCAUUGACUUCAAUUGGACUCACUACAUUUUAAAUGUUUAUAGGACUACAGCUUUAAUUAUAUAUAUAUAUAUAUAUAUAUAUAUAUAAUUGCAGCAGCUUACAGAGUAAUAUUAAAGCUGUAGUCCUAUAAACAUUUAAAAUGUAGUGAGUCCAAAUUGAAAUUAUAUUAUAUACAUCUGUGUGUAUGUGAAUGAAUAGGUUUUAGACGAUUUAGGCAGUUUAUUACUGCACUUGCAACAGUUGUUGGGGUUUUUUUUUUUUUAAAAAAAUACGCCACUAUUAUAAUUUGUUUUUAAGCCUAAACAGAGUGUUUGUUAUAAGAACAAUGUAGGGCGUAACUGGUUGCUGGAGUUAUGGGAAGUGUUUUGUAGAAAUUAGAUCCUUUACAAGACUGUUUUUGAGAAAGCUGUUUUCCACCUCUGGCUUAACUAUGCAAUCAGAUGAUUUAUCAUGUGAUGGAUAAUAAAGAAGAGCUCCAGGUUAUCCAAAACUAUUUGUCCUUGUUUUAUCUUGGAAUAAUUAAUAAUGUAUACCAAUAUGUCCUGUGAAAACUGAAAACUAAAAGGUAGUCCAAAAUUAAUAUUUUAAAAUCUUACCAUAUACCUACUAUCCCAUAAAGUGCACACCUUUCCCUGAUUCAGGAGUUGUCAGGAAGCCAUAGCUAAUUAUAGCUCCCUGCAAUCUGCUUUUUGUGUGUGUUGCAGGUAUGGUUUGGAAAAGGCAUACAGUUACCAAAUGGUGGUGUAGAUGGAUAGCACACAAAAUAUUUAAAUCACAUUUGCUUCCACAAAUGAUUUUGAAGCACAUAAGUCGCAUUUUGGGUAGAUCUGGCUGACAUUCCUUCCAGGCUGCAAGUCCUUUCUAUCACAUUUUUUAGCCAAGCAGCUAACUUAGAUGCAGGUACUAUAAAUGUUUAGGGAACACUUCAGCCCAGUCCAAGAUGAUGCAGAUCUGCUACAGAAAUCUGAAUAUAUGCUCCAUGAAAUUAAACUUUGAUUGAGGUAGACUUAUUGAGGGGGCUAAUUACAAAUCAUGUAAGAGCCAGCAUGGAAUAGUGGUUAGAGUGUUGGACCUAGUACCUGGGAGCUCAGGGUUCAAAUCCUGCUUAGCCACAAAGCCCAUUGGGUGACCAUGGGCCAAUCACAGACUCCCAGCCUAACCGACCUCAUAGGCUUGUUGUGAGAAUAAAAUGGGGGAAUAUACACGACCAUGAGCACCUCGGAGGCAAGGUAGGAUACAAAUGUAAUAAAGAAAUGUCAUAUAGCAUGCAGCGAAGCAAGCUGAGCAUCAGAGAAGAGAGUUUCCUCAUCUACCUUUUCCUUGUCACUAGAUAUUGUGACUUUAGUGUGUGGAUUCCUUGCAGACUGCUGUCCAGUCAGAUGUAGAUGUGAGCAAAACCUAUCCACCAUUCCCUUCCGAAAGGAAAAUGUGUGGGGCUCAGUAGGGUGCUGACCCAUCUCAAAAAGCCACUGUAGGUCAUAGUCAUAUUCUGAGUAACUGAAAUUAUUACAGUUACGAAUGGGAUCCGUUCCGGAGGCCCGGCCGCAUCCUGAAAACUUUGUAACUGGAGGCACCCUUCUGCGCAUGCACGCGGCACGAUUGAGUGCUUCUGCGCAUGCGUGCGCGGCGAAACCCAGAAGUGUAUACCCAAAGUUCGCAACCCAAAGUUUACUUAUCCAGAGGGAUACGUAAGCAGAGGUGCGACUGUACAGUCUUUGGGCAAGGAUUUUUUUCUAAAAAGAUAACAUCCUUGCUUAAUGAUUUAGAAUGCAUGAUUUGUAUUUUUCAAUCAGUUAGGCCUAGCUAUCUUGAGUUCGUUUACACCAUAGGGCUAUAUAAAAGCUGGCUCCCAUGGUUCCUCUUCAUUAUAAUGUCACAUCAAGGAAUGGAAUCCAGGGAGAAAUAUGCAAGUGGAUAAUGGGUGGGACUACACUGAUCUGAGUCAGUUCUCGCUUGCUUGUCUUGGAACAAAGUGGCUGUAAUCUGAACACAGUUGAGGGGUGAAACAAGGAUAAUUCUGCGGUAGCAUCAUGCAGUCUUGACCUCAGAAAUGAAUGCAGAUCGGCCAAUUCCAAUAUAGUUUAUAGAAAAUUAGAUUUAAUUCUCUAGGCUUUAAGAUGUUACAUUCCUGGCCCACAUGGGCAUAUGCAUAAAUGCCACAUGUCACAAAGUGCUAAUUACCAAUAUUAUCUCAACAGAAUCUUUGCAAGCUGAAUGGGCCAGGAUCAGUCUGCUAUUCAGAGGCCAGAAUGUUCUUAGAACAAAUGUUUUUCUAUUGUGUCCAGUGGGUCUUAGCCAUUAGAAAGUGGUCUUGACACAAUUCAGUAUAUAAACUUCUGUUUGGAAUUUACCUAGAGGUGGCCUCCUUAUCUGGUAAUUACGCUCCAAAUUAUCUUUCAUAGCCCCUGGCUUUAUAGCUAUAUGAUUCUAAUGCAUAAAAAUGUAGGUAGAGUUUCAGUAGAUGACAAUGCUGGUACUUGUCAGAUUUUAUUUUCUAGAUCGCUGCUCAUAUUAAUAGAUUGGCUUGCUUCUAAACUAGAAAUAACAUUUGGGGAGGCGAGGGGGAUAUUCUCAGAAUCCGAGGGCUUUAUAUUUGAUUGUGACCAAGGUUGUUUUUACUAUUAAAAGAAGAAGAAGCUUGCUAAAUAAAACAAAAUUGCAUUUGAAUGUCUUUGUUUGCUAGACUGGAAUAUUAGAGGAACAGUUACGAACGCAUCUUCAGUGCUGUUUGACAUUGAGUCGUAUCUGGGAUAUGAACAUCUCAGCCAUCACCAUACUCUGGGAACAUUAUAGCAAGAAUCUGGUUAGUAAAUAAUGUCCAAGAAAGCUGUAAGUGGGCUCCCGUCACCUUGAGAAAGUUGUUAUCUAGUCAAGUCUGCUUAGCAGUGGAAAUGCUUAUGGCCUCAUUCCCCCUGCCAAAAAAACCCCUCUACAGUUUCAUUCGUUUACAGUUUCCAUCCCACUUCUUUCAAAAGGGUCUGAGUAGUUUCCCAAUAUCUACAUUCUUUUUUAGAGGGAGGGGGAAAGAUAUGGAAGGGGAAAGAGAGCAACACCCUCCUAACUGGGAAUCAUUCUCUGAUGUGAGGCUAGAUUGCUCUUCCCCUUUGCCUCUGCUUCCACAGUUGUUUGCAGAAUUCCUCCAGAAAGGGAGGGGGAAAUGGGAUCCCAUCAGUUGUGAUCUUCUAACCAAAUAGAUACAACCAAGCAAUUCUUUCCCUUUUAAGCGUUCUUGCAGGCUGGGAAGCAGCCUUCUGUUAGCCCCUUUUCAUUCUAUAGUGUUUCCUCCUUUACAUCUGCAGUCACUGGACCUUUUAGUUUCACUCGGCAGCAGCUGCAUUUCCACAUGGUGAUAUAAGAGCCUGGAAUGGAGCAGUCUUGUGUAGUGAUGGCAAUAAAGUCUUGUGCCAAGGAAGGGCAUAGCUCAGCUGUAGCUUCAGUAUACUGUAUUUUCUUUCUUUCUUUCAGAACAGUCACUUUACUAUUCCUUGGUUUGGUCUCAAAGGUCUUGCAAAUAUUAGUAAAACACCCAUGUCUAUGUAUGAGUCGGUGAAGAGGUGUUGUGGCGACAUACAUACUCCUGACAUGUAUACCACCAGCAAUAGUUACCAAUUUUUUCUUCACAUUUUGGUGCAAGUAAUGAAGAAGGCAGCGAAGACCAAUGGCACUAAUCCAUGGAAGCAGAUCAAAGGAAGGUACAGUGGCUUUUGCAUGUCCUGCAUGUCCCCACAUGUUGAUACUUUCGGUGAUUGACUAAAUUUGUUUUAUGUAAGAAGCUGUGCAUCUGUAGUGUCAGUAUUCAUGAAUUCUGAAAUAUUCCCGAAAUAUUCAUAAAAAAUAUUUUUAAAAAUUUGAUUUGGGGGGGGACGGACCUUAAAGGUGUUUACAAAAACAAUGAAGUUACCAUUUAAAAAAUGCAACAAUAAUCUAAAAUAUACAGAAAUUUAAAACCGAAAUAAAUUAGACUAAAAACAAUUAAAACUUACAUGAAGCUUAUAAAUGUCUUGGCGUUUUUUAUUACAUCUGGACAUUUUUGGAUAAAAGGAUAGUGGGUGGGGAAAUGACAAGAUGAGCCCUGCUGGAUCAGGCCAAUGGCCUAUCUAGUCCAUCAUCAUCCUCUCACAGUGGCCAACCAGAUGCCUAUGGGAAGCCCACAAGCAGGACCUGAGUGCAAUGACACUCUCCUCCCGUUUGAUUCUCAGGAACUGAUCUUCAGAGGCGCUCCACCUGAGUGGAGGAGGAGCAUAGCCAUCACAGCAAGAGCCGCCAAUCACUAGCUGGAGCCUGUGCCCCACCCCUGCAGUAGAGUUCUUCUCAAUAUUUCAGUGUGCAUGGACAAAAACCUCCUAUACAGUGGUACCUCGGGUUAAGUCCUUAAUUCGUUCCGGAGGUCCGUUCUUAACUUGAAACUGUUCUUAACCUGAAGCACCACUUUAGCUAAAGGGGCCUCCUGCUGCUGUCGCGCCGCCAGAGCACGAUUUCUGUUCUCACCCUGAAGCAAAGUUCUUAACCUGAAGCACUAUUUCUGGGUUAGCAGAGUCUGUAACCUGAAGCGUAUGCAACCUGAGGUACCACUGUACUGUCAAAUCUAAAUGAGCCUUCAGGUGUUUUUGACAGCAACUCCUGUCAUUCCUUACCAAUGGAUGUUCUAAUUUGGGCUGAAGAUAGCCCAGCAACAUCCGGUGCAUAAGAGUGUCUUAAGUAAUAUAGAGUAGACCCAUUUAGAACUAAUUCAGCCGCAUAUCUAGAGGUGGUGCAUUACAACAUGUACAAUCAUUAUUUACAGUGGGAAGCUUUUCUGCACUGUCGUAUUCAGACCUAGCUGCCCUGUUCUGGUCUUUCAGCUACAGUGGUACCUCUGGUUACGUACUGAAUUCGUUCCGGUGGUCCGUUCUUUACCUGAAACUUUUCUUAACCUGAGGUACCACUUUAGCUAAUGGGGCCUCCUGCUUCCGCCGCACCGCUGGUGCACGAUUUCUGUUCUCAUCCUGAGAUAAAGUACUUAACCCGAGGUACUACUUCCGGUUUAGCAGAGUCUGUAACCCAAAGUAUUUGUAACCUGAGGUGUUUGUAACCCAAAGUACCACUGUAUUUGUCCUCUGAAUAGCAGUAGUCUCUGUGGUACUAGAUGAGAGAUGGCUAGAACAGCUGGCAGAAAAUAUUGUCGAAUCCAUUCUUCUUGAGGUGUUUGCAGUUCAUGUUAGCACAGUCCACCUCCCAGUUUUUUCAUCUGGAGUACUCUGGUUCCAGACAAACUGAUAGUUGAGGAUAGGCCCACAACUCACCUUGAGCAGAAAGAAAUUCAGCAAGGUCAUUUACCAUUACGGCAGUUCUUUGGAAGGCAGGUUAAUGGAGCUUAUUGAAGCAAAGGAUAAAUACAAAAAAAGGUUUUAAGGAAAGUGUCUUUGUGCUUUUUUUGCAGAAUUUAUUCCAAAUUCCACCAGAAAAGAAUGCGAGAACUGACAGAGGUGGGCCUGCAGAACUUUUUCCAUCUUUUCCUCGUUCUGGCAGCUAUAGCAGAGACAGAGGACGUUGCCAGCCGCGUGAUGGAACUUCUGCAUUUCCUUAGUCCAGUUUCUACGAGCCUUUCUCUGAGAGCUUUGAUCUGGAAGGGCUACUUUGCCUUCAUGUUAACGUAUGUUGAAAGGAACAUGGAUAUCAGUGUGCUAGCUGAGGAAGUCUCGAAUGACUUCCACAAAAAGGCAAAGGAAUUCUUAGUUGCCAGAAAUGACCCCUUGCAGAAACAAAACCUCUGGGUGCUGCUUUCCACUUACGUUGAUGGCGUCCAAGAAGUUUUUGAGACCAGCUGCCACUUGCACCUUUCCGAAGAAAAGCUGCUGAAUGAUGGCUUUAGUAUGCUGCUGCCGGGUUGCCGAGGAGCUGAACUUGCAAGAGUCUUUAGCUUCUUGCAAGAUGUUCUGUUCAGACUGAGGUAAGAGUUUUUUCAUUCGUAUUUUCUGAGGGUUUUUUCCUGCUUCAAACUUCUUUUAUCAGAUUUCUCGCACACUGACUUUCAUACACCUACCGUGUAAUACGUGUAAUUUAUAAUUGAUUCAUUUUAAAUAAUUUUAUCCCACUUUGCAGCAUAAAAGUUUUGGAUGGCAAAGAACAACAAUGAUAAAUUCAUUAUAACUUAAAUUAAUCAGAGGGCUGAGAUAUGUAAGCAGAAGGCAUGGAUUCUUUAAAUUAUGAAUUAGCGUGAUGAAGAUGUUGGAUCCAUUUUGGUACAAACUUACCAUAUUCAUCCAAAGAAACAUAGAGGCUAAAAGGUGUAAGCCACAAAACUGAAAACAGCUUACCAGUGUGAUAAGUCUCCUGUUUGAUGCCUGACUUGGACUACACAACAAUAGUGUUUCAAGUAUCUGGCCACCAUAUGGAAUGAGUGUAUUGCAUUCACCUUGGUGGGUUUUGAGAAUUUAAAUGGAAGAAUGCAAGAGAUGUUAAGGGCUGAUGAACAAAUGUUGAUCACUUCUUGAUGGCAGUAUUAAGUGAUGACUUGCGUCAGGGGUAGCUGUUCUGCCCCACAUAGUAUGGUCAGUGGUCAGGGAUGAUAGGAACUUUGGUCCAGCAAUAACUGGAGAAAACCAUAUUGCUUACCCUUGACAGUCACUGUUCACAGAUAGACAGCAUCGUAUUCCUUUUUAAUGGAUUUGAAUCUCACUUGUAUGGCAAGUCAGUAAAUGAACGAUAUGUAUGAACGAGUACAGCAGCUUUGUAUUUCAUCAGGGUUGCAAAGCAGGGACAUAGCGCUCUGCUUUGCUAUCCUAUAGGCUUGCAUACUGGCCAUGAAAGAAGUGGCUUCACUUCCUUUGUGAUCAAUAUGGAAGCUGACUGGAAUGGUGAAGUGGGGCAGAGCGCUCUGCUUCACUGGCAUGCAGCCGACUGGACUGGUGAAGCAGCUCUUCUGUCUCUUUUGAGCAGUAGCAAUAACUGUAUUGCCUCCACUGUCUUGUGCAGGAAGCAGGUCAAAUUGCUCUCCUGCCUCCUUGAGCAAGCUACUUGGCUUGUGGGAUUCCGUGGAUCCUGGUGCAGCUUGAAAAUAAUAGAAGCGGUUUGACAAUUGCAUGUUUACAGAGGCAAGGGUGGGAAGGAACACAGUGCCUUAAUGCUGAGCUAAUAAAUGUGGUGCCCUCCAGAUGUUGCUGGAAUGCCGCUCCUAGCAUCCCUAGCCAUUGGCUAUGCUGCCUGGGACUGAUGGGAAUUUGAUUCCAGCAACAACUGGAGGGCAACACAUUGGCUAUCCCUGGCUUAUUGAAAUGUUGUAAGCUGUUGGCAUUCUCAUUUGCUUCUGAACUUAUACGUAAUUGUAUAUUCAUCAUUUCUGUUGUAGAUCUGGCGCGCACGCGCGCGCACACACACACACACACACACACACUCUUUUUAUAUAUUACACAUACCUGUUUGUAGAGCUUUUGCAAUAUUUCACCUAGCCCCAAAGUUCCUGCUUAGAUAAAAAUGACAUAAAACAGGAGAAUGGCAUGGUGACUAGUAAAAAUUGGAAGGAUAGUGUCUCAUCACUAAUCAGUUUUGCCUUGAUUUAUUGAUACAGUUUACAACCUCCAAACUGUCCUUUCCGCAAUAAACAUAUUUCUGCCCACUAAUUCACAUUGGAGGCAGCUCUUCAAUUUGAAGGGGGGAAAGCUGCCUUGGGGAGGUCAGAAGACAUCUUCCCUUGCCGUUCUGCCACAAGCCCUAAUGAGGCAGUUAUUGAUUGGUCACUGUAGAAAUCUGAGGAUUUGUGGGGGAGGAGCGCUAGAAAAUAUGCAUUAUGAACAGUGGGAAGAAACUGACCUGCAUGUUUACCUUAAGUACUUUGUUACUGUCUGGAUAGUUUGACUUCUGCUGUCACUAGCUUGUAAAUCCAAGGACAACUGAUUAUUUUUUUUUCCAGGCUGUCUUUGAACAAAGAUAAAGUGUUUGACAAAGGGUAGGUGAUUUAUUAGGAGGGUCUUUGUAAAUUGGUUUAACUUGGUUUUUAAAAAGUGCAGACUAUCCAGAUGCAGAAGACACACUCUGGAACUGUACAAAAGCAUUGCACAUGCUACCUUGGAAAAGGUCCUUCAGUCUUGAAUGGCCUGCAUAGUCCAACAGAGAUGUAUUUUUGAUGUUCAAAUAACAUGAAAUUCUUAAUUUGAAAAAGCCUUAAAUGGUGUAUGAAUUAAUGAUAGCUGUGAAGGUCUGAUUCCAACUGCAUGCUUUUUCACUACCUGAUUGGAAAGCUCCUUCCUAGCUGAUUGCUGUCAACAGGACCAGCCCUAAUGUUAGGCAAAGUGAGACCUCAAGUAGCAAAUGCUGGAAGAUAGGGAGCAACAGUAAGGUAGGGGGGACAGAAUCAUUUAUAUUAUUUAAAAGCAUUUCUAACCUUCCCAGCUCACAAGAGCCUGGAGGUAGAGCGCAAUAAAACAAGGCAAAGAUAUAGCAUAUCAGCAACACAGCAUAUAAACAAAAAACAAAGCAGGAAAUGAACAAACCAGAACGGCAUGCAACAAAUCCGCAUAAUUACUGAAUGCCUGAGUAAGCAAAUACAUUCUCAGCUGGUGGCAAAAGCUCACCAGUGAUGACACCAACUGAAUCUCAGAAGAGAGGAACUUUCACAAACAUGGUGCAAUGGCAAAGGAGGUCCUUUCUCUGGAUACAGAUGCCAUGUCCAUUUGGAGGAACUAAUAGGGUCUCACUUGUAGUAGGGUCAGUUUGGGAGAAGGAGAUGUGCCUUGAAUCUCGCCAAGUUAGUAGUAAGCUGGUAGCCACUGCAGCUGCUUCAGGACAGGUGCUUCAAGACAGGCUGUCCCAAUAGACAUGUGCUGACAUGGCAGGAAUCUUCUCUUUCUCACCUGCCCCCUUUCCCAGUAGUGAGGAACACCGCUACAGGAAAGCAUCUCCAGUGCCACUUGGUGAUUUUGUGAAGGGGUCCUUAAGAUUUCUGUGGCUCAUUUGUGGAUGAGAUGAGUAGAUAAAAUUAGAUUGUACUUAAGGUCAACCAAACCUUCCUUUCAUGUGCUGUGCUCAGCCAUCAGUAGCAUAUCAAUAAGCAUUUGGGUGGCUUGUGAAAGAUUUCUCCUCCCUGGAGUUUCACCAGAGACUAAGUCAGGUUUGGGUGAUAGCCAUCUAUAGUCAUACUUUGCGUAGACGACUGAAAGCAAAUAUGGGUGUUACUUGGUUAGAUACCACCCUUUAUGUUUGUGCUGGUAGUUGGUAGCCAGAGGGUUUAUUCUAAUUGGCUUCAAAUUCAUAUCUCUAUUUUUAUUUCUCUGCUUUUCAGUAUGUUACCCUUCCCAAAUCAUGAAGGGCUUAAUAUUUCUUAAUAAAAUUAAUACUUCUUGCAACUUGAAAACGAACAUGAUGGUAUAACUGUUUACUGAUCCCAGUAAAUGAAUACAAUAUGCAGUAUUUUGACAAAAGAUUUGAGGCAAAUCCAUAAACCUGUUAUAUUAUUGGCUGCGCUUGUGCUAAUGUAUGCAUGUAUGGUGGGUUUUUUAAAAUGAUUUUAGGUUGUUUUACUUCGGUGCUAUUUUUAAUAUGGUUUCAAAUUUUUUAAAUAUCUAUAACUGAUUGGUGUGGGGUUUUUUAGUUUAUCUGUUAUUUAUUCAUUUUAUAAACUGCCUUGGGUUCCACAUUGAGAGAAAGGCAGAAUGUGUUUGCGUGUGCGUGUGUACAUAUACAAACCAUAUAAUAAUAUUUAUUUCCCAAUUGUGUAAAAGCAAAAUGCACAUAGCAAUAUUGUAGCCCAGUGUGGAGAAUGUUGAUUUAAAGCAGAGCCUGUCGUGCCCAGCGGAAGGAUGAGUAAUACGUGCUACAUACUCUAUAUUGCUUUAUUUACAGUUCAAAGCUGGUAUAUUACAGAAAGACAUCUUGCCCUGCCGGAGCAGAAAAAUGCAUCCUCUCUCCUCGACAGCUCGGAGAGAAUCACACAGAGUGAAAAACAGGAAACCAGUGUACGUCACAUCCAGUCUCCCUUUCCCGUGAGAAACUCCAACAGUACAGACUGUGGAAUGUAAAACAUGUCUUGUGACUGCAGUUGCUGCUCAGUGAAGGAAAUAGAAACCAACAUCCUCCCCUUUCUGUGAACAUCACUGGGCAGCGUGUUUGCACAAUAUCAGUACAAACCCAACUUCUGCACAUAGGUACAGUGUUGAUCCCUUGAUACAAUCUUGGACAAUACAUCAGCAGGAAUUUCAUUACCUGGCAUAUAGGACACCGUUACGAGUCCCUUCUGAAUACAUUCCCUAGCAUGCUGCAACUUUAAUUGCAAGUGCUUUGUGCUUUGCUUACAACCUUCAGACUUCAGCAAAGCCAAACAUGCUUUGUUGUCCUGGUAAACCUGGAUUGGACAUUUGACAGGAAUUUUCAUAUCUUUGCACAAUUGUAACUAACCAUUCACAAACCUUAAGUGAAUAAGACAGUGCAUUCAGUUCAGCUUCACAAGUACUUAAGCUAACUGUUGUUUGCUUCUUGCAUGACCAAUCAAACAGACUCUGAUUGUACAUAUAGCAAACUCCAGACGUACUUUUCCUGUCUGUAGCGUCACUUCCAAAACUUGCAUCUGCAAAUAUCUCAAGACCACCAGACUUCUGAUUGUUAAAUCUCAGUCUGUAAUGCAUAGUGCCUUUCAAAUACCGCGCUAUGCGUUUCAGAGCUUUCCAAUCCUUGACACUAGGAUUGUUGACUUGUCUGCUUAGCAAAUUACAGCUAACAGCAAUGUCUGGUCUUGAACAUCUGGCAAUGAAGUUUAGCUUGCCUAGCACACUCCUGUACAGUGUAGUGUCAGAAAAUGCUUCUUCAGUGUCAUCUACCUGAUAACCUGUUGUCAUCGGUGUGUCUACAGGGUUAGCAUCCAUCAGAUUUAGUUUGCUUAACACAUCAGCAAUUUUCCGUGACUGGUGUACUAGAAUGUUACCAUCUUGAUCUCUCUCUAUUUCCAGAGAUAGGUAGUUGUUUACCUCACCAAGAUCUUUCAUGUCAAAGUGCUCUUUCAGUUGAGCUAGGCGCUAUUGUACAUUGCAACAUCUUUCCAAAAGAAUAAUAAAUCAUCAACAUAAAACAAACAGUACAGUUUCUUUUGCCCCUCCUCUUUGACAAAUACACAUGGAUCAGCUUUCCCUUGCUGAAAACCUAGAGAAAACAAUACUUCAGUGAGUUUUGUGUGCCAACACCGUGCACUUUGUUUGAGACCAUAAAGGGAUUUCUUCAGAGCACAAACAAAUCCCUGUUUUACCUGUACGCCAUCAGGUGGAAGCAUAUAAAGUGAUUCAUCUAGAGAUCCGUACAGAAAAGCUGUAUUAAUAUCAUGGUGACUAAUGUGUAGAUUUUCCUCUGCAGCUAGCUUGAGCAUAAGCCUAAUGCUUUCAUAUCUCACUGUGGGUGAAUAGGUCUCGUGAUAGUCUUCACCUGGUACCUGUGCAAAACCUCUGGCUACCAAUCUGGCUUUGUGUCUGACUAUCUUGCCAUUUUGAUCUGUCUUCGCUUUGAAGACCCAUUUGCUUCCAAGCAGUUUCAUUCCUGGAACUACUGGAACUAGCUCCCAUGUUUUGUUCCUUUCUAAGGAAUCAAGCUCAGCCUUCAUGGCAUUUAACCAUGGCUCAGCUUCCUUUGAAUCCAAACCCUGGAUUUCUUGGAAACUUGAAGGUUCAAAUACCUUCUUGGAGCUUUUAACAGCUGUUACUGCUAUCUUAGCAAACUCAUCAGCAAAUCUCUUUGGAGGUUUGCCUUUGUGGCUCUCUGUGACCUACGAAUUAGCCUUAAGUCUUCAACACUCUCCUCUUCCUUCUUAGGAGAAAAACGACCUAUUGUGAACAAUGGUUCCUCCAAUUCUUGAUCAGAGCUUUCAGAGGGUCGCAUAGAGGCUUUCGCACUCUUGAAAUCCUCUGAAUCACCCGAUUCAGUUUCAGAUUCAGACUCAGAACCUUCAUCAGUGGGUGUGGGCUGUUGUGGUUGCUUUUGACUAUCCUCAGUCUCAUCACCGUCAUCAGGAUAACAUUGGAAAAUUCCCACAUUCUCCCCCACUUUGCAUUGUACUCAACACUUCUCGUGAGCUUAAUUGUCUUAGAGUCAGUCAUCAUUAUUCUGUAAGACCCUUUCUGAUAACCUAGAAAGAUACCAUGCAAUCCACGCUUGUCUAACUUGGAGUUUUGUGGUGAGCGAACCCACAUGUCAGAACCAAAAUCUUCAUGUGUUUGAUGUAUGGCUUCUUGCCAAACAUCUUCUCAUAGGGGGGUACAACCAAUCGCUGAAGAUAAUCUGCGAUUGUAACUGUAAACAAAACACGAGAGAGAUUCGGCCCAAUAACUCUCUGGAAGAUUGGCAUCAUGCAGCAAGGUUUUUAACCCUUGAAGCAAUGUCUGAUUUGCCUGCUCCGCAAGUCCAUUCUGCCAUGGCGAGCGAGGACUAGACAAAUCGUGUUGAAUUCCUUUCUCAGUCAGAAAAGCUUCAAACUGCUGAGAAGUGAAUUCCCCCGCGAUCACUGAAAAGAGUCUUUAUCUUCUUACCAUGCACAUUUUCCAACCAAGCACAGAAUUCCUUGAACCUAGGAAAAGCCUCCGAUUUCUGCUUGAGAUUGUACACAAAAAUAUAUCUAGAAAAUGCAUCAAUGAGAACCAUGAAGUAUCUAUUUCCACCCAAAGAGGGCGCUAAUGGUCCAACCAAAUCAGCAUGAACAACCUGGUAUGGUUCUGUAGCUUUCCUACUAGACACCUUACCUUUCGCAGCCAUUUUCACCUUGUUUGCUGCGCAUGCUUUGCACUUCAUGUGGUACCUGCAGGGUUUAAUAGUCAUACCUUCAACCAAGGCAGGCAUUUUAGAUACUGCCUCAAAAUGCAAAUGACCAAAUUUUCGAUGAAAAUCGUGAAUACAUUCUGCAUGCAAACUUUGUUAGAACCUGCAAUGCAACAAGUGUCAUCCUGCACCACAUCAUCAUAAUACAAAACAAACAAACGAUCAACAUAUUCUGCAUGCAAUACAUAAUCAUUUUUCUUUGUGAUGAUGCACUUCUUGUUCUUGAAGGAAACGUCAAUGUUCCGCUCAUUCAGCUGUCCAACGCUGAGCAGAUUAUGUUUGGCGUCUGGCACGUAAAGCACAUUCUGUAUCGAUAAGUCCAAACUGUGAAGAACAACAGUUCCGUAGCCUUUACUGGGAAUAGUGUGGUCAUCCGCCUGGUGAAUCGCACCUUCCUGCGGUGUAAAAGACACAAACAGUUUCUUAUCGUUGCACAUGUGGUGGGUGGCCGCUGAAUCAACAACGAAGAAAGAUCUAGACGUCUUCUGGACCUCUGCAACCUUUGGAGUGAAGCGUGAAACCAUAGCCUUGUGCUGCGUUGUCCUAGACACCGGACCUUUGCCUUUGCCUCGGCCUUUCCGCGCGAUGAGCUUCGCUGCGCUGCUCUGUCUUGGCCCUGGGAUGUCUGCAUUCCCUCUUCAUAUGGCCUAGACGUCCACACGAGUAGCAUUUGACUGCCUUCAAAGCUUUGGCGCCAUCUGGUGGUUCCACUGCACUAUGGGAUGACGUCUGUGAAGACUCCCCUUGCCCAUGCAGCUAGCACCCCGGCGAUCUGCUUCAUUUAAAAUCACGGCAGUAACAAAGUCCACUGUCAGCUGAGCAGUUGGUUGCACAGCAAUCUGGGUUGCAACAGACUCCCAACCUGAACCCAAAGAUUGUAGUAUCAUGAAAGAAUACACAGCCUCUGGAAAGUUGAGUCCUCUCUGUUGCAGCUCAUGUCUCAGAUUUUGCAUCUUCAUCAGAUGUAAACGCACAUCUCCACCUUCAGCAAGAGCCAUAUUAUGCAGCUUGUUAAAAUAAUACAUAGUGGAUCCAGCUUCUGUCCUUAAGUGAGCCUCUCUCAGAGCGUCCCAAAUUUCUCUGGCUGAGGUCUUAUCACGCAAUAGACAGAGCUCUUCUGGGGAUACUAUCAAUGUAAGAGUUCGCCUUGCUGUGGAAUCCUGAGCUUCCCAUGCAACUGGAUCUGGAUCUGGGGGGGUUCCUGUAAUCACCUCAAACAAACCCUCUUUCCGCAGAAUUGCCUCUGCAUACUGAACCCAGUCGCUGUAAUUUUUCUUGUUGAGCUUAGGAAUCCCACAAGCAUCCUGAAGGGCCAUCAUGACUCUGGCAUUAGCCUUCAGCGUCAUGUGCUGCUAUUAAAUCUUGCUGCGUCACUGCUGCAGCUGCUUUAUUCCAAAGGCACACUUAAAAGUUACUUUCGAUUUCCCCAGCAUAGUGACUUGUGCCUGGGAGCCUUUUGCCUAUUCCCGGCAAAACCGGCUUUAAAAGUUCAAAGUCCAGCCAUAAAGCCAUUAACUUGAAGCUGGCAGGCUGCCCGGAGCAGUAGCACAUACCUCAUCAAUCACUUCUACGCGCAGAGCAGAUUCCUUUCCGAUCCGUCCCUCUGCAUUCCGAUCCUUUGCCGGCACUCCGAUUCGACCUCUGGAGUCCAUAACCACGUGUUGAUUUAAAGCAGAGCCUGUCGUGCCCAGCGGAAGGAUGAGUAAUACGUGCUACAUACUCUAUAUUGCUUUAUUUACAGUUCAAAGCUGGUAUAUUACAGAAAGACAUCUUGCCUCUGCCGGAGCAGAAAAUGCAUCCUCUCUCCUCGACAGCUCGGAGAGAAUCACACAAGUGAAAAACAGGAAACCAGUGUACGUCACAUCCAGUCUCCCUUUCCCGUGAGAAACUCCAACAGUACAGACUGUGGAAUGUAAAACAAUGUCUUGUGACUGCAGUUGCUGCUCAGUGAGGGAAAUAGAAACCAACACAUUGAGAGAAAGGCAGAAUGUGUUUGCGUGUGCGUGUGUACAUAUACAAACCAUAUAAUAAUAUUUAUUUCCCAAUUGUGUAAAAGCAAAAUGCACAUAGCAAUAUUGUAGCCCAGUGUGGAGAAUCUGUAGCUUAUUCUUUGUGGGUCUGCCAAGAAUAGGGUUAUAGAGCAAUACCCUUGGCCAGAUUAAUAACAUGCAUUCUUGGCUGCCUCUCUGAUUUGGCAAAGGAGCAAAUGUCUCGCUGUAGCAAUCCUUCCUGUUUUAAGAUCCAGGUGGGAAUAAGAUAUCAGCCCUUGCAUAAAUGUAAUAUUUCUGCCAACUGUACUGGGUGUAAUAGUUCUAGGACUGUCAGAAUGUGCAGGUAAGUAGGAAGUGAGAUCACUGAUUAAAGAGAGAAGCGGCUCCCUGUAGGCAGUUAGUUAAUAAUAACUUCAUAUGCCACUUUUCUGCUAACCCAAGAUGAUGGCUCACAGGAGCAUUCCUUUAUUGCUGAUUAAGUAGCAUUAUGAAAAUACUGACUUGGCUGUGUUAACUAAAUGCCUUGGUAUUUAAAGCUUAGAAUGUCAAAUAGUUGUAGCAAUCCCCUUUAACACAUCACAUAGAGUUUCUGGAAUCACAUUUCAAGUCUCCCUUCUUCCUUUUAUUUGAGGUGAUAGUAGAAAUGGCAUUUUCUCCCCCAUUUUGCAGAGUGAGGCAUAGCCAACAGCUGUACUUUAAUUAUAGCCAUUCAUGCUGCUGUGUUAAGGGACUGUCAUCCUUUCCAUUAUAACUCCUUUUAUUUGCAAGGAUUUAUAACACAGCUAUGAAAAUUUGCUCUUGGGCUAAAACGUGAUUCGUGAGGUCUUGUAAGAGUGUUCACUUUUUCCCUAUUUCUUUUUUCUUAAGCAAACAUUAAAAAGCUCUCACUUUGCUUGAAUAUAGCCUUCAUGUUGAAAAGAGGAGGGGAGAGAGAGAAGAAGUGGAUGCUUUCUAGAAUAUUCUGUUCGUUUCUCUCUGAAACAGUUUCCCAUUCUGUACUUGCAUCUAGUAUCUAGAGCAGUAAUUUUCAAAUUCUGUGCUGCAAGAUCAUUUCUAGCAUGCUCCGAGAAAUAAAUGAGGGUUCCUUGAUCUGUCUUGAUUUCAGUCUUCAUCUGAUGGGUAAAAUUGGAUGGUUUAAUUACGCUCAAAGUAACAAAAGCCACAGGGUUACCUUACCUGUGAAGGAAGCGCUCCCACAAUAGUGAUUUACACAGGAAUUCAAGGGGUAUGAUUUCCAACAACCUGGUUCUGACUCUUGUACACAAACAAAAACUUCUAGUGGAUUUUAGAGCAUAGUAGUAGUCACUAUAAAUUCAGAGCUAAGAGUGCCUCAGCUACCAGAGUUUAGGGCAGGGGUCAGCAAACUUUUUCAGCAGGGGGCCGGUCCGCUGUCCCUCAGACCUUGUGGGGGGCCGGACUAUAUUUUGUAAAAAUAAAUGAACGAAUUCCUAUGCCCCACAAAUAACCCACAAAUGCCUCUACUCAUGUAAAAACACCAGGCAGGCCCCACAAAUAACUCAGAGAUGCAUUUGAAAUAAAAGGGCACAUUCUACUCAUGUAAAAACACGCUGAUUCCCAGACUGUCCGUGGGCCGGAUUUAGAAGACGAUUGGGCCGGAUCUGGCAUCCGGGCCUUAGUUUGCCUACCCAUGGUUUAGGGUAAUACUGGCACAGAGAGAGCUCUUCUGCAAGGUACAGUUAUUUGGAUGGGAUAUUUGAAACACUGCAAAUCUAAAACGGGUUCCAGCAAAAGAUUUUAAAAUUACUGUUGUAAAGGGAAUUUUCACAGCUUGUGAACUCUGAAUAUGGUGUGAGAGAAGUAGGAAACAGGCAUAAAUCAACGAUAGAACAAAUGAAUUGCAUGCAGGGAGGUCCUAGAUUAAUUCCCUGAAAUCUCUAGGUAGGGCUGGGAAAGACUGGUGCUUGAAACCCUGAAUGUUGGGAAUCACAUGUGAGAUACCCAUGCAGCAGAAGUUGCCCCUAGUUCCAGUCUCCACACAGAAGCAGCUUAAAAGGUCUAAACUAGUUUCCUGCUGCAGAAGAUAAGGCUUCAGUAAUACAGUUGCAGACAUUGAUAUCUAUGGACAGUUUGUAGGCUUUUCAGAUACAGAUACAGAUAUAUUUAACUACCAAGUAUCUCUGUUGCUCCAGCAAGUCAAAACGUAACGCAGUCAGACUGACUUCUCAAGAUUGACCCUGACACACCAAACUGACAUGCCUUAAUCCCUUAUAGUGGUGGUUUUCAACCAGUGUUCCGUGGCACCCUGGGGUGCCUUGAAUGAUGGACAGGUUGCUGGCCUCUGUCCCUCUUUCCUUCCUUCCCUCCUCUGAUGCCCUCUCGUGUCUCUGCCUCUCCAAGGCUUGCACAGCUGUUUAUCGCAGUAGCCCUGACUAUAAGCUCCACAGGUGAAUGGUGCCUCUGGGAGGCACCUCUCUUUGGGGCAAGGGAGGGGGGAGCUCAAAGACCAGGGACGGCAGGAGCAGCUGCCUGGAGGACUUCUGGGGAGAGGAGAGGAUGCUGAGGAAACACUCCACAAAGGAGGGUGUUCGAAGCAGAGUGAAAAGCUGCCAGCUCUUCAGGCAAGGGGUGACAUAACUAGCUCCUGAGCCCCACAAAGAACGUAGUUGGUCAAGGGAGCCGUGGACUCAAGAAUGUUGAAAACCUCUCACUUAUAGAGACAGCACUGGGCUGUUACCAUAGCAAUGGAUUUGACUGACCUUGCACCUGUUGGCUUAGCUCAUUCAUGCAAUGAUUUAUGCUCAUGAAAGCAAUUGGGCCUUUUCUACAGUGGCUCCCCAUUUGUGGAUUGCUGUCCACAGGGAGGCUCCCCUGGCACCUUCGUUACAUAUCUUUAGGUACCAGGCAAAAACAUUCCUAUUCUCCCAGGCCUUUGGCUAAUUAAAUAAUCUAUGGCCUUUUAAACUGGAUGGACGGUGUUGUUUUUGUUCAUUGCUAUGCUGUGCAUUUUUGUAAUUUUAUAUUGUAAACUGUAUAGAAAUAAUAAUAAUAAUAAUAGUAUCAUUUGCUUCCACAGAACAUGUGUAUUCUUUAUACAUAUGUUUCCGUGGCUACAUUAAGAGAAAUCUAGCAAUAUUAAAAAGGGCACUGUGAAAGGAAAUAGAUUGGACAAGUGCCUGUUGUAGCUGUUAAAGCCUGAAGCAUAUUGAAUUUGCAGUAUGGGAGGGCAGGAGGCAUGUAUAGAAAACAUUGCAAAAAGCUUGACUGAGGAUUAAAAUUAUAAAAGGUAUAUAGCGAAGACUUUGAACAUUAUAUAAAGUUUAUGUGGAUAUAUUUUGGAAAUGUGAAGCUUAAGAUACUUUUAGGUUUGUAGGGAACAAACCCUUGAUAAUAGAAGGAACAGUGUCUAUCAACACUCUGGACAUCAUUGAGCUUUCGUGCAGGUCUGCAGAUUAAUUUUUGUAUUUUUGUGGAGCUUGUAAACUUGUAGUUUAUAAUGACACCCACUGAGCCUUUGGAUAAAACUGAGCAGUAGGAAAAUGUAGUGGUCAGAGGUGCUAAUUUUCUCCUUUGGUUAGGUUUUGUGUCAGAACUUCAUAGGGUCAAUAGAGUUGUGAGCUGUUGUAAUUUAAAUACGUUGCAGACUAAAAAACAACAACAGUAUUUAAGGUUUAUCUGACAACAUAUCCCCCCUCAGCCAGAGCACCAUUCCAGCAAAAAUGGUUGUCUCUCUAAUAGUCAUUCUUCAAUAGCUAGACUGUUGCUAAAUCAACAAAUAAGAGUGUAUAUUCAUUAUUGUUGUAGUGCACCCUGUAGUUCUUCAGACUGUGUGUGGAAUUUCUACUUUGUAUCUUUACUAUGGAAAUAUAUACUUGGUGGUUUUUUUGUGGGGGGUUUUUUAGGGGGAGGGGGUUGUGUUACACUUUGUCAUCAGAAAUGCCCUGUGGGAAGCCCUCCGAGCCCAUCAGGAUACUUUCUUCUUCUUCUCUUUUUAUAUCAUUGAACAGAUAAGCUGAUAAAGAGAAUGCAGAGAAGUGUUUUUUACUCUGGGGUUUCAAUAUUAGGCCUUGAACAAUAUAUUUUUCCAAUAUAUUCAUCUUCCUGAAUACUAUUGUCAGGGGGGAAACGUAAUAGGUCUUAGAAUUGAGUUGAUCUUUGCCAUAAGCUAAGUCUUCCUUUAAAAAAAAAAAAAAAAAAAAGGUUCGUUUUCUCCAUCUCUAUAAAGAUGCUUAGAGUGCUAUUUGUUCACUCACAGGUCGUUGCCUCUGAUUUAGGAAGAUAUUUAUGCCAUGGACCUUAGAUACAGUGGCUGUUCUGGUCUUCUUUACAUGGAUAUGAGAGGCUCUUCUUGCCACACAGUAUAAGUUGACAUUGACACCACAGAAAUGGUAACGAUAGCUGUCAUGUGAGCACUGAGCACUCCCCCUGUAUUCCCCCCUUUUCCGAAAGGUCUCCCAACUCUCUGAAACAGAUUGAUUUUUAUUUUUUUUGAGGGGGUAGGAGGGUGAAUCUCUUCCACAAACAGCAUCGUAUUCACCAGCAGAUAGACACUGUUGUGUUUCACCCAGUGUUUAUAAGCAAAUACCAUAUUUUUCCGUGUGUAAGACUAGGUUUCUCCCCCAAAAAAUAAUGUCCAAAUUUUGGGGGCGUCUUAAACACGGAUAGACCUUUUCCCAUUUUCUUAAAUCAGAGUCCCCCAAAAUAGGGGGCGUUUUAUACAUGGGGGCGUCUUAUAAGGGGCGCAAAAUAGAGUCUUAACACAGAAAUAAAAUAGCAGUAUACAAGUUAGAGGGAAUCGCCUUUCUAAAAAGGCAUUCCACAGAGGUUAUCAACGACUUGGAUGAUGGACUCAAGGGCAUCCUGAUCAAAUUUGCAGAUGACACCAAACUGGGAGGGGUGGCUAACACCCCAGAGGACAGGAUCACACUUCAAAACGACCUUGACAGAUUAGAGAACUGGGCCAAAACAAACAAGAUGAAUUUUAACAGGGAGAAAUGUAAAGUAUUGCACUUGGGCAAAAAAAAGAGAGGCACAAAUACAAGAUGGGGGGACACCUGGCUUGAGAGCAGUACAUGUGAAAAGGAUCUAGGAGUCUUGGUUGACCACAAACUUGACAUGAGCCAACAGUGUGACGCGGCAGCUAAAAAGCCAAUGCAAUUCUGGGCUGCAUCAAUAGGAGUAUAGCAUCUAGAUCAAGGGAAGUAAUAGUGCCACUGUAUUCUGCUCUGGUCAGACCUCACCUGGAGUACUGUGUCCAGUUCUGGGCACCACAGUUCAAGAAGGACACUGACAAACUGGAACGUGUCAGAGGAGGGCAACCAAAAUGGUCAAAGGCCUGGAAACGAUGCCUUAUGAGGAACAGCUAAGGGAGCUGGGCAUGUUUAGCCUGGAGAAGAGGAGGUUAAGGGGUGAUAUGAUAGCCAUGUUCAAAUAUAUAAAAGGAUGUCACAUAGAGGAGGGAGAAAGGUUGUUUUCUGCUGCUCCAGAGAAGCGGACACGGAGCAAUGGAUCCAAACUACAAGAAAGAAGAUUCCACCUAAACAUUAGGAAGAACUUCCUGACAGUAAGAGCUGUUGGACAGUGGAAUUUGCUGCCAAGGAGUGUGGUGGAGUCUCCUUCUUUGGAGGUCUUUAAGCAGAGGCUUGACAACCAUAUUUCAGGAGUGCUCUGAUGGUGUUUCCUGCUUGGCAGGGGGUUGGACUCGAUGGCCCUUGUGGUCUCUUCCAACUCUAUGAUUCUAUGAGGUUCACCAUAUUUAGCUUUCACACUCUACUUUAGAAGCUACAUUAUGUUUGUGCCCGUAUACCCCCCUCCCGCAAAACAAAACACGUGUUUUCUGCUUAGCCAAAAAAAAAAUUAAAUGAACAACUUUAUUUUGAUUUAAAUAAAAACUUUAUUUUAGAUGCUGCUUUAUUUUAACUCUAUUAUUCAAAACGUUUUACAGCAUUUACCCCCAAAACACACACACACACACACAAACCCAAGCACACAAAUGCCCUCCCAGGAGUGGUAUGAUUAAACAAGGAGCUGAAAUCCCCAAACUCUUCUGUCUCACAUUCCCUGGCUAAGUUGCAUCAUAGAGAUGAAGAGAAUCAUCUCUUAUUGCGGUUAUGUUCAAGAUAGCCUAAAACAGCUGGAGGGGCCCCUUGCUCUCUUAAGGCUGCAUUGCCCAGUGCAGCUCGCUGAAAGAUAAGAAAAUACUGAUCUCAAAGAGGGUCGCUGUGAAAAUGCAUUGCUCUGCCUAGGCUACUACCAUGUCAAAAGUUGCUUCUUUUCUUCUCUGCUGUAACCAUUUUAUCUAGCAAACCUGCUCUGACGCUUGUUCUGUAACCUACCUGUCAGCUAUACAUGAUUUACUGUUGUGAAAGACUAAAUCCACCAAAUAUGCUUUGGGGGGGGGGAGAGAAAAGUACAAAACCAUUUCAAGAGUAUACGAGCACCUGCUGCUCAUGGCUCAUAGUUGUUUAGAAAAAUAUGUGAUCCCUGAAGAACAUCAAUGUACAUUUAUUUUCUGGUUGAAGCACUCCACUUUUGAAACUACAGGUUUUUUUUCCCUUCAAUGAACUUUCCUCUUCAUAUUUCUUUUCUUUGCAGGUGGUGGUGGGGAAAAUAGCUAUUUAUACAGAUUUGCGGGAUUUCUCCUCUCCCUCUUAUUGAACAAAGAGUGGGGGAAGGAUCCAGUGAUAGUUAAAAUAAAAUAAAAUCUAAUUAGCAUUGAAAUACCUUGAUUUGGAUUGCUGCUUUUUUAGCUUGGAAGACCAUAUAGAUAGAUAGACAGAUAGAUAUCUUUGUCUUUAGGAUAACUUGCCAGAUUUAAGGCUUAUUUAAAAUGAAAAGAAAGCUGAAGCAAUUUUCUUUAUUCCAUUUCAGUCUCCUAAGGCCUAUUUCCCCCUGGUGAGCUCAUAGCAACAGGGGGGUUUAAGGGAAUUCAGCUUUCUGCAAAUUAAUGUCUCACAUCAUGAAAAUUCAGGACUCCCCCCCCCCUCCUUCCUAUCUUGAAAAGUAAUACAGUGAGUGCGAGUAUUAUUUCUUGCCAGCGGGUGGAAGAUGAAUGAUUUUGUCACAGUUUUACUGCUUGAUGAGCAGUGUCCUGAGGGUCAGGCUUAAGUCUGUGUCACUAUGCUGCUCAUUACUCUUGAGCUAAAUAAGGGCUGAUUGGAUCUAAAUUGCCUAGCACAUGGGCCACAGAUGAGCUCAGUGAGUAGGGGAUGACCUGCUAUUCAGGCUGGGAGUAACCCCAGUGUGCAAAUGCUGCAUUAGAACACCGUGGGAGAACGAGAGGCUACUGACUGCUGCCAGCAAAAGAAAUCGAAAUGUAAAAAACUCUUUGAUGCUGCAGUGUUAGAAUUUGAAAUGUAGGAAGUGACAGGUUGAUGGUACUUAUCAGCUUUGGCUGGAUUAGAGAACAGUGUCAUCUUGCUUAUAUAAUGACAGAAGAAUGAAGCAAGUUCCCAACCAGUCUGCGCUGCCUGCACCCGGUGGCUGCUGUCAGACUUCAUGCUGCCUCCUACUGGCAGCCUUAAUGCUAGAAGUGGCAAUGGCAUUGACAAAUCUAUGGUGAUGAUACACUUUUAAUUAUUAUUUUUCUAGCGUUCCAGAAACUGGAAAGAGAAGAAAUGCGUGUGUGUCUUUUCUCCAGUACAAACAAAAAUGGAGAGAGAGGGGGAAAUAGCGUCGUGCAUUUCUAGGGUGUAAUAGUCCUUUAUAAAAUACUUGGGAAAGGAGGCUUUGAUAAUGAGGGCUAUGCUAAGAUAUUCUGCCUUCAUUUUUUAUUCAAAAGAUAAGCACAUUCUUCUUUUAUUUAUUCUGUCUCUUUGGGAACGGUUUGUGCUGGUUUUAGAACUGUGAUUCCAGACGAUAAACUUGAAUGAAAGCUUGCUCUUUCCUCCACUGAAGGUUUUUAAACAGAGGUUGGGUCACCAUCUGUCAUGGAUUCUUUAGCUGUGAUUCCUGCAUUGCAGGGGGUUCGACUAGAUGAUUCUUAAGGAUCCCUUCCAAUGCUACUAUUCUAUAAUUCUAUUAAAUAACAUUGAGAGUACUGACCUUGGAUUUCAGCAAUUUGAAGAAUGCUUUGAACACUGCUGUGUUUGUCUGGUUAUGUUUAGUGUACUUUGGGCAUCUUAGCACCUUCGUUUGUUGACAGAUCGGUGAUCAGAUCUGCACCCCCCUUUUAUUCUGUUCUGAUGCCAGUUGGGUUAUUUGAGAAAACUCUGUGCUCUUUUAAAUUUUUCAGUUCAUGGGUCAGAGUGCACUUCAUCAGAUGCAUGAUGUGUUAUCUGAGUUGUGUGUAUGUGUGUACGCAUGGAAUACAACACAUAGACAUACACACACAAAAAGAUUGGAUCGAAGUUAGAAGGAACUGAAAUACAAGAAGUGACAGUGGUAUUCUUGGACAAUGUCUCAUGGACUUUUAUGAGAAAAACAAUAGAGGCUAUGAAGUUUGGAAGAGAAUUUACCAAUGCGAUAGCAAUAUAUACUGAAAAUGGGCCAAUAAUGGCAGCACAGCAGAUAAAUGAAGCAUCAAGAAAGGAACUAAAGAAGGUUGUCCCCUGUUGCCAUUGUUCUUCAUUUUAAUAUUGGAAGUCUUAGCCAGAAAAAUACAAGAGGACAAUGAUAUAAGUGGAAUCCGAGUGGACAGUGAGCCCAUAAGCUGAAAGCCUUCGCCGAUGAUGCAGUGAUGAUGUUGGAGCACCCGUUGAAAAGUUUCCCAAAGGCACUGGAAACUACAACAAUAUUUGGCAACCUAGCUGGAUUUUAUAUAAAUAAGAAAAAGACUAAAAUGAUAGUUAAAAAAUUAAAACCACAUGUUAAAAAAAGACUGGAAGCCAGAUCAUGAAUUAAAAUAGGGAGGGGGGAGAUUAUAUAUUUGGGGAUAUGACUCAGCCAAAAAAAUGAACUUUCCCCAAGACAAUUACUCAAAAAUUUGGAAUGAUAUUGAAAAGGACCUAGAAAAUUGGAGCAGAACGAAUCUCUUCUUUUUAGGAACAAUUUCUGCAGUCAAAAUGAAUAUCUUACUCAAGAUGGUUUUUUUAUUCCAAACAUUGCCAUUGAUAAAUGGCUCCAAUUGCUUUAAGCAAUGGAAGAAAGAUGUAACAAACUUUAUAUGACAAGGGGAAAAACUGCGAGUUAAAUAUAAAAUCCUCAUAGACACAAAGAAUAGAGGGGACAUUGCCCUCCCAGACCUUAACCUCUACUACAAGGGAGUGUGUUUGUGUUGGAUGAAAGAAUAGAUGGAGUUAAAGAAACACUAAUAUUUUAGACUUAGAGGGAUUCGAUCUAUGUUUGGGUGGCACUCCUACCUUUACUAUGACAAAACCAAAGCACACAGAGGUUUCCAAAAUCAUGUGAUAAGAAGCUUGUACAUUGUCUAGUUGAGAUAUAAAGACCUUUUGGAAAGGAAAACCCCACAUUGGAUAUCACCUACUGAGGUGGUAUCAGUGGGGGGGGGGGAUUUGGAAAUAAGUGGGGUACAUAUAAGGCCUUUAUAGAAUUUAAAAAAGGAAGAGCAAGACUAAAAGAAAGGAGAUAUAAUAAUGGAUUAUCAAUAGUUUAAUGGCUCCAAUAUAUUCAAUUGAAUGAAAUAUUUUUAAAAGAAAAAGGAUUAGUGGAAGGAGGCUCAGAAUUUGAAAGAAUUGUUUUAGGAAAUAACGGAAAAUUAAUAUAUAAAAUAUAUAAAAAACUAUUGGAGUGGGAGACCAAAGACUAAAUGGUAAAAGCAAUAAUGACCCACUGGGCAAUAGAUAUUGACCAUAAUAUAGAAUUAUCAGUAGGAGAAAUUAUGGGGGGGAUGAAUUUUUCAGCCUGCUAUAUUAUUAAAGAAAACCUAUAAAUGAUAAUGUACAGGUGGUACUUGACACCCAGUAAGUUGGUAAAAAUGUAUUUUUUAAAAUCCAAGCUGUGCUGGAAGUGUCAAGACGUUGAGGGAACCCUAAUGCACAUAUGGUGGAAGUGUAAACAAGCCAAGGAUUAUUGGGAAAUGAUCUCUGUAGAACUAAAAGAGAUUUUUAAAUUUACGUUUUCCCAGAAACCCAAGACCUUCCUACUAGGCAUAACAUAUGUCAAUAUCCCUAAAAAGGCACUCUUUUUCUUCUUAUAUGCAACCGCUUGCAGCCAGAAUACUAUAUGCCAAAAAAAUGGAAGGAAAGUGAAAUCCCCAACAAAGAACAAUGGCAAAAUGAAUUGAUAGAAUACCCAGAGCUAGCAUACAUGACAGUGAAAAUAAAAAACCAAGAUGAAACUCAGGUAAAUGAUGAGUAGAAAUACUUGGGAGAAUAUUUAAAGAGAUAUAAUAUUUAACUUACAAGUAGGAACAACAGUGUGAGCAGCAGUUACCAACCAUAAGGGAUAUUUAUAGGACAAAAUAGGAUGGAAGAAAAGGAUAUGCAGCAAAAUAAGGUUUGAUUAGAAUGCUAUGGGGGAAUGGACUGGGAAGUCCUGAGAGAAGUGAUUUAUUAUGGAAAAUGUACGGUGUACAUUCAUAAUUUGGAAAAUGUAUAAAUAAAAAAAUAGGAGGAACUGAAAUAGAGAAAAGUGGAGAGAACAUUUCUAAAAAGUUGGCUUUUCUGAAAUGCACACACCUUUUCUCAAAGGCUGGAAAAAAUAACUAGGAAUGCCCCAAGGAUUCCCCAGGGUGAGAUUAUGGUUCAGGACUGGUACCAAUAACAUUUUUAUAAAAUUUUGCUCAGCUUUACAUGGAACAUUUCUCCCUGUCUCUUAGUAGGAAAAAGAACAGGGUAAUUCUAAUAUAGCAGGUCCAUGAGCUUGCCUCGCUCCCCUUCCUCCCCUCAAAAGCAAUCUGCAAUGUUAUUAAAGAUCACUUAGCCACAAUCAGGUCUAUGGGAGAAGAUCUGUGGAAGGCAAAAAUUGCUCCCAUCCUUUUCCUAUGGGGGUCUCUAGGGGAAAAGUGCUCUGCUGCCUGAGAUUGGGUGAUAGAUGAGCAAAGGGUGGACUACUUUUAAAUAUUAUUUUCAAGCAUGUUGUUGCUUUUGUUCUUAAACUGAAAUUGCACAAAAGGAAUAAAGUUUCUUGAAUUUGGUGCCUUGUUUAAAACAAACUUCACCACCACCCUGACAUUUAAUUCAGUCUUUAACAGUGAAAACCUUUGAUAUGUCUGCAUUAUGAACGUUAUGACAGAAAAACGGUAGUUGAUAGAAACCCUCUUGAGCUUCAUUGUUGCCUUUUAAGUUUGAAACGGGUGGAAGGGACACAAGACUGAAUUUCACUUCAUUAGAGUUCAUUACAAAAGGGUUUUGCUGUAUUGCAGAGUGGUGCUGAACCUCUGGAAUUUUUAAUGACUUCAGACACCCUUUAGAAGGCUGGGAAACUGAGAGCACAAUGCUGUUUCAGUGGAAGUUAUUUUCUAAACAGGAACAUUUCUGAAAAAGUCCUUAGUAGCUCUAUCUCCCAAGUCCUUAGCAGCUCUAUCUUCAUGUAAAUUAACACUGUAAAUUGUGCAGCUAGUGAGGGGGGGUGGUAGGAAUUAAAAUAAUUCCAAUAAAUGGUUUAAUUUAUGCCUCAGCAGUUAGCAUGCUCCUGGUUAACAGAAAUACCCUUCGGCUACACAGGAUUUUGGAGGGUUGUAGGGCACUCAUUUGCACAUAAAUAGCCAUUAACUGAUAAAUUCCCAGAGGUCUCCUGUUGCAUGCUAGUGGUUUUGACCUACUUAGCUAGCUUAAAUUUGUUUUACAGAAUUAUUAUAAUUCCAUCCUUGGCACUUAAACUUUGUGAUUAAUGCAAGCCUCACAAUACAAUUAAAGCAUAAUUACACAGAUUUACAGUUUGCUAUCAUGGUGUUAUUGUUAUUACAAAAGAGCUGGUUUUGGCAAAUAUUAGAAGAAUUAGGGUUCUGAUACCCAUCACUUUGCAGUUAUUAAGUGAUUAUGUUAAAUGGGACUCCUUUACCUCUGAAGAAUGAGUUGGAGAGAGGUGAAACAUUAACACACUGAAUGGCUUUAAGUGAUUGUGCAGGAGCUAUAAAGUAAUUUCUGUCACAUAUCCGUAGAUGAUAGGAUGCUUUUAUUAAUCUUCAUAUUGGAGAGGGCAAGAAGCACCCUUUAAUUCUGUUCCUUUAAAUCAUUUCAUUAAGAGUUGAAAUGUAGAGACUGAGGGGUUGUGUCAGUUAUCAUAAGUAAUGGUUGUUUUGGAUAACAUGCAUCUGAAAUCUGGAAUCACAGUUGAUCUAAAACACAGAAGUGGAAAACUGGAAACUCAUACCAGCACUCAACUGAUCCUAAGUAGAUCUGUUCAGACUAGCAGUCUUUAUGCUCAAGUGCUGGAUCAGCUUGAGGAUCAAUCUAAAUUCUGCUGGCUGCAUUCAGUCCAAGUAUGCCAGAGAGGUGGAUGAAGAUUAAUGAGCAGGGCAUGUCUGCUGUAGCAGUCUACAGUGGGUCAAUGCCAAUUUGCAGCAUCUGUAAUGCGCAUCUGACCUGACCCCUCUGCACUGUAACACACAUCUGACCUGCAUGGUGUGCGCUGACAACAUAUGGAAAUUGGUAUAGACUUGAUGGAGCAUUUGUGUUGCUAUGCUGAAAUCUCUGCCAUUAUGAAAAGGGGUAUGUUUUCCAACUUACUUUGGUGGGGAAAAUGGGCUUUGCAUACAAGCUCUUUCACUUUGAUGUGCAUGGCUUGGGACCAGAUUUAAUGUUUUCAGAUGCAAGACCAGGGCUGCCUCAUCGUGACAUGUUGUGUCACUUUACAAAAUUUGCACUAAGUAAAUUUCGAGUCUUAAUGAAAUUGGUUUUUCUCUCUCUAAAGUACUGAGGUCCUAUUUAACACAAUCACUUAAUUACUGGAAAGUAAUGGUUGUGAGAAUCCCGAUUUUUCUAAUAUUGCUCACCAUUUCAUAACUACAGGAGCUCAGAUUAUGGUAAUUCAAUGCAAUAGACAGGCAGUACUUUCACUGCAGAUGAGUGGUUAGUUCGUCUGCAUGUUGAUUCAACUCAUGGGUGGGUCCUUCUGAAUAGGGUUUAAAAAAGUAUUUACUGUACCUCUUCAGGAGUAGUCUUUGUAUAAUUCUUACUAAGAAGAUGUGGUUGUUCUGUAUUUGGGAUUGGCAGGUAAUGCCUGGAGAACCCUUUUUAUCUUGUCAAGUUCAAGAGCAGGCAUUACAGCAGCAUUGCCCUCCCUGGUCCCAUUGUGCACUCAACAUCCUUGUCUACUAGAAGCCUAAAGGGCAGACAGAGAGGGAUGGGGAAGACAUGACUAUGGGACUGCUGAGGAAAUUGGAAGUUGUCUUCACUGAGACCUGGAAAUUGGAAAUUCUGUUUGGGUGAAUACAGAUGGCAAUCAAACCACGUGCAAAAUACAGUGAGCUCUUACCACUUGGUAGAGAGUCAUUCUUUGUUAUACAUGAGAAAGCAUGAUAGGGGAAACUUGCACCACAUUUGAGGAGCUGGUAACCAUUUGGGGGGAAAGCCUUAUUACAUGAUAAGCUGUAUUUCUGUGCCUUUGUGCCUUCUUUAUCAAGCGUAGCAUUUAUACUUUUGUUUUUAAGGGAACAUAAGAAGCUGCUUCAUACAGAAUCCAUCUAGCUUAGUGAGGUUGACACUGACUGGCAGCAGCUGUCUCCAAACACUCCUUAGAGAUUCAGGAGAUUGAACCUGGGGCAUUUUCAGUGCAAAGCAUACACUCUUACACUGAGCUAUAGCUAUUCCUCUUAGUUGAUGCUUUUAGCCUGUUAACUGUUAUAAUAUUAUUUGAAAACAGCAUUGAUUUUUUAUUUUGUCUUAUCUAGGUCCAAAUAAUAGUUUUGGUUACUAACUGAAAUAAAACCUUUUGAAGUAUAACUAGUUAUUUUAUAUAAGGGAUGCUCUGCUCUUGCAGUAAAGUGUGUGACAGUGCGGUCUUGUACCUGUCUCCUCUAAAGUAAGUCACAUUGUAUUCUAUGAUGCAUUCACUCAGGUAGAUGGAUGAACAAGUGUAGCCUUGGUUGCUCUGUUUAUUUCCAGUGCUCCUUCUUAUUUUUAAUAAACUUGCAUGCAAGUUAAUUUUUAUCCUAAAGGGUAGCACAGAUGCAAAGCAUUGGCAAAAUGAGAAAUGGUCAGCAAAUAAGAGGUUUGCAGAGCCAACUUGCAACGGCUGCCCUUCCAUAAAGAGAAACAUUUACCCUGCCAUAAUAAGAGUGCUAAUGAAUUCAGAAAUCCAUUGAUUUCUCUGCCUCCGUGCAGAUUAUAUGCAGACUUGCUUCAAGGAGAGGAAUUUAUGAAAUGUUUGCUACAUCCAGCAAGCAGUGCCGCUAUAAUACUGCUGCUUCCUCAGUGGUUUUCGUUGAUCCUGUAGAGUGAAAGGACAGGAGGAUCAGCUCAGGUCUAAAUGAGAUUACAGCUGGUUCGGCAGCUUAUCUGGUCUAAUGCCAACUAGUGUGGCUUUGCAGGUCCUAAGGGGUUUACAACAGAAACUGUUUAUUGAGUAUCAUCGGUUUACUCAACACAAGCAGCCUAAUCCUUCCCAGCCUCAGCAUGUUGCAGGAUUGUAUGUGAAGCCAAACCAAAAGCUGGUGCAGCCAGAGCCUCAAGAGCCCUUUUGUCUCGCGUGAUAUUGAUUUCCUCCCCUCCUUUCUAGAAGCAUUAAAAGUCUGUAAAAAAAUAAAACCGAUAACCAGCCCUAUUGUGAGCAAAAGGUUAAUCUGACUUAAAAUCUUACAAAAGCACCCAUUAACCCUAGAAGGGAUGGCAGCCUUUAUUUGCAUUUCCAUUCAUUGGUUUUUCCCCAUUCCCCCCCCCUCCUACCCUCAAAUUUCAAGAAACAAGAUAAGGAAAACAUCUUAGAAAUGUAAUAAUGCAAUGCCUUGCAGUUUCUUGUCUAAUAGCUGCUACGAUUUUAAAUAGUAGAGUUUGUAUUGGCAGCUACAGUUUUGACUUCCCUCACAUCUCAGAGAGCUACUGUUUCUACCUUGUGAGAGGAAACGAGGAGUCCAAGUCUGCUAAUUCCUUCCCACUUCUCCUGAGUGGAUGUUGAGUGUACUUAUGCACUGGAGGAAUACAAGUAGGAAUGCUCCCAAAGGAGGAAGUGUUUAGAUCAGGAGUGGGAAGCCUGUGGCCUUCCAGAUGUUGCUGGCCUCCACUCAGCCUCAUCCAGAAUGGCCAUCGGUUGGAGAUAGUGAGAGUUGUAAUCAAACAGCAUCUGGAGGGGUCACAGGUUCCCAUCCUUGGUUUAUAUGCCAGAUAAGUAUCCCAUUACCAAAGAAUCAUGUGUUUGGUGUGCUGCAUAUAAAGGCUUCCUGUUGAUUACAAAUGUUGUGCCCAUCACGCCACUGCUGCCAGAAUAUGAGUUUCACCCUAGGAGUGCAAGGAUUUAUCAAUAACAAAUCACUCAAGGCAGACUGAGGUGGCAGGUGCUGGAAUCUUUAUUUUACUUUCUUUCCAGUUGUAUCUUAUUCUUUUAUGCCGUAAGCUGCCCAGAGAACAAUGUUACCCGGCUGUUUUAUAAUAAUAAAAAAACAGUUAAAUUUAAUAAACUAGUAAAAUGCUGGGAACUGCGGAGCACCUGUGGGAGUUUGCCACCCAGCUUAUCCUACGAUAACCUGUUUCCCUCAGGUGCAGUAGAGAACACUGUCCUGUAUCCCUUGUUAAAGUAAGCAUCACCUGCCAAUCCAAUUGGCUUAUGUACUCGUAACUGUGUGUGUGCAUGUCUGUCUUGUCAUUUCCCCCAGGUAGUGAAAUGUAUUGGGCCAUCCUGGUCAGUAGAAUCAAGUGGCAGAACUAAAGCUGCUACUUCUGGCUCCAAUUGAGGGAAUCAAAUGUUUGAUCACACCUUCCCAUAGAAACGGACAGUGUUAGACGUAGGCAACCUGGCCUCACAGACUGUUUUAAUAAGCAAGAUGGUCUUUUCAUUUUCCCUCCAUGGGAAGCAUCCAAACAUGCAACGUUUCGAUGCCACCUGUUGCUGAAUAUAGUACAGCCUAAGAAAAUUUUCACAACUUCUAAUUCUGCUAAUUGUAUACAAUGUCCCUAAAUAAGGCCAGCUGGAUUUAUUUAGUUGGUGUUGGUUUAGCUCCCUCCAUUCUGCUCCAGUGGGGUAGAUAAUAGUGGAAGGCACAGGUAAUAUUUUUGAUAAGAUAUCAGAUGGGAAAAGCAGGUUAUCUGUCUCAUACCCAUGUGUGUAAAAUUCCCAUGUGUACGUUUUGAAAGAUAUGAGAAAGCAGAGUGAAAUGGAUUCUGCUAAAAAUGAUGAUCAUUCUAAACAUGAAGCGAGUCCAUAAUUUAAACCUAAUGGACAAGUUGGGUUCAUGAUAAAAAUGUAAUAUUUAUUCUAUCGCUUCUAUUUUAUCAAACAGGUCUCUAAAGCAGUGGGUUCCGCUCGUAUAAUAAUGAAUGUUUAGUGCAUUUGGCAAUAAAAGCUAUUGGCAGUGAGUGUUUAAGUUCUUUGUUCAGUCACAUGAAUGGUGCAAAUCAAAGCAUUUUUUGUCACUGUGAGACGUUUUCACCUACAUAUUGCUUCCCCCCAUGCGCGGGUCACUAAAUGAAUUACAUUCAGUUUUACAGCUUAGCUGGUGUUGGAACUUGUUAAAUUGAUGCCCAGUGGUGGAACUCGUAAAACAGUUUCCUGUUAAUGUGACGAGGCAGAGUUCACAUUGUUGAUGGUGGCUUUGAUCUCAUAAACUAUCAGUUCAUGGUGUCUCAGAGCUGCUGCUAUAGGUUUAGCAAGCCUACCGUUGUCUCUGAAUGACAGAAAAUUAGCUCUGUUGUCUAUCACUUGCUGUAGAGAACAAUCUGAAAAGUGAAUGGCUGGUGUCUAAUGAAAAAGCUUUUGCUAAAAAGGAAGAUAGGUUACAUGAACAAAACAUUUUCCCUACUACUAUACAUAGAUUCCUUCAAGAGCAUUAAAUAUUUCACUUGCUACUUUAUCAUCUUUCAAGGGCUACUUAUGAGCAGAUCUGGACAGUGGUACCUCGGGUUACAGACGCUUCAGGUUGCAGACUCCGGUAACCCAGAAAUAGUACCUCGGGUUAAGAACUUUGCUUCAGGAUGAGAACAGAAAUCGUGCGGCGGCGGCAGUGGCAGCGGGAGGCCCCACUAGCUAAAGUGGUGCUUCAGGUUAAGAACAGUUUCAGGUUAAGAACGGACCUCCAGAAUGAAUUAAAUUCGUAACUAGAGAUACCACUGUAUAGGAAGGCUCUGUUAUGCAGCGGUUUCCCAUGGGUCUUAAACUUAGCUGGAUCUUGCCCUUACAAACCAACAUACCACUCUCUGCUUAACACUUGUUUCAUUUUUUGAAAGCAACCUCUCAUUAGUACAUUGGUACCUCUGGUUGUGGACAGGAUCUAUUCCGGAGGUCCGGCCUGAUCCUGAGGUUUUCGCAACUGGAGAGACCGCUUUUGCACAUGCACAUGUGGCGGUUGAGAGCUUCUGCGCAUGCACGCGCAGCAAAAACCCUGAAAAAUACUUCCGGGUUUGCCGCUUACGCAUCCUGAAGUUUUCGUAAUCGGAGGGAUACGUAAGCAGAGGUACCUCUGUAGAAGGAAAGUUCAUCCUCAAUAUUUGAUAUAGAAGCUACAGAUCCAUUCCAGCCUUUUUAUUCUACCUGCGUCUCUCUGUGUUCCCAACAUCUGAGUGGAGUGGCACCUGAAGGAGCCGGGAUGCCGCUCAGUAUAACAUUACAGUGUACCUGGGCACACCGUGUGUGCACACCUGGUGUGCACGCCUAUGCUAAUGUCAUGUCUUCACCACUUCCCAAAGCAGUAACGGGGACAGCACAGGCUGCAGAGUAAACAAGUGUGUGUAUACAGCCUAAGCUUCUGAGUCCCCCAAUACCAACUUUUCAGAAGGCCUUCUAAACCCAACCCAGAGAGGCUAUACUGAUUUCAUUACUUUGCCUUUCUCCCCCACCCCCACCCACCGUCAGAUUCAAUAAAUAUGGAGAAACCAUGCACUAGUGUAAUCUAGCGUGCAUGUAGUCAACUGGUUACUUGGAUUGUAAAUCAGUGUUCACUAAUCAUUGUACAUUUUCUGUCAAAGUUUUAAUGUGUACAUAUUUAUCAUAUACUUUGUACUAUAGCUUAUAUCCCUUCUAGGCUUGACUAUAUUAAAAAUAUUAAAAAUGCACGUAUUAUACAUAGUUUAAAAUAUAUGUGCUUAAUGCAUAGUUUAAUUUAUUAGACUAAUAUUUAAAAUUUUAUAAACAUGGAUGUGACAUUUGGAUCUAAUUCUAGACUUGCGGAUGUGCUGUUUAAAUUUGGAGUAUCCCUUUUGCUUCAAAUCUUUUGAAUUUUGUACUGAUAUGUGGAUAUAUCCUGCAGUCAGAGAUGACAAAAUAACCAAGCCUUUCAAUAAAUCUGUAUUCAGGCAGUUCAGAAUACUGUUUGAGCUGAGCGUUGACAACAGUCAAUAUAUUUGGUUUGGGUGAUGUAUGCAUCUUUUGAAUGAAACCAUAUUAAGUAUCAUAAUCAUGUCCCUUUAAUUCACAACGUCUACAGUUCAGUAAGCUUUUAUUAUGACAAAAUACUGAUGAAUGAGAGAAGGAAACAUCAAAAAGAUAAAAAAGCUGCAUGUUAGUUUUGUUUGUGCGCGGGGACGUUUCAAAAUUGGAAGAUCUUAGAAUCAUAGAAUCAUAGAGUUGGAAGAGACCACAAGGGCCAUCGAGUCCAACCCCCCUGCCAAGCAGAAUGGUAUCCACUGCAGCACAAGAGGCCACAAUUAGACGAAGAGCCCUUUACUGCUAAGUAAAUAAACUUCUGAAAAAUGCUGAACUGAUUUAUGACGUUAAAUACUUGAAAGGGUUUCAGCUUUUGUAAUAGUGGAACAGGAACAGUGUUAUUGCUAUUUAAUUUUAAAGUUCUAAUUGAGAGGAGAAUUUGAAUGGCAACAGCUCCCAUUGCUUUGUCCCAGCUCCUGCCAACCUAGCAUUUUGGAAGCAUACCAGUGCGAGUAGGUAACUCCAGCUUUGAACUAUAUGGUUACUGACUAGCACACUCCGUGACAGAUGAUGAAGAAGGGAAAAUAUGAUAGAGUUGCUUUCUUCUCUUUUUCACACUCACUCCAUAAAUGAUCCCUGGAUUAGUAACCAUGCAAGCUAAAAAUAGUUGGCCAUGUCAACAUUGUUCCCAUAAAUUUAUCACAAUUUUCUUUGUCCUUCCAAGAAAAUCAACACAAGAAUGAACAGUGAGGUAGAAAAUAGUUGUUUUUUAAAAUGUUUGAGCUUGUUUACUUGUUUACUUUUUGAGUUGUUUAAUUUUCACAAAAAAAUAAAAAAUGAAUAGUCAAGCCUGGAAUGCAGUUCACAAAUGUAAAAGCCCCUUUCUAUUUCAGCCCUGAUUAUGGUCUGCCAGCAACAUUAGUUUUAUGAGAUAUCUGACUGUCCUUGAUAUAUGCCAUUGUCUAAUAAAUACUUUGACCGCUUUUUAUAGAAUUUAAUAAAGCAAAUGUAGUAAUGUUGCCUGUGUCUUAAUCUACAAUCUCAGCUGAGUUGACCAGGAGAUAAAUAGGAGCAGGAAUGAUAGUGCGUUGCUACAGAUUGUUUUUAAUAAGCAUGUUAUUUAGUUGAUCAUCUAAGAACAGUAAUGCCUCAUAUCCUAGUCUGCCAGACAAAUUUAUUAAUGCUUCCUGCCCCUCCUUCCACCCAUUUCUCUGAGAACAUUGAUUCCCUGCAGACACUUCUCUAUUGAACCUUUAGAAAGUCACAACUUCCAAAUUAGAUUAAGUAGUAGGAAUGGUACUAACAGAAUCAAAGAAAAUUGAGUGUGCUAUUGAAUUCAUGCCACAUUGUCUCUGGAAAAGACUGACGUUGUGUAUAGUGGUAACUCCUGUCCUUAUUCCACUAGUAAAACUGGGGGCAUUGAUUCAAAACCAAACCGCACAAUGUAUCUAAAAACUGUUAAAUCUUCAUUUUUGUGUUUUUUCUUUUGUGUGUGUGCUGAGGCUUCAUAAAUAAAACUUCAAGGGGAAAUGCAUUACCUAAAAUUAUAACUGUUUCUGUGCCAGUUCCAAUUCCUGUACCCUUCCAUACCAAAUUAACUAAUAGUAGAAGAUCUGGCUUUGGAUUGUAAGCAGACCGACUUGUCAGUUGAUAAAUGCAUGCAUUCAUUUUGGAGCCUGCCUGUUUCUCAUUUGGGUCUGACACAUUAAGAGGUGCGUAAUUAAUGGUUGACAUCAGUAAUUAACAUUAACUUUAUGGUGCUUAAUAUGCCAUCAUUUAUCCAUCAGAUAGGUGGUAUGCAGAAAUGUCUUUGGAUCAAGGUUUUAAUUAUAGAAAAUGAUGUUUCAGUACUUGCAUUUUGUACAGUGCAAAUACUGUCUGUACAGUAAUACCUCUAAGGAAUUCAGGUGUGUUUCUGCACCACCACCAGUACAUAGAAUGUUAAUAUUAUUUGUGUUUCUCCCUAGGACUGUGCACAAACACUUAAACCAGGGACUGCCUUCAGGGAAUACAGGCCCAAAUGCUCCGUUGUCGUCGGUGGCGAAAGAGCACCACCUUGCUGUUGCCAGAGCUCUCUGGAGAAAUUUCUUUCCCUUCUUGAAGAGCCAGAGAAUGCUGCAGACUCCUUGCUCUCAGCUUGCAGAUACAGCUGCAGGUCUGUACAGCAGUUUGGCUACCCUCUUGUACUUACUUUAGAAGCUGUUAGUUAAUUUGUCAGCAAAUAAUGGAACUUCUGUAGGGAUGUUCAGCAUUUUUACAUGGGUGGCUGGCUGUACACACACACACACACACACACAGAGAGAGAGAGAGAGAGAGAGAGAGAGAGAGAGACCAACACAUUAUUAGAAUACUCUGGAGUACUCAUCUUAUUAAUAUGGAGUCUCUAUAUCCACAACUGGAGUAUCACUUUUCCUCUGCUAUCAUUUGUUACAUUUGAAAUAUGAGCUAUAAUUUUCUGCAAGGUUAAUGGUUGAUGCUGCUAAAUGCUUCAUCAUAUCAAAUGUGAUGCAUAUUUUCAGAGCUUAAAUGAGUUUGUUCAUAGCUCUUCUGCUUCUCGAAAUUCCUUUCUCCCCAAUGUUUCUCCCAGAUUAUAAUAAUAUUCAUUUCGUAAAUGGCUUUCUGAGCAUAUAUCAGACAACAUUUAAGCACAUGGUGUGACGUCCUGAUUUAAAAACAAAACACCACCACCUUUUCUGAUGUCUUACUCUGUAGGAAUGCUACUCGAAAUCCUAGCAGAUGGAAUAGCAUAUUGAGAGUAAACUGUAAUAGUGCCGAUCCUUGACUUUAGUGAAGCUGUGCCCAGCUGAUCUGGUUCUUUUGUAUUUUGAUACAAUAUCAUUUCUUCCAUGAAAUUUCUAUAUCGUAAUACUGCAUAUUUCAAUUUGACAAGGCUUGUGCCUAGCUAUAAUGGCACACUGAAUCCAUUUAAAUAAUAUUUGGAAAAGGCAGAUUUGAAUUUAAAUGUAUUUUAGCCCAACAUGAAUUAAGAACUGAAUUUUAUGAGCUCUCAAAGACGCGGUCAAUAAUGGAAAUAAAGAAAGACCCUUGAACUUCAGCAGCUUUGCAAUAAUUAAGAUAUAAUAGUAAUAGAAAAGAAUGUUGUAGAAAGGAAAUGCUCUGCCACUUGCCAAAUGUAUUAAGGAAAUCAUGCUAAGGCAGAAACCUCAUAUCCUGUCAAAAAGUCCAUUCUGGUUUUCUUUAGAUAUUUGUUAAAAAAAGAAACAUCCCAUUGGAUUAACAUCGCUGUGUGAAAAUUAGCACUGGGGAUAUAGUGAUAUAACAUAUUGUGAUACUCUGCUGAACCCCAACACAUACUCUUUUGCUGCCUCACACAAACACAUUUUAAAAAUAUGGUAAUAGGUGGCAGUGAGUGACUGGGGAGAAUUAAAGUUCUGUGGUGCAAGGUUGUAAAAAUGUGUGGGACCCCAGUAGAUGCUCAUGGAGCCCUGAUUGAAAGCAUUUCUAUAGUACUGACAGCACAAUCACAACUAUACCUACUCAGAAGUAGGUCCUAUUGAAUUCAGUGGGGCUUACUCCUAGGUAAGUGCUGUUAGGAAUGCAGCCUAAGGGUAUGCAUAUUGUGUGAGAUUUUGACCAGCUUCGGCCCAUCUGAAGCUGAUACAGGCUUGUCUUAUCUUGAGCCCAAACAGAGUAGUCCACACAGCAGAAGGAUAAGCAGUAUGUGCCACAUUCUUAACUUUAUUUCCACUCUGUGCUGAGAGAAUACAAACAUGCAUCUUGCCUCUGUGAGAGCAGAGAAGCAACUCCUCUCAGAAACAAAGAACACCAAGAGAAACAGUGAAAAGCAGGAAACCAGUGUACGUCACAUCCAGUCUCCCAUUCCCGUGGGAAUCCAACAGUAACUUGGACUGUGGAAUGCAAAACAAUGUCUUGUGACUGCAGUUGCUGCUCAGUGAGGGAAAUAGAAACCAACAUAUUGAGCCUGUUGUUUUUAAAGAAUACAUUUGAACUCACAAUAGCGGUCAUUCUGCUCACGAAAAGUGUACGAGUUUCCACUUUCUUACAAAAUGUAGCUUUAAGGUGAUAGGAAUUCCUUAUCAGAUGAGAAACUAGUUUCCAAACUUCAGAAUUCUUGAAGACAAAAAAUGCUAUUUAUGAUUCUUUCCCCUUUUGUAUGUAAUUGCCCCUGCAGGUGGAAAAACAGCACUGGGGGGAAACAGAUUUUGAGCAGUCAAAUGUCUGGCAGGGAAGAGGAGUUCCAUCUCUCUUCUCUUUUUUCCUUUCCCCAGCUGGAACUCUCCAGAGUCCCCAGAUGCAUUUCACUAGUGUGUUUUUUAGGAGGGGGUGCCCUUUUUAUGGAAAAGAGCUACAGAAAUACACAAAAUGCAUGCUUUUACCCUGAUUUUUUCCCAAUUUUCUUUCCUUCCUUCAUUUUAAAAAUAGGUUUUACUUUAAUGGCUUUGGAUUUGCCCAGCACAUGUACAUCAGAUCUUCAACCUCAACCAGUUUUAUCAAUGAUGCAGUUGUUCGGGUGGGAUGAUAUGGUUUGCCCUCGGCUGGUUUCAAGGUAUCUAAGCCACCUAAUACAAAACAGGUGAGUGAUGUAAACUUACUUGGCGAGGUGAGAGCAAAUGCUUUCUAGUCAUAUGUUUUAUUCCUUCGUUUACUGGUUUUUGUUUCAGUGGCCUUCAGAAUUUACUGUACAAUGCCUAUGAGUUGUUUGUUGGAAGUGCAACUAAGUAAUUUGUAAAGAAAUAGUCAUAAACAUGAGAGCUUUGGCUGGCAAAGACUUCCUUGGGUUGAUAUAAAGUGUUUGCACUAGCCUAGAGGAAUUUUUGACCUUUUUUUUUUUUUUACACCCAACUCCAUCCUGUGCCAUAUCACAAAUUACUUUUGAAAUUCUCCAUUUGCCAGUAUAAAUAGAUGACCUGCUUUUCAGGAAGUGAAAGUCCCCUUUGGCUUUGGACUAAGGUUCUUUGGGCCCUAGUCUCUUAGUCAAAAGUACAAUAAAAGUAUAAAUAUUUCUACAGAGCCACGUUGCUUCCAUUUGUUGUUCUGACAACUGUUAUUUAUUGACAACUGGAAUCUCAUAGCACCUGCCAUUGUACAAACCAUUUGGGGAAUCAUCUGUAAGAUGCAGGCAUCUAAUUCAGGGUAGUUCACCUGAUGUUAUGAAUUCAACUGUAUGUAACACUUGGCACGCAAUUCUGGGAAUUUGCUGCACCACCGAGGAAUUUCAUAGCACAUUUUUCAAAAUGGCAUAAACUAAGAACAAGCUAGACAAGCAUCCAUCAGCCACACUUUAAAUUUAGACUAUGUUGCCUCAGGGUGGCAGGUUAAACUAAACAACCCACAGGACCCCUUCCACUUCUCAGCCUUUAUAAGUGAUUUAACAAAAUCUGUGGGAGAAGGCACAGAGCUUACAUGUAGGAAGAUGUCCAGAGCAUUAAAAUCAAUGGGAGUUUUACCUUGAGCCUUAAUGACAUAAAUUGUAACGAUAGCUUGUAUGGUUUAAAAGGGAGAGGAUGGUAGCUAAUACAAAGCUCCUGGUUCAAUAUCUUGCCUCCUGGUAAAAAACAAGAAAUAUGGUUGAAAUACUGGAGAGCCGUUACCAGUCAGCGCAAACUGUACUGAAUUAGAUGAGUCAGUGGCCUGUCUCAGUUUCCUUUGUACAUGUGCAUGCAAGAUUUUUUUUCCUGGUUUUGAGAUCCAUUUGAUAUAUUCAAAGUAAUGUGUCAUGCCUUUAUAUUCAGAAUAUGCCCUCUGUUGUAACUCAGAGGCAGCUAGUGCAAAUUGCCCUAUUAUUUACAAAGUUUCAGGUCUUUCAGUUAUAUCAGAAAUAUUGUUCACAUUUGUUUUCCAACACAAUUAUGUCUCUAAAGUAGGAAUAUCUAGCCCUCAUUUCAGGGGUCUGAUACAGCCCAGCCCAAGCAACUGCUUUCCGCCUCCCCAAAAGAAACACCACAAUUUUUGGCAGCAGAGUCGACAAGAAGACCAUAAGUAGGCACAGCAGUGGAAUAGGUGAAGCCCAGUUGAGAUGGGCCUCAUCUGGUCCCCAGGAAAUCUGAGAGUUGACCAGAGAGGAGGCUAUAAGCACAGAGUCAGAUCCCAGAGAGGGACCAGGUGGGGUAACAGGGAAGGGACCCACCCUUUUGUAGCCAGACACUUCCAGUCAUGAAGGAAGAGUAUACACAAGUUCCCAACUGUUUCAGGGAGAAGGUCAGGUGAGCCAAAGCUCAGGACCAGCUCUUGCUUUCAACAGAGGUUAAAAAUAAUAAUAAAGGCUUGUUCAAAGCAAGAGGAAGAUCAAGCAAGUAGUAAGUCCUCCACGUGGAAAAGACAGAGGAAUGCUAUUGGGGGAAAGAGAGAAGAUGGAACUGCUGAACACAUACUUUGCCUCUGUCGUCACUCAAAAGGAAAACACUGCCAAACAGAAUAAGUGAUGCAAGGAGGGAGCUGCAGCCCAAGAUAGGGAAAGAGGUGGUAAGGGAACAACUAGCUACUUAAAUGAAUCAAAUCUCCAGCACCAAAGGGUAGUAAAGGAGCUUGCAGAUGUACUGGUAGUACAUGUGAACAGAAUCUAGCGGUCUUGAUAGACCACAAGCUUAACACAAGUCAACAGUGUGGUGCAGCAGAAAGAAAUGCUAAUACAGCAGGAAGAAAUGCUAAUACAAUUCUAGGCUGCAUCAACGGAGGUCUAGGGUCCCAAUGAUGGGAAGUAAUAGUCCCACUCUAUUCUGCCUUGGUCAGACCUAGCGUACUUUGUCCAGUUCUAGGCACCACAAUUUAAGAAGGAUAUUGACAAACUGGAAUGCAUGCAGAGGAGGGCAACCAAGAUGAUAAAGGAUCUGGAAACCAAGCCUUAUGAGGAGCAGUUGAGGGAAGUAGAUACAUUUGGCCUGGAAAAGAGGAGACUGAGAGGAGAUAUGAUAGCCAUCUUCAAAUAUCUAAAGGGCUGCCAUGUGGAAGAUGGAACAAGCUUGUUUUUCUUAGCUCUGGAGGCUAGGACCCUAAACCAAUGGCUUCCAGUUACAAGAAAGGACAUUCUGACUAAACAUUGGGAAGAACUUUCUGACAGUAACAGCUGUUUGACAGUGGAGCAGACCUCCUUGGAAUGUGGCAGACUCUCCUUCCUUGGAGGUUUUUAAGCAGAGGUUGGAUGGUCAUCUCUCAUGGAUACUUUUGUUGAGAUUCCUGCAUUUCAGGGGAUUGGACUAGAUGACCCUGGGGUCCCUUCCAACUCCAGAAUACUAUGAUUCUAGAAUUUGUUGCAGCUUCAUUUCUCGUACUACUGCAGGGAAAGGGUAUGAUAUUUUGUGUCACAGUGCUCACAGAGUAUCCCCUGGUGAAAAGCAAUGGCAGAGGGUUACAUAUGAAAACACAGGGGGGAAGGUACAAAAAAAGAGGACAAAGGGUGGCUUUCCUAUCUAUUUGCCUACUUAUUUUUUUCUUACUGAUUCUUCUUUCCUGCAGUGAAUUGUCUGAGGCUCUUACUAGAAUGGGUCAUAUGUCCUACCAACCCUUGUUGGUACAGUCUUGGUUUCGAUGCGUUUUGCAAAUGUUUAUCGAUCAGCCUCCUGAUACUUUGAUCAGGACAGAUGCUGAGCGAACAGCUGGUAAGUAUGCUUCUUUAAUAUACAAGUGUUUCAGAAUAUCUGUGUUAUUCCCAAUGUUUAGUCAGAAUCUCAUUUCUUGUAAGUUCGGGUGCUACCCCUUGGAGCAGCAGAAAACAAGCUUGCUCGAUCUCCAUGUGACAGCCCUUCACAUAUUUGAAGAAUUGUUCUGGAAAAACAAUUAGUGCUCAAGUUACAUAAGUAGAAAGCAUGGCCUAAAGUCAGGAAUUGGGAAUAUAAUGCAAAUUGUUGUUUACUGUAACCCACCAGACACAGUGGUUGUCAAUGCAGUACCUUCCAGAUGAUGCUGGACUUCAGCUCCCAUCAGCCCCAGCCAGUAUGAUCAGUGGUCAGAGAUGAUGGCAGUUGUAGUCCAAUAACAUCUAGAGGGCACAUUGGCUACCCCUGCAGUAGAGACUAUUUUGCCUUUCUUGUUUUGUUUGCUGUUGAGUACUGAAAAUUGAUUGUCCAGCUUUGUAAUCAUAGUCGCGAGUGCUGAUUAGCUCAAGGGUGGGAGGGGAAAUUUAGAGUUGAAUCCAAAGCUGUGCUGCGUGAAUUUGCUGUCGAUCCAUGCCAAUUAUUUUUUCAUGUUCUCAUGAUAACCAAUAGAUAAGGCUUAUAUGGAACAACUGACCGAGCUCACAAGAUUGAUAUUAAAACUUCCAGAAGUUAGAGAUAUCUUUGCAAAGGCUCAUGUUGAUGAUUCACUCUCCAAACAAGACCCUAAUGAUGCUGUUUUUCAGUUUGUUAAGGUACAGUAUUUCCUAAAAAUCCCAGUUUUGGAGGAUUCUGAAAAUGCAAUGUUUGGGCCCACAUUUGAAGAAACAUUUGUUUUAUUUCAGUGAAAUAUUGGCCAAGACUCAUCAUCUUAUACUAAUUAUUUUUGCACACCUGUUUUCAUUGUCUCAGGCUGUUGGUAAAAAUUACAGUGGACUUCAGACACUAGCUGAAAAAUCAGCCAUGGUGGCAAAGGCACUGGAAUACCUUGGUGAUGUAUUAAAAUAUGUAAAACCCUACUUGACAAAGAAAGGACCUGCGGAAGGAUUGCAUCUCACCUACAGGAUUAUAGGUAAAUAUCACAUAUUCCUUUACUAUAUAAAAUUAUGCAAAGGGAUGAUUUUUAAAAAAAACAACACACCUCCCAAUUGUUUGGUAUGGAAACAAAAAUUGAGAAGAAAAACAGUUCUGCCUUACAAGGCAUUCCAGGGCAUUAAGUGUCAUGUGGACUGUUUCUACUGACAUUUGAAACAUUGUCUUCCUUUCUCUAGGUCAGUGGUUCUCAAACAUUUUUCUCUGGGCCACACUUUCAGAAUAAAAAUUAGCUGACGGCACACAUCUUUUUUUAUUAAUAAGAAAUAGGUUGGAAAACGAAAAGAAAUAACUCCUAGCAGUGCUUGAUUUACAACAUAGACCACAAUUACUUUAUCAUAUGAUCGUGGGACACCCAGAAAGUAUAAAACAAUGCAGCUACAUAAGAACAUGAAGCAUUCCCAUGGGGGGGGGGGGUUGAUAACUAUACUACACUGAAAUGUUAAAAUGUUUAAAUUGUCCUUGACUCUUGCUGCCACACUUGCCAUCCUCUCUUGCCACAUCCUUUGAGAACCAUUGUCUAAUCAAGAAACUGAUCCUGGGUGGCAGAUUCCCUAGUGUGAAAAUGUAGUAGUUAAUUGAGUGUGUGUGUGUGUGUGUGAGAGAGAGAGAGAGAGAGAGAGAGAGGGUUAAAAAUUUGCCGCUAGAAGCAAUUUCUGCUUACCCUAAUGCUUUGCCCCAGAAUGACUGAAAAAUAUGGCAAAGGUGGUGGCCUUCCCCUCCUCUUCCUCUUUCUCACAUUCAUUCAGACAUGUCCAUUGUCAUGCUUCCAUGUGUAUACACACAUGCACAGUGAAGACCCUAACGCACGGACAGCAUUCCUGUGCACUUUCUAGGGCAGACAGUGGUUGAGAAACGUAACAACACAUUUACAAGGUUAUGAGUGGAAUAUAAGAACUGUUAAAAAUGGAAAAUGUCGCUCUCCUUUCCCUGCUCAGCCCAUCAGAAGCUUCCACUGGAACCAGGUUCCUUCUGUGGAUGAAAAGGAGCCCUUAUGUUUGUGGAAGGGCAAGUUUGGAACUAGCCCAGUGAGACUUGCUUACAUGGCUUGUUCGUCAGGAGGGCUGGGGAAAGCUCUGCACAUGAGCAGUGCCCUCAUUAAGGUCACCUGAGCCUCUCACAGGCAACUGCUUCUCUGCUAUUCUAGUUGAGAUUAAAGAUGGUACAGUCAGCUUGCAACUUGCGCAAAUUCAGCUUUAAGUGCUUGGCUGGGAAAAAUAAAAAGGGGGGAGCUGGCUUCUGGGGUGGGAAGCACCAGCAAUCCACCGGCCAUUGCACUCACCUUGGGAGAGCAUUUGGAGGUGCAGAGAGAGUGUGUGUUUUGACUAUACAUGACUUUGGCUUUAUGUGCUGUCCCCGGAACAUAACCCCCACAUAAAUUGAGAGCUCAUUAUAGAGGACAACCCAAACACAUAGACUAAAUCCCAUAUAGCUGUGCACUUGUGUGAGGCUGCUUCAGAGGAAGGGCAAAAGCAAAAUAUUUAGAGGCUCACUGUUUUUGGCUCUUACAUGAUUCUGGAGGAGUGAAUGUUUUGAAUCAAGGAAAAGUAGAUGGACAGAACGCUUGAUACCUAAAGAGACAUUGAGCCUGCUCUUAUAUAUAAUAGUGAUCUCCAGUGUUGCUAUGUAAAUAUAAUUAAUAACAACAACAAUAAUGAUGAUAAUAGUUGUUCCUGAAUCUUCAAGGUAAGUCGUAUAAAUUGUUGUUUUUUAAACUUAUUUUUCAAUGUUGUUGUUUUUUUAGCCUUGAUUGAUUCUGCCCAAGGAAAAUUAAUAACCAAAACAAGAAGAAUUUUCUUUCAGAUAUUUAUGCAUAUGCUGCCAGACAAUUGUGUCUUUCAGCUUUGAAAUAGCUUAGAGUAAAUUACAGUGUUAAGGACCAUUGGACAUAGUAGUCUGGGUCAAAGAGAGCAGUUUUAUUUCAGAUGUUCCUACGGAAUAGUUAGAAAAAAAAUAGAUUAGCACCACUGGAGCUGUUGUUAAGUGUCUGCUCUCUUUCUGUGUUAUGUUCCACUCCACAAAAUUAGUGUAGUUGCCUUUAUUUUCAGGGAUGACAGGUUGACUUUUGCAUAUUAAUAACGUCUGUAAAAGCUUAUUUUCAUUCUCUUCCAUUAUCUGUAUUGGUUUCAGUUACAUACAUCCUCCCUGUGUUUUUUUCUUUUAAAAAGUAGUUCCUAUUUCAUUGAUUACAGUGCAUAGCUUGAAAACAAUAUAUGCAAAACUAAGCGGGCAUUCUAAUUUAUUUCUGUAUGAUACUCCCGGUUAGAACCUUUGAUAUCAAUCCAGCAAAGGUGAAGCUGUAACAAAGUCCAGCUGAAAACCAUGAAAUGGAACUUCAUGGCAACUAACUUUAGUCAGAUUGAUUUCAGUGGGAUUGGAGUCGAAGAACAAAGGUUCCCCAUCCCUGCUAUAGACAAAUGUUUUAUAUAAGGUGGUUUAGCUGUGGCCCUCCAGGUGUUGUUGGGCUCCAAAGCCCAUCAACUACAUCUGACAUUAAACAAUGGUCAGGGGUGAUGAGAGUUGUAUUAUAGCGAUCUUUGGAAGGUCAGCUUCCCCAGCCUUGAUAUAGCAUAUAUACAUAAGUACAGGUAGUUUGUAUGCAGGAGGAAAGUGCCAUAAGAUAGCAUUCUUUCUCAUGUAGAUUAACUACAAAGGGUUGGCUGUAGAAUUCUGUGGUUCUAAGUGCUGUGUUGCUUGCAUAUUAACAAUUGCAGUACAGCAAAUGUCUCAAUCUUUUCCUUGUUUAUGUUAUGCGUGUGUCGGAGCCCUGUUUUCCAGCAUGUGUAGACAUAGUUGUAGGUGGAAGAGGGUGUAGCAAUGACAUAGCACUAGUAAUCCACAUAAUAUGUAGACAGUCCUUUGAAACUUAAAGAAACGGAUAUAGAAUAAUACUGCAACUCAGCCUAGCAGCUUGAAAGACAACAAUAAAGAUUUUCAAAGCAGCUGAACUCUGAUUUGAAUCAAGGCAGCAGUCCUGGGGAAAGUACUGGCACCCUAUGCCACUUAAUUUUUAUUGAUACGUCUUUUGAUGAAUAGAGUCACGAGAGGGGAAACACAGUGCCACUUUUAAGUUGUGAGAUCCAAUCACAGGUUGUUGUUUUUUUAAAAAAAAUCACACCCAUUAUUAGCCCAAAGUUUGUGACUCAUUUUGCUAUGAAUGGACAUUCACUAUUCCCAGGUUGACUAAAGUGGGUUAUGUGAAAAUGUGACACUUGGUUGCUAUAGUUACAACCAAGGGAAAUGCAACCUAGCAGAAAGCCUGUUUAUGCCUUCCCUCUUCUUCUUACCAGUUUUGUCUUUCGGGUUUUUAUUCAAUAGGAUGCCUUGUGAAGUCUUGGGCACCCAUACUGGCUACUUCCAAAGCACAACAGCUCUUGUUCCGCAUAAUAGAUUGCUUGCUCUUGCCACAUGCUGUGCUCCAGCAAGACAAAGAGCUGCCUGCAGCGAUGUUGUCUGCCAUUCGGGAGAAUCUUCCUCUGUUUCUUCAGGUGUGUAUGUCUGUGUUAGAUAGAUAGAUGAUAGAUAGAUAGAUAGAUAGAUAGAUAGAUAGAUAGAUAUGGAAAACUAAUGGCUGGCAACGGAGGCUUGUUGUUUUUACAUACACAGUGCAGGUGACGCUGUGGUCUAAACCACUGAGCCUCUUGGCCUUGUCAAUCAGAAGGUCAGCAGUUCGAAUCCGUGCAACGGGGUGAGCGCCCGUUCCUCUGUCCCAGCCUCUGCCAACCUAGCACACCAGUGCAAGUAGAUAAACAGGCGGGAAGCUAAAAGACAUUUCCGUGCGCUCUGGUUUCCGUCAUGGUGUUCCGUUGCACCAGAAGUGGUUUAGUCCUGCUGGCCACAUGACCCGGAAAGCUGUCUGUGGACAAAUGCCGGCUUCCUCGGCCUGAAGCGAGAUGAGUGCCACAACCCCAUAGUCGCCUUUGACUGGACUUAACCGUCCAGGGGUCCUUUACCUUUUUUUACCUUUUACAUAUUGUUGAACAGUUGAUCUUAAAAGUCCUGCUAAUGGGACACAGCUUCAUGGACGUUGGUGGUUGUUCAAACAUCUAACAGAGAUACAUAUCCUUCCCUGAAACGUUUUACAAGCUAAGACAACAGUCCUGAAGAAACUUACUACCUAAAUAGUCAUUCACUGAUAUAGGAGGGCUGACUGCUAUUUAAAUGGUUUUGGAACUUUGCUUAAGAAAAUAAUUGAGAUCAAAUGAUUUCUCCACACAAUGAGAGAAACUGUUGUAGUUAGAUUUUAUUUUAUUUUUUACUGUAUACCCUUUAUAGAAAAAUAAAACGAUUAAAACAGUUACAUAAAAGAAAGCACAGAAUUUAAACAAGGAAAAAGAAACCACUGUUAAAAUCCUCAGUCUAAAAGUUUUCAUCAACUAGAUAGUCUACUGUAUAAUCUUUGAACUUUUGUUUAUAGGUUUUUAAAGAAAAACAUGUGAGUGCUAUUUUGUAAAUAAACCCCUUGGCCAGAAUUCAUUUUUUUCCAGUUUUUAAGGUACAUAACAAGGGUCUUGUAAAUCAGACAAUGCGGCAAAAAACUUCAUAUAUAUAAAGUUCUCAUUGUGGAGAAGAGCUGGGUCUCAACUAUACAGCUGCAAAUAAAAUGUUUUAAGUGUGUUUUAAGUGCAAUAUGCAAUUUGACACUAGAUGGAGAUGGUGAGGCUUAUAGAAAAUUCAAUGUAUUUUUAAAAACACCUUGAAAAAAAGCAUUUCCAGAACAGAAGUAUUAUUAUUAUUAUUAUUAUUAUUAUUAUUAUUAUUAUUAUUAUUAUUAUUUUAUACCCCACUCAUUUAUUAUUUAUACCCCACCCACUCUGGGCAGCUUCCAACAAAAGAUUAAAAAUACAUUAAAACAUCAGUAUGUAGAUUCCACCCUGGAUAUCUGUAUUGCUAUGGCCCCAGUAGCCCAGAGUACUUCCCUAUGAUACCAAAAGCAGGUGCCAAUCUGUGAAGGUAGCAUGUAGGUACUUCAACCCAAGUAGCAUUCUGAACACAGAAAAAAUAUGAAUCAUACCAUAACAAAUUCUGUUCAUGGGAUAAACCAGUUUUGAUUUAAGAGACAAUAUCUUACCACCUUUGAAGUUUUGAUAGAAGUCUUGGAGUUCUUUGAAGGCCUUGUGAUUCCCAAAUUGUGGCUCAUAGGAGUCCUUUUGAUGGCUCCCCGGGAAAAGAAUAUUAGAGGUAACUCAAAGCACAAGGGAUUCUAAAUUCCCCUGCCUUCACAUCUUGGGUUUAUAAUUUGAUUGUGCCAUAAUGGAAAUGAGCAUUGCCCAUGCCAGGGCUACAAUCUUGUGCCAAAAUAUGGUCUUGCAAGUAAGGCCAUAGACUUUAACUAGCCUGCCUUGUCCACAUGUAUCAAUUUUGGUGCAUUUGUUGCACAUCAGUACUAUGAUCGCCUGGAUACUAUUGUCACUCACUGCAGGUUUACUCAAGCCUGCCUGUUGUAGCUACUAGCUAACAAAUCCUGGUUAGUUAUUCCUUCAGUGCAUAUCUACACUUGAAGUAUUAAUUCCAAGAUAAAAUUCUUGGGCAGAUUUUCUUACCCUAAGCACACACAGAUUAUUAACUCAUCAGACAGGUGAUUGACAAAAAAAUUAAAAAUUGUCCUCUGGGCUGAAGAUUUUCAAACCUAUUACUGGCAGCCUCAGCAUUCCAAGUAGAAUGAACAAUGGCUGCUAACGCUGAUGGCAUGUUUAUGGUACACCAACCCCAUCGUGCUAACUGCAUUCUCUAACAAAACUCAGUUUUGUGUUUUCAUAUUUGGUGGAACAGUGCAAACAUGCAAACAAUAUUGGCACGGAUUACUGAUUCUCCAUUGAAUUAAAGAAAACAUUUCACCCAUUUUUCUGUUCCCAUGAACCUGCCAUGAUAUAUUUUUCUAUUGUUACUGAUGCUUGACCAUUUUGCUAGUGUGAAUUCCAAGUAAGAGUCUUUGUGAAUUCUUUGAUAAUAACCCUUGUGACAGGAGACUCGUGAUUUACCUCCGUUCCUGUCAAUCCCUGGAAGCACUCUCAAAGAAAUCUGCUUAUACAGAUUGAGGGUGGGGGGGAAGUGAGGAAGAAUACACAGAGCAUACAAAAAGUCAUGGACAGAAACCCAUCUUAACUCUUAGCUCGGAUAAAAACCCACCAAAGAUUCUUGUAAAAUAAGAAAAAAGUCCAAAAAUAAUAACCCAGGUAUGAAACAGAUGAGCCGUAUGGGUGAGAUAAAGUAAAGCUCAAUUCUACGUGCAAAAUACCACUCCAGGUUUUUUAAGUCUAAGCUACAGUUCCUGAAAUCAAAUAGUUUUUGAGUAUAUUGAAAAGUAAACGUUAAAAGUGAAAGAUAAAUAUUAUAAAAAUAAUAUCUGUAAGCAAUACAGUAUAAUGUCAAUCAAUCAAUCAAUCAAUCUUUAUUACGGUCCAGAGACCCAACAAAUCAUUACAAAUCAGUACACAAUUCAUACAGCCUACCUCCAGGUUAAUCAAACAUUUUGUUUAGAAUAUAGGGCUCAUUUGUUCUUGUAUAAUAUAUAUAUAUAUAUAUAUAUAUAUAUAUAUAUAUAUAUAUAUAUAUAUUUGAAAAACGACACUUAUAGAGCCACAAUGAUACCCAAGAGAAUUUUUGCCCCAUGAAAGGUCCCCCUCCUCUUCCCCCCCCCCCCAGCCUGCCGUUCAUCUCUUGAAGUAUUUUGUUUUUGUGUGGGUUGUUUUUUGGGGCGUGUUUCUGAUUCUUGUGUCUUUCUUGUAGUUGCAGGUGUGCAUUCCCUUUCAGACAUUACAAAAAUAUCAAAUCCCACAGGUUACUUCAAACCUUCAUUAUGCUGCUGUGCAUUUGAUACCACAUUUUUAGGAUCAUUUGAAGGAACUUCUCCUGUGUUUCUACCUUUAGUUUCACAAGGUUGUUUUUUAAAAAAACAAAACAAAACAAAACACCCAAAAAUUCCUAUUCCGUAUUUUUUAAAACUCCAAAACCUCUUUAUGUGCAUUAGAAAAUUGAUGACAGUCCCUGUAGUGUUUUCAGGCAAUAUAAGCUAGGCUCCCCCAUUAUGUAGCCAGCAACAUUCAGUUUUGCUCGGUCAUUCAGACUUUUUGGCAAUGGGAAUUGUUUUAGGUACAAGAUGGAUAAUGGUGAAUUCCCCAUGUUGUGUCUCUCCACCCCCACCCCCACCCCAUUUCGUAGGGCUUGUCCUUUAUAUGCUGCCAGUCUCAGACUCAAGGGGCCUAUUUGAAUCAGUUGCUAGGAAAUGCAAUUCAGCAGUAUUUUGGGCGCUUCCUCUCUUCCUCACCUUCCGCUCCUCGAGCUGGACAGCAACACCCUGUUUUGCUGGCCAUGAGCAGCACCACCACCAUCCCAGGAGUCUUGCAUCUCCGUAAGACCACUAUGCAAGUCAUCAGGUAAUGCCCAGGAAAAGGGGAUAUGAUGUAUUUGACAUUACCAUUCUCUCCAGGUAAAGAGUUUCGGGGGAAGCUUGUAUUCCUAUAGAAUAAGUUGUGAAAGUUAGGAAACCACUCAGGGACAUGCCAAUUUUGUUAUACACUAGAAAAGUACUCAUGUUAUUAUUAUUUUUUAUUAAAAGGAAAACUGCACAUAAAUGAUUGUUUGUUUAUUUAUGACUCACUUCUCAUGAGGCAUCCAGGAGUGAUUUACAGAUAUAACUUAUAUAAAACAGUUACUUAUAUAAUAAACAGUUCUAUCUAUCGAGCGGCAGUGUGUUGUAGUGGUUAGAGUGCUGGCCUAGGACCUGGGAAACUAGGCUUCAAAUUCAGUCAUGAAGCUCACUAAGUGAACUUGGGCUUCACAUGCCUCUCAGCCAGCCUGCCUGAUACGGCUGUUGUGACGAUAAAAGUAGAGAGUUCCACAUAUGCCACCUUGAGUUCCUUGGUUAUAUAUCACUCAGUGGGAUAUACAUGUUUGUGUGUAUGUGUGUGUAUACAUGCACAUAUAUGCACAGAGAAUUUAAAAAACACUUAUAAAUAUUAACAACAGUUUAUUGCAACAGUACUUACAUAAAAUCAACUCCAAGAUAGGUACCAGUUGGGAUGAAGAUUUUUAGAAGGCUUGUUGAAAGAGCAACAGCUUUAGAAGGCUCCUAUCUGAUAUGCAGUGGGAAGUGCCACACUGAGGGCCUGAUUCCAGCUUUGUGCAGAAUCGACCUCCCGAUAGGAUAGUAUCUACAGGGUGAGGUGACCUCAUAAAAAACGCGUAGUUAUAAAAGUAUUUGAGUGGAAGGUGAAAUAGAGGCAUGUGGAUUUGUUUGAAUAAUAAGCAAAUGUGAAUAAAUUGCCAUAUUGUUAUUUAUCCAAAUGAACAUGAGAUAGGCACUGCUGAUUCACUUUUGGGCCCUUUCUGAUUUCCUUCCAGUGAAAGUUACCUGUCUUUCAAAGGUCAUGCCCCUCCUCCUCGCCUGGCUUCAGUUCUCGCUUUCAUUAGUGAAGCAUUUCGGAGGACCAAGAGCAUUGAAAUGUGUGACGUGCAGCUGCUGCUCCCUUCUGUGUUGAAAUGCCUUGUGCUGGUUAAUGAACCACAAGGUGAGCUUGUGAACUUACGGGGUUUUUUUGAAAAAUAAAAAAUACUUUAGAGCAGGAAUAGGUAGAACGUACAUAGGGAUCUACUGGUAGAUCUCUGGAUAUUUUGAGGAAGAUGGUCAAGGACUUCAGACUCCCCUUCUAUUAAACUGCACUGCAGAAAUCAAGACCGGAGUGGGGGGAAUAACCAGGAGUGCAUUUUUGUGUGUUGAAGGACUGGGUUUCAUGCAAGUUUUGUUCUUGCCUUAGAAUUUUAUAUUUGAACUGCAUUUCUUUCCAUUUGGGGCUUCUAGCACACAACAAGAUAGCUCCCACAAGGUUGAAAUCUUCCUACCCCUCCUGCAGAGCCUAAGCAAAGAAACAGGUCUAUGCCUUGAGCAGCUCACUAUCUACAGGCAUGCUGACAUUCACACAAACCUAUCAGGCAUUUGAGUAGUCUGGGGUGCCUUCUUGGGUUGCCAGCUUAAAACGAGCCGGGUGCUGGUCUGCCAUGAACACACACCUUACAAAGGCCAGAAGUAAGGCCCACCGAGUUCAGCAAACAUUUACUCCCAAGUAAAGUGUGUUAGGUUUGUAGAAAAAUCUGCAACUGCCAGUUGUAAUUUCUUCUUGUAGUAUCAGAAUGAGCCUUUUGCAUCAGUUUAAGCUUGUGCCACUCAAAAUGGUGUGUGUGUGUGUGUGUGUGAGAGAGAGAGAGAGAGAGAGAGAGAGAGAGAGAGAGAGAGAGAAGCAAGCCUAUAUUGUCUCCCAGAGCUGUUUUCCUCUAUUGUCUAUUAGAAAGCUCCAUGUGAUUUGUUUCCUGCAGUUAAAAAACUGUCUACAGAGAUUCUACAGUGUGUUGUAGAAGGCUGCCAAGCGGGGUCAGGAGGAGAGCUUGCCACCCAGCUGAUUUCUGUGUUUAGGUAAGUAGAAAACUGGCCAAUUGGCACUGAAACGAUUGCAAGGCAUUUGACAGAAAACAUGUUCUUUUAAGCAACUAAUUAUCCCUAACAUAAUUUGAAGUUGAUUGUUUAUAGUACUCCCAUUCUUGGCAAAGCGGGUUGUCAUGUGGAUCGGCCAAAACAAGAAAGGGGAAACUAUUUAGAACGAAGCCACGUUCAUUCCCUUCCCCCACCCUCAGUGGAUUUUAAUGCCAUCGUACAAAGAAGGCAUUGCAGACUUAAAAACACGGGCACAUUCUAGGAUAAUCCUCGGACAGAAUUGCAUAUCAUCCUUGGCAGGGAACUGCCUCCCACCUCCAUGGCGUGUGGGUGACUUUCCUCUUGUGAAAUUAUCACACCAUCAUCAGCAAGUACUGUUUGAGCCCUGUUCAGAUGCUGAAUUUCCCCAUGUGAUUAGAAUUGAGUGAGGAACAGCAGGGAUGCACUGGCUACCCCUCUGCUCUGUGGCUUUGCUGUGCCCGCCUCCAUCUCCCUUUAUGCCUUAGAGGGAAAAUGUCUGCAGUUGGGAGCCUGACAUAGAUCUGUGCCUGGGGUUCCUUUGCAUAUACCGUCUCACACCACUGUUAAGCCGGCGCAACCCAGAGGCUUGAACAAAUCAUGAAUGUGAGAAUUUGUCUGGGGCUCCCUCAUUCAUUCAUUCAUUUAUCACUUGAUUGUUAGGAAACCUCUAAGUGGUUUACAAAAAUACAAAACAAACCAUUGACAUUCUCAAUACUUUUUUUUUUAAAAAAACCCACUUAAAAGCAGGUACAGUGGUACCUCGGGUUACAGACGCUUCAGGUUACAGACUCUGCUAACCCAGAAAUAGUACCUCAGGUUAAGAACUUUGCUUCAGGAUGAGAACAGAAAUCGCACGGCGGUGGCAGCAGGAGGCCCCAUUAGCUAAAGUGGUACCUCAGGUUAAGAACAUUUUCAGUUUAAGAACAGACCUCCAGAAUGAAUUACGGUAAGUUCUUAACCUGAGGUGCCACUGUAUUUUAAAACAUUCAAAACACGAAAGCAUUUGUGUUAGAAAAUUGGGGGGGGGGAAUCCCUUACCCCAAAAUGUGAAUUCGGAAUUAGCUAAUGCUAGCAAUACUUGCAGUCAAGUGAAUAGUUACGUUUCUUUUAGCACUAGAGUCCACUUAGAAGUGGGGACAAGGGGGUCACCAACAAAGGUUUCUUGUCAGAUUAAAAGCUCAAAUCAAAAUGAUGAACUAUUAAAAGAAGGAAAGGGUGCAUAUUUUGGCUGGAGAAUUUCAUUUAAAUUUGGCACACUUCUUCAACAAGUGAUAGCCAGACGGAAAAGAAAGCUCAGCAUCCCUCUGAAAUUCAAAUUUCCUAAGAUUAACAUUGACUCUACAUGAUUUUGUCAACUUACCCUUAUCACACCCAGGGGCUCAGGGUGGAAUUUUAGAUCACUUGUGGUAUCGGAAAUGGAUAAAGGGUUUUUCAUCACAGUUUUAAAUUGCCAUUUGUGCAAACUAUGGUUUGCCAUAAUGUUUUGAAUUGAGUACUUUCUCCAGCACAUACUGUAUUGAAAAAAUAAGUGUUGUAUACUUGCUGGAUUUGUGGUUAGCUUUUACAUUUUUUAUAUUAAAAAUGUGUAUAUAUUAUAUUACCAUACUCCCUUUCUUGCUGCUUCUAAAUCUGAUCCUAUGAGCUCCCUGGACUCGUUUUCAAAUAAAAGUACACAUUUAUUCAGUAGAGUUUGUUUUCUGAGAAUCAUUUUUUUUUUGUACCUUGCACUAAAUGCCCUUGUUUCUUCCUUCAGGCAGUUUAUCCAAGAUUACACUACUGUGUAUGAUAAUCAAGUUUACAGCAUCUUGGAAGCAGUGGCAGUCUUGGACCAGUCUCUAGUUAUCAGCCUGAUUCCUGCUAUGACAGAGGCCCUGAGGAAUUCAGAGUACAAACAAGGUCUUGGCAGAAACGCUGUGCAAAGGUAUGUUUGGGGAUUACUGUUGCUUUUGGGUGAUGAACAGAAGUUCACUCUCUCCACAAAAGGCCUAUUUAAACUUACAGUGUAGGUUUCUCCAAAGUUAAAUUCUUCCUAGAUACUUAGCAAAUAUGGAUGAGAUUUAUUAAAUGAAACACCUUUUUGUGUUUUGUUAAAUGCUUUACAUUGAAAUAUGCCAGUAAGCUAUUAUCAGAGCCUGAUCGCUUCGCAAAGGAAUCUGCUUUUUUGGCUGUGUGAACCCUGUCUUAUUUUCUUAUUAUUUAAAUAUAAGCAGUAUAUAAAUUGCCCAAAUAAAUGCUUAUUUAAUUAUCUGUCGCUUUCCAUGUAAACACCAUAUAGUGGGUCCCCACCCCCACUCCAUUUAUAAGUAGUAGGCUAGUAUGACACUAAGGGUCUUUGGUAUGUGCUUGAAAAGCAGGCUCUCAAAAUUAGAAGGAAAUAGAAGUCAUAUUAUUUUUGCUGCUCCUGGCAAAUACCUUUUAUCAGAAGGAAGCUGAUUUAUACAAAGCUUGCCUCUCCCCACAGCUUCUGCAUUUCUUGCAUUUCAGUGGUUUUCAAACUAUGCUGAUGCUUUCUGUAGGCUAUGAAAGUGGAAACAGAAGCCAGUUUAGUCCUGCAACUAUUUAUAUUAUUAUUAAUAAUAAUAUUUAUUGAAUUUAUAUACCACCCUAUAUCUGGAGGUCUCAGGGCGGUUCACAGAACAAUUAAGGACUUCCACUCAUUAUGUCUUGUCUGAGUCCACUUCUUAAAGUCAAAGGAAUUGUUACUGAUGUAAGAUAGGCACGCAAGUCACGGCUUCUGCUUAAAUAAUUGCUGGUUAUCUAACUUGCAUAAUUUUUAAAUACAGGGUUAUUUGGCCAGGAAAGCCGGCUCUUGAAGCAGACUCGCAUCUGUAUCACAAUAUCCACCUGGUCUCCAUUUCACCAGAUGGAUGGAUACAAGUGAUGCAGUUGGUUAGGUGCACCAUAUUAAAUCAAAGUUAGAUUGAGUCUAACUAUGGUGUCUAGCAGGGGUGAGAAGCCUCAUGCCUAGAGGCCAAAUGCAGCCCUCCCGGCCUCUUUAUCUGGCCUCGUUUCACAUCCUCCUUAGGUGUUUUUGUCCUGGCUGAAAUGUGCCCUUGAGCUCUGGCAGUUCUUCUUGUUUCCUUGGAAGGAGAACAGAGAGGGGGGUGUGAGUUUGUGUAGAAAGUUCACAUUUGUUCCUCCACCCAGAAUGGAAUGAGGCCCUCAUGCUGAAAAGGUUAGAAUCACAGAGUUGAUCCCAGGGGUCAUCUAGUCCAACCCCCUGCAGUGCAUGAAUAUUUUUGCCCAACAUGGGGCUCGAACCCAUGACCCUGACAUUAAGAGUCUUAUGCUCUACUGACUGAGGUAUCCCACAUCUCUGUUUUCAGAACAACCCUUACUGGCUCUUUGGCAUGGCCUUGGUUUUCAUUAGACAUUCUGCACCUGCUUAUACACGGGUGGUGCUGUGGGUUAAACCACAGAGCCUAGGACUUGCAGAUCAGAAGGUCGGCGGUUCGAACCCCCGCAACAGGGUGAGCUCCCGUUGCUCGGUCCUUGCUCCUGCCAACCUAGCAGUUCGAAAGCACGUCAAAGUGCAAGUAGAUAAAUAGGUACCGCUUCAGUGGGAAGGUAAACGGCGUUUCCGUGCGCUGCUCUGGUUCGCCAGAAGUGGCUUAGUCAUGCUGGCCACAUGACCCGGAAGUUGUCUGCGGACAAAUGCCGGCUCCCUCAGCCAAUAAAGCGAGAUGAGCGCCGCAACCCCAGAGUUGGUCACGACUGGACCUAAUGGUCAGGGGUCCCUUUACCUUUACCUUUUCACCUGCUUAUACAGGUACUCAGCGUUCUUUCAUUUUCCAAGGCUUCAGAACAGUUCUGAGAUUGAUUCCCUCAAAUUCCCCUGAAGUAACCUACGAGUGACAUGACUGAUUUCUCAAACUCCGUGACACUGGUUUUAAUUAAAGUGUUUUUUUGUUAUUUUACUCCUUAACAGAGAAGCCUAUAAAAGACUCUUAUCUCUACUCAGAGAAGCUGGACAAAUGGAGAUACUGAAGCUGGGAAAUGAAACGCAUUAGCAGCACGCCGAUUGUUACUUUCCGCACAGUCAUUGCAAGGAAUGCUGGUCCUUUAUGGAGACUGCCAAUUCCCUGUCUACAGGUGGACGCUGUCUUAGCUUUAAAAUGUGUACUUUGUCCCUCGGUAGCCUUUAAUAGUGCACACAACGUGUGGGGUGGGGUGAGGAAGUAGCGCCGAUGUUUUUCUCUUCCAUACGGCAACUGCAAAACCAUUGAAUCCUAGUAGCAGGGACUAUCAGAAGGAAAUGACAACAAGUAAAGGAAAGUUGAUGACUUAAGGUAUUGUUGAAGGUCCCCCCCCCCUCCUUUAAAGCAAAAAUAGUCAAAGGGCAGCAGCAAAGGUAAUCUCUAACAGUAAAGUUUUUUCUGCUCUAAUGAAUCAAUACGCUGUGGCUGUCAGGCCUUUCAUUCUGACACCUUGAGUGAUGUUUUGCUCACAAACACUUCAUAUGAGCUUGGCGGCUGCAAGGGGGUUCAAUCUAAGCAAGGCCAGGGUUAGGUCAGGAUGCUUCAGCCCCCUUAUGUUAACAGAAGAGCUGGUGUCCGUGUUGCGUGGAACGGUGACAGCUGUCCUAGCAUUGUCCCUGUAUUAAAAAUGUGUAGAUGCGCACUGCAGAAUUCGACCUCUUAACCCCUUCUCUGUUGUCCUUGUACGGUUUUGCUCCUCGUACGGUGGAGCGAGCCACGCUCCCGUACUUGAAUAACAAGGGCUGAUGCAGUUAUAAGAAUUGCUACCCAGGUCACUAUACAAAUGUCAUCAAUUCCUAUUCUCCCCACCACCCCAAUUUUCUAUUAUCGGUAUAAGAAUCCCUAGCAAGGAAAAAAAGUUUCAACCAGAUUCUAAGACAGGGAGGAAGGAAUGCAGGUGCAAAAACAUCUUAAUUCAAUCUCUGCUUCCUUUUUUUUUUUUUUUUUUUGCAUCACAUAUGAUUACAUUUUGUAUGUAGUAAAUUGGAUUUGUUAGAUAUUUCAGAAUGUUUAUGGUAUUUUAUCCCUACAGUUCUGAGCUCUAUCAUAAUUCUCCCUGUAAUUUCCAAAUUUAUUUGAUGUAUGGAAUUCAUGCUUCCAUUAAAUUACACAAUCUUAGCAACUUACAAGUCAUUUGAAUUGCAGUAGUGAGUUGUAUGGACUUGGCAGCAAAGUCAGGGAACCAAACUAACUUUUCAGAGUUAAUGAUGAAAGACUGGUUUUUUGUGUGUGUGUCUAUCAAUUACUGCCAUGGAAACUUCUCCAUAAUCUUGUUCAGAGCCUUUCUGUAUUGUUACGGUAUUCUUAUGUAAAGGUAGCAGAUUAUCUCUUUCCUAAAUCAACUAUCAUUACUUCAGAUAAUACAGUAACUAAAAGCCUCUCUUAGGCUACUUAAUAUUGCAGAGCAUGGAGGUUCUUUUCAUUAUGAAAGUGACUUUUUGAACCUGCAUUGUAGCUUCUUGUAAGCUCCUACACCUGGGAGUUUUAUUCAUCUCAAAAGGCCUCCAUUUCUAGAGGGGAGGGGGAAUUAAGCCUCUUCAAGUGAGAUGCCUUCAAAAUCUGAGUCUCAGAUAACAUCUUUAGCAUAGACUUCUUCAAAAUGAAGCCUCUGUCUUCUGAAAUAAUAGAAGUGUAUAUUGUAACAAACUGUCUAACGGAACAGAGUGUUUUUUAUUAUUUCCAGAAUAAUUAAUACUUAACUGGGAUUUCUUUUUCUUUUCUUUUCUAAAGGUUUGUGUAAAAGUAACAUUGCUCUCAGUGCAUAAAAAAUUACUUGUUAAUGUUUCCAGUUAAGCAGUCAGUUGAAAGAUUUAUUAACAAACUGCCUUUGAAAAUACUAUCAAAUGACCACUGACAAAUGAUCAUAUAUCUGUGGCUUUAUGCAAUAGAUAUGAUUAAUAAUAUUGCAAGUGAGGUUUGCAAGGUCUUCUAGCUGGUUAACUAGAGAACUUCCAGAAAGUAGGAAACUGGAAAAGUGAUUCUAUAGCCCACAAAAAAUGAUGGAAACUGAGCUGCAUUGAUCUGUUUCUGUGUUGUAUAUAUUUGUGUGUGGAUGCCAAAAGUUGUUUAUGCUUAUUUUAACAUUGCUUUGUUAUAAAGUUGUUUUGUUUUUAUGGUAAAUUCAUUUAUAAAAUUCAGGACCACAAAUCCUGAUCAUGGAACCCACUUCAAAGCAAGUAUGGGUCAGAAGUAUGUUACCCUGAUUUAUAAUUGCAUGUCUAUAAAGACUGAUGUCAGUGUAACUACCCUACAGUAUUCUAACUGAUUUGAUUGCAAACUAAAAAUCCUUUUAUUGUGACUUGCUUCUUAACCUGUUUCUGUUUUAAACUACGUCUGGCUUUGAGAAGGUGUGACAGCUGUUGCUGUGAUCACAUCAAACUGAUAAAAGGAACCCAUCAGUAGACUGCGUUCCAGAAGGUCCACUGUGCACCUAUUACUUUAUUAUUCUCAUCUGUAUAAAGGGGAAUGUUCCACAUUGCAGUAGGGAAUUCUUCAUAGAACAAAGUUAGCCCCUGCAUGUAUGCUUUGGAGCAGAGUGGGGGAUGGGUCCUAUUAGAUCACCAGCUGUUACUAUUUUUAAAGAAUAUCUUCAGAAAGUGUACUGCUAAUUAACUCCUGAACCAAAUCUGUUUGACCCUAGUAAGGAUCUUAGUACCUGCAAAUCUCAACUUGUCAAUUUAUAGUUAGUAGUAGAUGACAGUUGGGGCCUGCAAAGCAUUGUAGCAGAUCCGAGUAGAAUCCCACCAAACUCUUUAGUGGGUGACAGAAUCAAAUGAAGGCUCCCUUUCCGUCUGUCUUGUUUCCUCCCCAACCAUGUCAACUUUUCCAAGGCAGUAGAUUAGCGAGAAGGAAUAGAAUCAUAGAAUUGUUGACUUGGAAGGGACCCCGAGGCUCAUCUAGUUCUUCAACCCCCUGCAAUGCAGGAACAUGCAGCUGUCCAUACGGGGAUCGAACCUACAACCUUGGCCUUAUCGGCACCAUGCUCUAACCAACUGUGCUGGUAUCCGUGGUAUUUAUCACCAGCGCGGGGGGUGGGGGUCAGGCAUACAUGUGUCCAUUGAGGCCUUUCCUAGCAUCCACAGGGCUUCUUUCCCAACUGAAAUUAGGCUUGAAAGAAGCAUUCUGUUGUAGCCAAUGCAUACCACAGCUGUUUCUUCAGUUUGCAGAUGAACUCAUAGGCACCAAAAUGGACACCUCUAUAAGUAAGUGAAAUGUAUUGCACUCAGCCAGAAUGCAUACUUCCUCUUCUUGCAUUCCACUCCUGUAUAUACAUGUUUCAUGCAAACUGCAGAACUUUGGAGAGGGCUUGGGACUUUAACUAGGAAGCCUAUUGGACUUGGCCCCAUUUUAUUUUAUUUUUCUGCAAGGGGAGAGUGCACUUGGUGGAGAACCUCACCUGACCAGUUUCCAUCAUGAGUAGUCAGCAUGCUGAUGGACAAGGUAAGAAACAGACUAAUAUAGUUUAAGGGUCUGCUCUAGAGUAUUUGGGGACCAUUUUUGUGACGAAGUUUUUCCAUCUUUUUUUCCUCCGAGAUGCUUCUAUUCUCCAUAGCUGUGUUGCACUGUACAUCUGGAUGGUAAGUCUUAACUUUCGGUUUUGUAUGAUUUUCUACAGUGCUAUAUGUUUCAAUGCUCUUUUAAUCCAGGUUCCUCUUGUAAACUGGGUGCCUCCGUUACAUUUUCACUUUAGUAUAGGGAAAGAAAAAACGUCUAUUACGUGACCACCUUCACCCCCCCCCCAAUUGCUUAGUUUCUUAAGCAUCAAAUGAUUGUCCAUGAUACUGUAAAAUGAGGGGGGUCAUUGUUGCAAAAUUUCAUACUAAUUGCCAUCAUUCACAAUUAUAUGUACAUCCACUUUGUAAAAUUUCCCAUUUUUUUAUUGUUGGGAAGAUGAAGAUGUGUUUUAAAUUACAAGAGUUUCAUUUCAAAUUAAGUGAUGAAGCCUCUUCCUUGUCACAAAAGCUUCUAAGAUCCAGGGGGUGUAAAAGAUACCUUUUAUGAUAGAAGAAAGCAUGGGGGUUUUUUAUAUAUAAAAAAAUCUAAAUAGUAUUUGGUAUAGUUUUCCUGGCAAGUUAUCAUAGAUACACUAAAUGGAUACAUCUAAAUGGACCAGUUUGUCAAGAAAAUAGGUAAUGCUUAUUGUGCUCAGUUUCUUCAUUUCUUCAUUUAAUUUCAUGUCUGGAGACAGAAGUAUUCCAAAUAUUAACUGAGACAGGCAUGAAAAUGGUUAGGAAUCAGAUUUGCUUUUAUAAAAAAACAGCUUCAGACACACAAUCUGUUCAUCAGAUCAAUAUACUAAGAGCAUUUUACGACGUUUGUAUGAAUUUGCUGAUGGAAUCUUACUUUUCUAAUGCCAUAUACAACACCCUGGUGAUCAGUGGGCAGUUUGCAAAUGUUUGCACCUACUCCUUUGGUGUCUUAUGAUUUUCUGGCAAGUUAGCAACCUUUGCUUCUCUCCUCCCCAUUCCACCUCUUUUAUGGUAGUGAAUAGGUCUGCUUCUGGCAGUCCAGAAAUGCACAUUGGCUUAUUUCAAUAUGUUUUCUUUGAGAAACUGUUACUAUUGUUCCCAGACCCUUCUUAGUCGGCCAUUUUAGCUGAGUUCAGAUGUUCAACCUAGCUCAAAUUGAUGUCUUCUAAUAAUUUAUCUGCUUCUUCCUAUUCAGUCCAUAAAUGUUGCAAUUUUUCUUUCCUUCAGCUUCAUAGUGUUUAUCACAUACUAAAAAUAGGAAUUCUCUAGCCAGAAUAGACAUUUUAUUUUCCCCUUUAGUGUGAGAACCAAGUUAUUUCUUUGAUGGUAGAAGAGGUUCUUGUCGUAUGGGUGGGCCUGCUGGGAAGGUUUCUGAUCAGAUCAGGACCCCUCACACCUGCUCCACAGGCCACGUUUUGGCCCAAAGUCCCGAGGUUCCCCAUCUUUGCUUUAUCUAUAGACUUCUUAGUGAGGUGGCUACUGCUGUGCGUACAUUUUAUUAAUACGAGCAACAGUGGGAAAUGUCUUGGUCACAUGGCUUGCUAUUAUGUUGUGGUUCACAAUCAUGUAAGCAAUGCAUAGAUGAUAUGACAUAACAUGUGCAAUUCAGUUUGUGUGAGACUUGGAUGAUGCAGAGUCUUCAACUAUGUUCAUCCAGUUGUGCUCAGUUGUGCUUAGUGGGACUUGCAUGCAGAUUUCCCAAGUUCAUUAAUUUACUGGAAUUAAUGUUAUAGGUAGGCUCGGUAAAAACAAAAAACUUGGUUGUUGAAAUUUGCUUUAUCUGACAUUGCAAGCACUAGUUGCUAUGUAGUGUCAUAAACAGACCUGCUGAAAUGCUCCCUUUCCAAAUUGAAAUCUAAUUGGCAGUCCUCCAGAUGCAUUCACACUUAAGAGUUUUUUCUAAUACCAAGAGAGCAUUUUUUAUGUCUGUUGUGCAAGGCACAUUGGAUGCCAGAACAAUGGAUAAUGCAUACCUCUGCAACAAGCAUGGUUUACAAAUCUGUAUAGUUGUUCCUUUCUUUCCACACUAGAAGUACCAUUGAAUGAAUGGCAGGUGUAUCUUCCUCACCAUUAGAAAAGCACAAAUUGGAAAGUCAAACCUUGCAAAGCAUAGCAAGUUGCCACGUUUAAAGAUGUGAAGCUGAACAUCCUGUGCCUGAGAUUGCAACACGGUAAGUGGCUCUUGCAAACCAAUUAUAGGCAGGUUGCUUAAUAUAGUGGAAUAUCAUGAAAAUGGUGAGCCGUUUCUUUCAAAACUCAAGAGGAACCAGACAGACUAGAUGCAUAUUUGUUUUGGGAAUACUGUACUGCAAUUCCUACAACUUGGAUCUAGCUGAACAGGCCGGUCAGAGACCCAGAAACAAUUUAUUGUUCAAAACAUACUUUGGGAGAAAUGAAUUUGCAUCGAGUAGAUUUUCUAGAGCUGAAUUUUUUAAUGAACAUUUGUGCUUUGGUAUGCCAAAUGUGAAUUCAUAUCUCCAACUGUCACUGUAGUUAACAGAUAUGAAUGCUUUUUAGCACUUAAGAUUGAUAUAGUCUUAGCAUCCUAGUAAGAAAUAUUUCAACUGAUAAGAGUUUAUGGUUAGAAAUUAUCUGUGGUGUGCAUUACUCAUCCUAUGCAAAAUGUGCCAUGACUUGAUGUCACCUGUUCUCCACAGUGGAGGGAUCCAUUGGUAGUGGUGAGGAAGAACUUUUGCUGAUUCUGUUCGUCCUCCUGUAGCCUCCAAAGCUAUCUCCCUCACUAUUUUAGAGGGUCUUCCAAAACCUCUUAAACAGAGCAGGAGAUAGGUAACGAGUCCCCUCCACCCAUUUCUAGUGCUUAUCUAUAAGCACUGUAGAAAUUGCAUCCUUGCAAGGGUGCAAGACCUUUCAUCAGGUCAAGUGUUUGUGUGCAACAGAUUGUCUCUUGCAACACCUUUAUGUGUGGUACAGGUCUUAGGAAUAGUUAGCAUGCACAUAAUAGUUUUCAAAUGUAAAAACAUUGUGAGGCAGAGAUGAUACAGUAGUCAGACAAUAAAGUUUUAUUGUAAACUGUACAUAUGCCUGUAAUAUAGAAUGGAGGCACAUUUGUAUGAAUGUUUUCUGGUAGUAACUUUUACCUAUGCAGCUGGCAGCUUCUUGAACUUAGUUUGUGAAUUCACACAGCAGACAAACAAAAUGGUUCCCCUUGUAACUGUGAGUUGACCAAUUUUAUUUUCAAGGUUUUCAAAAAUAUGAAGAUAUUGUACAUUAAUAAAACUAAACUUGGAGCUGUCGGUAAGAAUGGCCUGCAUGGAUGAAACUGAAAUGUUCCAUCAAAUGGGUAUUAUACAGUAAUGACUGCAGAAAUGUGAAGGUGAUAACCCAGUUAUAUCACCCCACUUGUUCAACUGACAUGUCAUUUGGCGCAAAAGUCAGGGAGAGAAAGGGGAGCGACUGGCUCUCUCCCUUAGGGCCUGUGUUCUAGUUCGUUACUAUCAGGUAUUCAUAGUCACGGUUGUUCCUUGGACAGGAAGCCAAGACUUAGGGACCCUGGCUCUGUGAUAGAGCAUAUACUUGUAGGAAGAAGGUCCCCGGUUCAAUGCCUGGUAUCCCCACUUGAAAGGAACAGGUAGCACAUGUCAUAAAAUGACAGCUGCAUGAGACCAUAGUAAGCUGCUGUCAGUCAAGAGCAGACAGCGGAAGUUAGAUGGAGCAAUAGGCUGACACAGCAUAAGGCAACUCCUGCUAGACAAUGGAGAUGUAUUGUUUCCAAACAAGGUUCUGUAUAAUUUCGGGAGCCAUGUGUUGAUAUUUAGCACUCGAAAAAUCCACUGGCUCCAAAGCAUUCUCUGACCUGACUACCUGUUAGUUAAGACAACUGUGAGGAAGUAAUGCAGACUGCAAAAUAGGCUCCUCCAGUCCAAAAUAAAAAGCACAAUAUUAGGUUUCCUAACAAUACAAUUUCCAGUGCUCCCAACUAUACAUAAAAUGUGUGACUAAUUUUAUUGAAACUGCCCACUACCACAGUAAGAAAGGAGGCAUAUAAACUCUUGUAACAGUUGCCCUUCCAAAACUCUAUUGGGGGAGGGGGCAGUGCAUAGCAUAUCUUAAUGCCAACUGCUUUGCCUUGCAACAUUCAAGCUGGUUGCUACUACCCUUCCCCAGCAACAGGAUCCUCAAGUUAAUGUGAAUGAAAAUACUGUUUCCCAUGUUCUCUUACUUACACAUUUUUAGUUGUUAAAUCCCUCUUGCCUUUUUUGUUAACUGUAAGUGCUAAAAAUUGGGAAGGCUGGUAUAGAGCAGUUCAAAAUUGCCCAGAGCCAGAUGCUCAAUCAGUCUCUUUAAAUUGCUCUUUAGGGCAAACUUAAAAUAGGCAAAAAUAAAUUUCAGAAUGGUCUCUAGACAAGAGUUAUUCUCCUUGCAGCUUUUGCCAAAUGAAGAUAUUGGAAUUAAGCAGGAUGGGGUGGGGACAGCUUUCCUAAAAGUUUCUACUAAAUAGUUCUGUAGUUUCAAAAACCACUUUGGAUACAAAGACAUACAAACUCAAGCUUAACGAACAAACUUCACUAUGUCUAAGUUGCAAUUCAAGGUCUAAUUCUAUAGGGAACACUACAGCAAGGCGUUACAACAACCUUUAAUGUGCCUGUCUCACGCCUCCGUUCUACAUGACACUUUUGUUCUGUUGAUAGCACCACCUGGCUGCCUUUUCUCCAGCAUAAACUUUUAAUAACUACAUUGCUUUUAGUCCAGCCUUUAACCCUCACCUCCAUGAGGCAGUCAUAAGAAACAUCUGGUUCUUCAGAGGCUAACAGAGCUCCUUACACCUGCAGUUGAGAAAUGUUGGAAUGCACAGCAGUUACAACUUCAAGGUUUUUCUAAGAUCAAGAGCAAGUACUCAAAUAAGUCCUUUUCCAGCCUUUUUUAAUGUAGUCCAAACUCAUUGCAGUUGUAGCCCACAUUUUGAGAAUUUCUAUGUUUAAGUGAAAAAGCAAAAUUCAUUUUUUGCACAUCUUUGACAGUACCUAGCACUAGAAGCAACAACCUAUGGAACUAAAUCAAGGAUCCCUUUUUUGCCAAAUAUAUUAAAUUGCAUAUGUAGUAUUAUGUUUCCUCAUUGACGUAUCACACACUCUUUUGCAAAGCACUUUGGGAAGUCAGUAAUCCUGGCAGAUCCUUAUAAGUGUGAAGCCAAAUAAACUGCAUAAAAUGUUCCUAGAAUACUUAGUGAGCAAAGAUGCCCAAGCCCUGCUUGAAGGUAGGAGGGUCUAGGUGCAAUUCUGGCCCCCUUUCAUUAGUGUUCUUUUUGGCUUCUACUGCAUUUAAUACAAUAAAGAAUUUCAGAGCAAUUCUUCCCCUUUUGGUUGAUUCGAAGAUGAAAUCAGGAUGGAUGAAGAAGCUUCCUCUCUCGUCAGUCACGCUCCUUUUCUCACAUAGUGCCUAUCUUGUGAUGAGGCACUUGCAAAGGCUGCAGGUUGGGGCAUGUAGAGUAGGGUGCCGGAAGGAAGCAGGCAGCUAUCCCAUUAGAAGGAAAAGGCAACGUGGGCCCAUAGAAAACCUCUUCUUUUCCUUCCUUACUAACAUCCAGCACCUAGUAAGAGCCAAAAACAAGGUGGGUAAAAGCUUAAAUAUUUAUCAUGAACCAAAGGCAGCUUUAUGUAUUGCUGUUCCACUGAUCUACCUAUUCUAUAUAAUCAAAGUUAUGUGCCAGCCAUCCCUGAAAACAAAAGAAAAUACCCAGAAUUUGAGCACUGUGCACCUGUUGCAAACAAGUUGACCCCAGCGUGCCUGAACGGUUGCCAUGCUCUAUGGCACAGAGCUGGUCUACACAUUCAGCAGAGUGACGUACUGCUUCAGACUACAAGUGAGGACUAAGAGUUUCACUUUUCGAUGCUCUCAAAUUUAAAAUGAUUUGCAGUAGGAAAAAUGACCACAGUAAGCAAGUCAAAAGCUGUGAUCUAACUAUGCAGGCGGCAGGCUCAAUAACAGCAAUAAGUCUUACAUGUAUUGUAGCAAACACUUGUACAACACCCUAAUUCAUAUUAAAUGCUGAUCUCCUCCAAUACUUGCAUACUACAGUACAUAUAAGAAUGGCAAUUAAAUAUUUGCAUCCUUUUUUUUUUUCUUAUUUCCAUGUAUUUUAGUUAUUACGAAUGGCUUCCUUUCAUGUAUGUAGUAGAAAAGAUUGUGUCUAAAUACUUCAAAAUCAAUGAAAACUUUUUUGAAAUGAUGAGUGUAAAGCACAUUUCUUGUUAGAGACGUAGCUUUGAGGAUUUGUUUUAAGGAAAGAUCAAUAUUUGGCACACUCUAAAGGCAUGCAAUUUUUGUAAAUCGCCUAAACAUACACUCUUAAAACAAUGUGAACUGAUGUUAAAGACCAGGAUUCCUACCAAAGUUUUCAUUGGGAAUCAGCACACAUGCACAUGUCAACUCUGCUGGUGCCCUACUAUUUCUGCUUAAGCACACUUAUUAAAAGCAAGAGUUAAAUGGUAGCAGUGGAAAAUAAAUGUAUGUGGCUGUACUACUAUGAAGACUGCUGAACAAGCAAGCACUUUUUACCUUUACCCCAAUGAGCUUUUUCAAAAGUAAGUGUUGCCAACUUAUGAUCCUAACAGUUUAGACAAGUUGCUUUUCCUCUUUUCUUAGAAGUUUAAAUCAAUUGCAUAGGUCUGUUUCACCAAAAAGAUAUCCCAGUGUGAACAAUUCUGGAAAAGGUAACCUUGCAAUACCACUGGGGGAGACUCGAAAGAAGGAGCCUAAACCACUGACCUGGAUACAUGCGGAGGGUUCAUUUGUCCAAAAUGAGUAGCCACCAACUAAGUAUAUUCUGCCAUUGUGAACAGCAACUCCCGAUUCAUUUUGGCCUGAAGCAGAAAAACAAAACCAUAUGUGUUUGUUUAUAUAUAUAUAUAUAUAUAUAUAUAUAUACACACACACACACAUAUACACACUACUUCUAUACUUUGGGAUGCUGCACAUAGAUUCAGCUAGCCAGCUGUUUACAUGGAAACAUUGCUAUAAUCUCUCUUAAAACAGAGUCAACAGACAAGCUUAUUGGUACAUUUCCAAUGUUUUUGAAGAAUCUAAAAUAGUACAACACACCCAUGCAAGUUGUAAGUUCUACUUAUUGUAAAUUUCUCCUGCUACUGCACACGUUUGCCCAAGGAUUUCUAUUUAAGUAUAGUUUAAAAACAUGUACAGCACUCUUCAGUGUUUCUAUUCCCACCAUGCCCCAAAUAAUUGCUAUUUUGAGGGGAAUGGGUUAUCUCACAAUCAACAGCUGAUGUACAAGCUGUGUUCUUGCACUGGUAUACACCACAGUCAGAAUCAAGUGGUCUUUACUGGUUGUGAUAGCACUGAUCACUUUUAGAGCAGGCCCCUGAACUUGUUUUAACAACUCCCCAUCUUCUGUCUUUGCAGUUGAUUAGCAAUAAUAAGCCACCUAUGAGCAAAAGACAACAGUAGCAGGUACUGGUCAUAGGAUAGAAGGAGAAAGAUUGAAGUAGAGCAGGCCUGCAACAACUUUUGCAGCCCCACCCAAUAAAAAGAAGAGCUUCGAAAUAAGUUGCCAUACAUGACGGGGCUGGCCUGACAAGUCAAAAGUGGUGCAUGUCUGGGAUGAGGAGAAGUAGUGUUUUCAGCACUCCACACAUUUAAUUAUAUGAAGUAGGGAAAGGAAUCCAGAUAUUGCCUCUUGUAUCAGAGUAUCCAGCAUUGGGCUGCUGUUGGUCUAUUGCUUCGAUGCCAGAACUUGCAUGAAGCUGAUUGUGUUUUGCUUCCCUUGCAAAUCAGCAAAAUCCAAAGCUCAAACAGUGCAAACUAACUGAAUUUAAAAAUGAGGGAGGAGGGAAGAAUUUGACUUGAAACUUUGCUGUAGUGCCAUACUCUACUAAAAUAUAUAAACAAAGUACUUGCCUGUCAACAGACUGAAGUUGCAGCGUGUCCACUGGUCAGUGUCUAUAUUGUAGGAAUCUAUGUGGCGGACAAGAAUCCUGUCAUUGUUAUAAUCCAGGUCAUUGCCUCCUAAAACAUACAGCUUCCUUUGCACAGCUGCCAUUGAAUGGUAGACUCUUCUCUGCAACAUGGGGCUGCGGCUAAGCCAUUUAUUCUGUAAAUACAAACAUAAGAGAACUGGUUCACAUUAAUUUCUAUAGAAAAAAAAUCUUUCUUACUAGGUUCAAGGUGGCUUGCAAUAAAUGUUACCCAUAUAGCCACAUCAAAAUAAUGUUUGAAAAUUAAGUAGUAACUUAAGUUUUCAUAGCCUAAGCUAUUAAAAUUAACCAAACGAAUGAAAAUUUAGCCAAACGUUUUCCCAGGCAGAAAAGUCUUGCUUGGUGCCCUUUUAUUUCUUAAUGUGUAUCACUGGUUAGGUAAACAAUAGUGAUAUUUUUAAUUGGUAAAAGAAGAGGUGAAACAAAUUUAUUAUUAGAAGAAUGGAGAGUAGUGUGCAUGAAACAGUGGAAAUCAUAAAACAAUUGCACCAUGUAGCCCCCAUAAUGUAUAGCUAUCUAUUAUAUUGUGUAUUAUUUGGCCAGGAGGAAUUAAUAUUUGCAUUAGCAGUCCAGUCCCUUGACACAGAACUAUAGACACCAUCUGCUUUGCAAAGCCUGCCUGCAUCCCCUGAUUAUAUCUUAGCUUCCUCCACAGCAGUGACUGCCAGGUAAACUGCUAAGCACUGCAAAGGCAAGGAAACAGAGGGGCCUGGUGGGGUCAUUCCUAAUAAGCCAGUGUGUGAAUACUAAUCAGCAGUGGAGAAGCAGAGGUCACCCCAGCCUGCCUGUUGGCAGGUAGCUAUGUGCUCAGUGGCAGAUGGUAGGCAUUAUCAGCACUCCACAAAGGCCUAGCGCAGAAACAGGCACUAGCACCGAAUUAUAGAGGUAUUGAGAUUCUGUGCAAGGCGCAAGCAGAUGUGAGGUUCUUCCAGUGCCCACCGUAUACAAUAUGCCAGCAGAAUUUUUAAAAAGAGCGUGUGUGUAAAAACACGAAGCCGACCUCAUUGCAAGAAUGCUAACACACACUUUCUACCUAUUAACUGUUUGUGUUUGGGGGCUCUGGCCUAAAAGGAACCCAAGUAUGCAGAGGGCCAGAAAGUGGGAGGAAACAGCUUCUGAGCCCCCAAAGGCAACAAAAUAUAAUACACAUAAAAAAUGGGAGCAUUAGAAAAUGUAAAUAAAUAGGCAGGAUGUUAUUUUGUUCAUCGUGAGGCUGAAACUGCUGUUGACAAACAUUUGCAUGCAAAACAAAUCCUAGGCUUCAUACAGAGAGAAGUCAGGUGCUAGGUUUUGGUGCAAGAAAUGCAGGUACUUCUAAGGGGUUUAAGGUGGCUCAAUGCACUGCUAAAAUCCAGCCCCUUUUCUGUAAUCACAAAUCACUAUUUUGCCAGCAAAUGGGACUAAAGAAUGCACAAAAUCUAUCUAAAGCUGGAAGUAGAAAUUAUACAAAACAGAUGGCUGCUGGUGGUGAAUAAGGCAGCUUCCUGGGUCUGCUCUCCACAUCUCUCAACUUUUAGUGCAGAGCUUUCCAAACUUUUCAUGUUGGUGACACUUUUUAGACAUGCAUCAUUUUGCAACACAGUAAUUCAGUUUUACUAGCAAAAACCAGAGGUUAAACUAAGCCCUUUCCAGCCCCGGGAGGAGCGCAGGGAGUGUUCACACAACACAACUACACACUGCAGCCAACACACUAACAUGUCACGAGACACAGUUUGGAAAGCUCUGAUUUAGUGGAACUUGCGCCACUUUGUGUUUCUCCACCAACACCAACGAUGUGAAAUGGAAGUGCACAAAUGUCAUAUUAUAAGGCAAAUUGCAGCAAAUACUAUUUUCUGCAAACAUUUACUACAUUUGCAUCCAGCCUUGCUUCAAGGUAGUGUAGGUCAUUCUUUCCUUUCCACUCUAUUUUAUCCUGUCAGCCAUGUUUGAGGUAGGCAAGGCUGAGAUAAAGUGGCCAGCCCAAGGUCAUCCAGUGAGCAUGUGGCUGAAUGGGCUUUUGAACCCAGGUCUCUGAAGCCCUGCAUUUCCACCCAUUCUUCCCUAACCUGGUGUCCCCAGCUGCUGAACUACAGGGAGGCUGGUAGCAGAUGGGAGUUCAAGAUUUCAGAACACUGUUCCAACCACGACACAAGGAGAAGAACAAGAUACAGAACUGCCUUUACCUGUUAUGUGUUGUUAGGUUCUUUUAACUGGUUUUUAUUUCAUUAGGAGAAGAAUAUUAACUGAAUGAUUAAGAAUCUGGUCUAAAGGUUCCUCAGAAAGUUGCUCUAAUAUACUCUGGAUUACAUUCCAAAACAUAGCUAAGUGUACAUAACCCCACUGAUCUCAACGGGCAUCAGAACACUUAAGUCUGAGUUGAACUGUGGCUUUGUGUGUUUUAAGAAUUACAGCCUUCCUAAAAUGUGUUUGGGGCAGUUGAGAUAGACAAAUAGUGUGAUCUGGCUUAUAAUGCAGAUCCCUAUGACAGAUAAUACACUGACUUUUAAAACUUCUGCUUGGAUGGGUUGUUUCUUAAGUAUGUUUACUUAUUAAUAGGUAUCUCAAGUGCCACCACAUAUGCAUACUUCAUAAUGUUAAGAGCUACCUUUCUAGAUCAGAUCCAAGGCCCACCAGUAACCUGCAAGAUACCUCUGAAAGCAUGAAGCUGACAACUAUUUACGUUACUUGUUCCUAGCAUCUGACAUUCCACUAGAACCUGCCUCUGAAAAUGAAGUGAUAGGUGUGUAUGCAUACAGAGAACCGUUAGUUUCACCAGCUUUCAGCCUGUUAGCAUUAUUUGUGGCACUUUAAAAAAAUGAUUAAUAGUUCUAAGUGCAAGAGGCCCAGGGGUUGACUUGGCUCACUUAAAUAAUCCAAGGUUCAACUUCAGGCUUCUCAGCUGGGAAAUCCCAAUGAACUGGGCUGGGAAAGAUGCUAAUAUCAGCAGGAGUCUUUACAUUUCCAACUAUUAACUUAUACAAAUAGAUACCAAGGUCAUGAUAUUUGCCUCACAAUAAGGAUGCCGCACUAACUGAUGGCAGGAUCAUAGGGAUCAAGGAUACCCAUCUUUCAAAGGCAGACUGGAAUACAGGUUUUGCAUAAACUUCCUGUAUCUUCCUUCACCAUGAGCUUCAGCGCUCAAGUAACAUACAUUGCAGGGACCAAGACGGCUGAAUGGUGGAUAUUAAGACACAUAUGGGUCACCUAUUUCCAGACUUUCCUGGUGAGCUGCUUCCUUGCAUACUAAAGAGCAAGGGAAAACAGGGCUCUCUUAAGGCUUACCAGGAUCUGCCAAUGCACAAGAGCUGUGCUUUUAUAUCGUCAUCUAAGCUAUUGUUGUUUGGAAUGAGAUGCCUUACUCAUUUGAUAGUGCAUUUACUCACAUACUUUGCAUUCUUUGUGUUUAAAUAAAUACUUGUAAUAUAUAAACUUACUUGUGAAGGAUCAUACACCAUUAGCCUGUUCUGAUAUUGUGCAGUAUUUGUUACUCCUCCUGUAACAGAUGUUUACAGUGUUACACGAACAUUAAACACAGUUGGGAGUGCAUUAAAGCAAAUUAUCUACCAUUAGGAAGCAUACUGCAAUUUUUUUCAUGCUACAUGCAAAAAGGAAUUUGUCAAGUUUCACUUUCCAACAUCCUUAUUUCUCCAGUGGCAAGUUAACAAUAUGCCCAUGUUGGUUCAUGAGCCACAAACCACAACUAGGCAAAAUAAGUCGCACCCUUUGAAUACUGAAGGGUACCUGAAGGUCACCAUUCUGUUUCUUCUGCUGAGAGAGGUCCUCUGAACAAACACAGUUAAAAGUAAGGACAGAAGUAAUAUGUUGCAUGAUGACACAAAUAUAUGCAAGACAUCUGGAAGAAUAGGGCUGUCCUAAGAUUAAAUUCAAGGUAUAUUAUAUUAGGGUGGGGCGACCCUGUACAGUACCAUAACCUUGGAGAAGUGUCAGGAUAAAAAUACAUCUAAUCAUAAUAUAUGCUAAAAACAAUGUCAUCUGUAGCCACCUAUCCUGCUGACUGAACUUCUGUGAACAUUAAAGGAAGAAAUUGCACAAUGUCUGCUGGUAUAAGGUAAUUUCUCAUUGUCCCCAUGUAAAUUAAUUUUAGAAAGGGCACAGCUUUUUCUCCAUCCCCACUGUCUGUCACAAACAUGUACUGAGACAAAUCAGGUGUAGCCUAUUUGGUACACUUCCAUGUCACCAUUUGCGGGCCCAUGCACAUUGUGUCUCGAGAGCUAGGAAGAGGUAGUAACUUAGGAACAACAAAAGAACAUGACAAGAUCUUGGAAUUUAACUGGCCACUACAGAUGACAGAAGGCUUUGGCAUAGCCACUGGGUAUGUAUCCUGAAUCAUUCAGCCCAACUACCAAAUUAUUAUUCACAAGGGUCGGUCCUAGGUUAAGGGUGACCCCCUCCAAGGCCACCAGAUGGAAGUCCUAAUGGCCCAUCUGCUUCCGUCUGGACCUUUGGCCAGAAUCUUCAACCCAGACCCCUUUACCAGGGUAUCCUGAGAUUUUGACAUAGCCAAAGGGAGGGUUCCUCUCAUCCUUCAAGUUAGACUGAGGAUCCAACCCAAUGCCUUUUUUCCCCCCCCUCCACCAAAGUUGUGGCAGUUGCUAUGAGGAAGUCAAAAACCCAAAGGGGCCCAAUUUGUCUACAGGCAAAUUUCGCCCUGGCCCUGAAUAUGGUGACUGAUUGAACUCCACAACAAGGUCGUGCCUACAUACGCAGAGCUAAACAUACAGGGAGGAAUGGAUUGCCAACUGUGCUCUGGCUCAAAGUGCAGCCAGCUUAAAUUCAGUGGCGGUGAACCAGAGUGAAUACUACGUUCGGCUGGUCCGCUGCUGAAGACCUACCCUCUCCCCCCACAAAGGCCAUGACUGGCCCAUUUGAAGCUAAGAUUUUGGCAGCAUACCCUUCGCGCCCUCACCAGCUCCUGUAGCUGCACUAGGCUGCACUGGUGCUUCCCUAAAGAGGUAAAUAGUAUUUUCCUGUGGAUCCCAUUACUUGAAAAACUACACUUAAGUUGCAAAGUUGGAAUUUCAAGUAACAGCUACGAGGAUGAGAGAGUGAAAUGAAAGUGUGCUGAAAGGGAGGGACGAGGAGUGUGAAUUAAAAGUUGGGAAAUAAUUCUGUGUACAUUGCGGCAGCCUUUGGCUAUGUGCAAUAAAACAGACUGAGACUGAGGAAAGGAGGAGCUUUGUACUUUUUACAGAAAUGUAAGGAAAUUUAGAAAUCUGCUUCAUUGCAACCUCAAAGCUCAAUCAGAUCAGAAUGAUUAGAUGAGAAAUUGUGAUCACAUUUCUUUUCUCUCUUUUUUUAAGGUAGAGGGAUGACCAGUAGUGGGACCAUAGCACACAGGAAGUGGUGGUGGUGGGGACAUGACUCUUUCUGCCUGUGUCACUGUUCCCAGUAAGACUAUCCGUGCUGUUCAUUCCAGGAGUGAAGAGGCCUUUUUAUGCAUGAUGGGUUGGGUUGGGUUAUGGGGCCGGAGAGACAGGAAAGAAUGUGGAAACAGAAGCAGAAGGGCAAGCAGGCUGACAGAAAGGUACAAGGUAUUUUCAUUUCAAAAUGAUGGGUAACUAAAAUCCAGCUCCUCUCUCAACCCAGCCGAUGAUCUGUACUAAAAUACCUGCUAUAUAAGCCUGUCCACAUCACAAGAAUCAUGCAAAUUCAAAGGAUACUUUUGCCAUAGACGUUUGUCCGGCUGGGUCUUAACAUUGGCGUGGAAGCAUAAAACGUGCAUUCAUUUCUUGGUACUGGGGAUGUUUCCCCUCCGCAUGUUUAAUUUUUCUCACGUGCACACACAUACCUACACCUUAAAGCCAUUACGUUCCCUUUGCCUUCUUUCUGUACCCCCCCUUUAAAAAAAAGAUUCAUUUGCCAAAAUGAGAUGCUAUGGAUUUACAUACAGAUUUGACGACAGAAAAAUAGACCUGGAAUUAAUAGCACAGCCUCUAUAUGUUUUAAUCCUCCCUUCCCCCCUCAGAUCAAAUACCCUUGCCUCCAGCAGAAUUCCUGGCUUUGAAAGUCAUCAAGCUGAUUUGACUGCUCUUAGGUUAGGCUGCCUCAUGCUGUUCCACUGCCCCCCUGCAAUCACCGCAUUUGCAGGAAGAUUCUCUGCCAACAAGUAUAUUUUAUAGAUUGGCAGUUUUGCUCUCUCUCCUCUCCCCCAUCUCCCCUUAACCGCCACCUUCUCCCCAGGGGAGGAAUAUGCAUCUUAACAGCUUUCUAUAGAUUCAUCUGCCAUUAACUAUGCCAUUUCUUAUCAGCAUCAAUUUUCAAAAAACCAAGUUUAUCCUAACUUUGAAGUGCUACAGUGAAAAAGUUUCAGGGCUGUUGUUCUUUUUUUAUAUAGAUAUAAAAAGCAACCUACCAAAAUUUAAAUUUAACAAGCCCAUAAUGCCCCCCACAAACGACCAUUUUAAGAAUACUCUAGGCAAUGGAGGAAUAGGUAUAAAAUGUCUUUUUAAAAAAAUAGCAGAAAAAUAAAAGUUUAAAUGGUACCAGAAAAAGUGAUGUUUUUCCAUCAUAAAAUGGGACAAUCAAAAGGCAAUUGCUUUUACUUCCCUGUGCUGCUUUCCAAAAGGAGAAUGAUAAUAUCAGUAGAGAUGAUAUCCAGGUGCGUUUAAAAAUAAAGUCUAUAAUAAAGUCUUUUAGAAGUCAAGCAACCUGUAAAUAGCUCAUAGGAUUUCAAAUGCAGGAGGAGAAAAAUGUAUCAGUAAGAGAUUGUAAUUUUUUUGGCUCGCUGAUUGCUGGCUGAAUUUAUAUACAACUACUGGGAUAAAUAAUGCACCUCAUGAGAAGAACUUCGCUGUGUUGGAUUAGUGAUCUAUUCAGACCAGAAUCCUGUCUCUGAUGCCAUGAAAUGUGUUGUUUACAGAGUAUACCAUUCCCCGGCAUUCAUUCCUAGCCUCUGCAAAUAGUACAGUAUCCUGCUUCAGUUGUUUGUGUUCCUUUGAUGGGUCAUUUCCCUACCUAUUUUUGAACUGGCCAUCAGCCGAAUUUCAGUGUGUGUGCCUUUUCAUUUAUUUGUUGUGGAAGUAUUAGGGACAGUUGCUUAAUUUCAUGUGGAAAAUCUUUCAGACCUGCUUUUUCAAAGCUCAUCAAACUGCACCAUAGCACUAAAAAACGUAUGAUUUGUCGUGCUAUACUUGGACUAGCUCAGCAGUGGGGAAUCAUUUUUGUCUCUAAAGUAACAAAAUAACUUUCUAUAUGUAAAUUGCUCCAAAAAGUACCGCAUUUUUUUCAAAAUGUUUGUUUUCUUUGAGAAAAAACUAAGGGAGGGGGGCAGAUAUCCCCCUUCCCAUGUCUUCAAAAUUUCCAUAAACCUCCUGCCUCUAAUCAGAAUUUAGCCCCUGUUCUUCAGUUGGUAGUUGGGGUGCUUAAUCCUGUUCUGCUGUAAGCUAUUUGCACAGCAAGGCAAAAUAGAACCCUGCCCUCCUGCUGGAUGUGGUUUGUGGGACAAGUCCUUGUAGCCCAAAUUGGACCCCCUGGUGGACCAUAAUUAGCCCAUGGGCUAGAGAUUCUCCACCCCUGUACUAGCACUAUAUAGCAUGAUAUCUGAUGGACUGAAGGCAUGACAAGAGGGAGGGCAGCUUUUUACAAGAGAAAAUAAGGGUGUAAAUUAAGUGCUUUGCUAGGUCAGAGCCAGGUUCAAUCUAGGCUCACAUUCUGUCUGCAACUGUUGCCAAAAUUAUACUGUGGAAGCUUGUAGGAAUAUCCGUGCUCUGGUGUUUGCAUCCAGCAGUCAGAAAUGCAUUGACUGUAAUAAUGGACAAUCCGUUUCUGAAUGUGGUGCACUGGUUAGAACAGGGUUUCCCAAACUCCAGCUGUUUUUGGACUACAACUCCCAUCUAGCUAGCAGGACCAUUGGUCAGGGAUGAUGGGAGUUGUAGUCCAAAAACAGUUGGGGAUCCAAGUUUGGGAAACCCUGGGUUAGAGUCUUGAACUAGGACUGUGAGACCAGGGUUCAAAUCUCCCCUCAGCAACUAACCUUGGGCUAGUUGCUGUCUCUGCCCAGCCUUCCUCGCAGGACUGUUCUAAGGACAAAAUGGGGAGAGAAGUGCACCACAUUUAGCUUUUUAUAAGAACAAUAGAAUAUCAAUGUAAUAAUCAACUACAUUUUUUUUAAAUAGCUUGAGAUGAAAGAUACGAUUCAUGAAAGCCUUUCCUAUGCAAUUUCAUGAAAUGGGAAAGGAGACGGACUGAGGAAGAGGGGAUAGAUGUGUUGCUAGUCACCAGUGAUGCCACAACUUUCGAAAUCCCCAAGAUCCCCGCUUUGGUUGUCAAAAGAAGCGUUUUCCCCCAUUGCAGUGUGAGUGGUGGGAAAAUGUGGUCUUCUUGGAUGGAAAAGCAAAAACAUUCCUUGAGGGAAGAAGUCUGGAUCCUGAGUAAUAAGCAAAUAUCUGCUGUUGCUUUCAAACAUAUAAGCAGUGGUGGCUGGUACCCAUUGGGACAGGUGGGGAGAAAGGCAGGAGUGAUGUGGUAGCCAUUGAGCAGUGGUGGCUGGUACCCAUUGGGACAGGUGGGGAGAACAGGUAAAAGGUAAAGGUACCCCUGCCCGUACGGGCCAGUCGUGUCUGACUCUAGGGUUGCGUGCUCAUCUCGCUCUAGAGGCCAUGAGCCGGCGCCAUCCGAAGACACUUCCGUGUCACGUGGCCAGCAUGACGAAGCUGCAGCUGGCGAACCAGCGCAGCACACAGAAACGCCGUUUACCUUCCCGCUAUAAAGCAGUCCCUAUUUAUCUACUUGCACUUAAGGGUGCUUUCAAACUGCUAGGUGGGCAGGAGCUGGGACCGAACGACGGGAGCUCACCCCGCCACGGGGAUUCGAACCGCCGACCAUACGAUCAGCAAGUCAUAGGCACUGAGGUUUUACCCACAGUGCCACCCGCAUCCCUCUAGGGGAGAACAGGAAGUGGAGCCAAAGCCAAUGGCAGGUGGAAGCCACUGAUUCCAGCUUUGUCCCCAUCCUUCCUACUGAAUUCCUUAAGUGCAACACAGAGGAGGAAGCUGACGGGGUUCAUAUAUUGUGCCUGUUGUAUUAAUGCAUAAUGCAAGUGUGGGGGGGAGGGAUGUGUGCUCUCAUACUCCCAAUUGGCAAAUGUCUUUUAAAACAUGGAAACCUUGACCUAAUAUGAUGAACAGAAUUAGCAUUCUCGCCAUGUCCAUUAGCAAGGUAGUGAAAAGGAACGUCAAGUAUUUCCCCACAUGCCGGUCGACAGGAGGGGGCCCUUUCACGGCAUGCUCAACUAGCUCCCUUGGAGCAUUUGUCUAACCACUUGUGAAAGGGGCGGCAGGACCAGACAGACCCUUGGAAUAGCUGCACUUUUAGCAAUGCUUUCCCCUGUCAUCUCGUGUAUCUCAUACUGUAAGCCAUUAUUAUGAAAUGUAAACCUUCGGCGUUUUGUUUAAACAUAACAAAGACUAAAGAAAACACGACAUUUUGAUUAGAAAGACCUUGAAAGAGAGAAUAAUGUAUUGGGGGUUCUUUUGGGGUUAAGAAGAUCCUGCCACAGCCAGGUGUAUACAGUGGUACCUCGGGUUAAGAGCUUAAUUCGUUCUGCAGGUCCGUUCUUAACUUGAAACUGUUCUUAACCUGAGGUACCACUUUAGCUAAUGGGGCCUCCUGCUGCCGCCGCGCCGCCGCCGCGCGAUUUCUGUUCUCAUCCUGAAGCAAAGUUCUUACCAAGGUAUUAUUUCUGGGUUAGUGGAGUCUGUAACCUGAAGUGUCUGUAACCUGAAGCAUCUGUAACCCGAGGUACCACUGUAUAUGGCACUGACAUACGUCUUUCAGCUACACUGACUAUAAAUUCCCAUAUAAUUAUACACCAAAAUUUGUUUCGGAUAACACAGUGCUGGUUAAACAACAAAGAGCUUGUGCUGUUUGCAUAUCAGCAGUUCAGGGUGACUACUGAUGCUGCAGAAGCUUCAGGAGACUUGGGAAAUUCUUCAAUUUAAUUAUCCUAGAAUGAGCUAGCUUGACAUACUUGGAUUUAAGCCAAUUUAGUCCCAUCAACUUCAUCUACAAAGAAUUUUCUCUCACACUCUGACACAUAUGCACACACCCCUUCCUGCCACCCAACCUCAUGCAGAAUCUUAGCUUGUUUACAGAUUAGGAGAGAGGUAAAGAAUUGGAGCUUGCGGCCUUUAUAAAGUUUGCCAAAGUGUAAAGACAGCAGUGAGAGGAGGAGAAAUCGAAUGUCCUGCAAAAUAUACCGGUUAGACUUAGAGCAUUUUCUUCUUCCUUUCAGGGGCUGCAAUAUGAACUAUAACAUCAUUCUAAACCCUGAAAGAAGAAAAAAUGGUCUAGCCCUAACCAAUAUAUUUCCUCAUUCAGAAAAAGAUCAUUAAACACGAAACCAUAAUGGUUCUGGUGCAUUUCAAGGCUAUUUUGCUUGAAAACUGAAAGCAUGAAAAGCAUCUCUUUGUGAGCAAGCCAGAUCAAACACUUUUCAGAAACUGCAAAAUUUAGCAUUCUAUAAAACCUCAAAAUUACCAGUCAACAGGUGCAGAACAUAACUACAGAAUGCAUUUCUAACAUAUCCCUGUUAUUACUGUGCAAUACAAAGGGAGGGGAGAACAUCCAUAAAAAGCCUUAGACUCCAUUUCCCUAGCAGCAUCUUCAGAAACUAAGGGGGGCUGAAAAAUCCCCCAAGAGACAGGCACACCAAAAGUAUCGCCCCAACUCUAAAUUUAAAACCGACCAACUUUAUGGAUAUGAGUGUUAUUUCAAUAUUCCUUUUCUGUACAAUACUUAGAAAUAUGUAUAAAACAUUCUCACUUUUGGCAACAAUACUCCCAUUUCUAAGUUCACUAUCUUUCUUCCCCAAUACAACUAUGUGUUUAGUUCACUUUUGUUGUUACCUACUUUCUUAUACUUCAAUUUAUUCUAAACCAUGGCUUUCCUCAGUGCCAUCAUUCUUCUGCUGAGCUGUAUAAAAAAAUGUGUGCAUAGUAAUCAUAUUUACAUCAAGGAUGUAAGUACACAAACAUUUUCUCCCUACCCAAAAGUCCCAGUAUAAAGCUUUUUUAAUUUCAAUUUUAACUGUUCUUUUUCAAAACAAAACGCUGCACCUUGAUUAUAUCCCCCUUCCUUUAGCUGAACUUUCCUUCAUGUUUACUACUUGUGGUUCUUAAUCACUAUACUAACUCUUCCACCCCUUUUUGCAUCCUAACUUGGUUUCUUAAACUUUGGCCUUUGGUGAAUGAAAGCUAGACCCGUCUUCUCCAAGACAAGUUUCCUAAAACCCACUCUCCACUGACAGUGUUUUGUCAUCGCACAAAUGGCUCAAAUGA